AUGGCCCGGCUCGGCCCGGCCGGAGGCGGCGGCGGAGGAGGAGGAGGCAGCCCGGUCGUCCCCCUGCGCCUGGAGUCCCCGUCCGCCGGCCCCGCGCCGCACUGGCUGGCCGUGCUGAUGGUGCUGCUGCCGGACGGCGAGGACGACGACGAGGGCGACGAGGCGGGAGCCCAGGCCGGUCGGCGCAGGAGGAGGCGCAGGAGGCGCGCGAGAGCAGCCGCCGCUCCAGCCGCCGCCGCUGGGCUGCUCUCCGGGGACCCUCGCCGGAGGCUCCUCCUGCUGCUGCUGCCCGCGAAUGGGGGCUCCGCAGGCGGCGGCGGCGGCGGCCCGCGCUCCCACCCGCCUGCGCCCUCGGUAAAGCCCCUCGGGGGGCUCCAGUCCUGGGGGGUGGGGGGCUCUCUCCAGAAGGGGCGCCCCAGAAAGUGCCAACUGUCCACCAUACCCCAAAAAAACGCCGUUCACUGUCUCUUCCCCCACGCCACCCCCAUCCUGGGGCCCCAGGCGCCCUGAUCCGGAGCGCGCACCGUUCCCCCACUCACCUCCCUCCCCCGGUGCGCCCCUGAACUUUCUGCGUAUCCCGGGACGGGCCGUCCGUCCUGUCCCCUCUCUCCAUCACUUCUUGGCGUCUGCUCUUGAUCCGGCCCGCCGGGCGCUCGUCCGGCCUCUGAACUCCUCCCCGCCCGCCCGACCACCCAUCCAUCCAUCCGGCGCCCUGCCCUCUCCAUCCCUCCCUCCGCCUCCUCACCUCCUCGGCAUCCUGCCUCCAUCCCUCUAGUCUCUCUCUCUCUCUCUCUCUCUCUCUCUCUCCUUUGCUCUGGUCCUCUCUGCGCCUCCUCCGGUUGCCCUGACCCCGCUCUCUCUCUCCAUCCCUCCAGCCACUCCUUUCUUCCUCUGCCUCGCUCUCUCUCUCUCUUUCUCAUCCCUCCUUCCAGCCCUCGCUCCCCCCUCCUCCCCCCUUUCGCCACCUCCUCCUCCCCCCUCCCCCUCUCCCACCGGGGCUUCUCUCUCUGCCUCUCCUCCUCUGCUCUGAUUCCCUCCAUCCCUUUCUCUCUCUCCCCCCCCUCCUGCACAACCCUCCCCUCCCAGCUGCUUGGCUGCUGUUCUCUCCCCCCCCCUUUACACACAGCCAGUCCCACCCCCCGCCCAACAAGAACCACCCUCCCCAGUCACUUGGAAACAAACAAACCGGUCCAAAAUACUCCGCCUUUGGAUUGUCACCCCAACACCUCGUGGUUUUGCGAGCUGCUCAGGAGCAGGUGGCUGAGUAGGGAAACUCUCUCCCUGAAUCCACCUUGGAAGCCGCUGGAUUUUGGUUUUCUGAAGAGAUCCCCUCUUUCCGUUUUGCUUUGAGGGGGGUUCUAGGGGUUUGCCCCCCACCCCGCCCCAAGCUUGGGGGGAAUUUCCAAAAAAGCAAGCAAGCAGAGGAGCCCCAAACUUUCUUCGGUGGAAGCCCUCCCUGACUGGGGGUUGGGGGUUGGGAUUGUUUUGGCGAGAAGACCUGUUCCCCACCCACUCCGCGCCCCCUGCCGUGCACACCUAGGACCCUUAAAAGGCUCUUUUGAUGUUCUCCAUCCAGGAAGGUCUCCCCAGAGGUGGGCUGACCAUGAAGGAAGAGCCUUUGACCGGUGGUGGGCUGUCAGCUGUGAGGUCUUGGAUGCACGGGACUGGCAUUCUGGAUGCCAACACCGCAGCUCAAAGGUAGGGCCUGCAGAAGGCUUGCAGAAAAUUCUACCCCCCCCCCCAAAAGAGAGAGAGAGAGUAAGAAACACCCCCAAACUCCUUCUUUCAAUAGUUUUCUCUCUCUUUCCCCAUCCCCAAUAUCUGUCUGUUUUGAAAUUUGCCAAGAAUUUACUGGGUUCUCCUGCAGAAGUCGAGGCAAGGAGUUUGGGACGGGAAAAGUGUUCAUUCUUCUUUAUUUUUUUCUUCCGAUGACUCCGAUGACUGGCGCGUGUUAUUCCAGUUCUCCUGUUUGAUGGGCAAAGCGUGCCGUUGAUUUAUUCGCUACGUCUUGGGGGGGGGAGCUGCUUAAAGGAAAGGGGAAUUUCAGAAUUGCAAUUGCGAUUAUUUAGUUUUCGGGAGGGUGUAAGGCCUUCAUCAUUUCCCCUGCUAAAUCUCCUGGUAGAACACCAACCCUAAAGCUAAGUACGAGAGGAAGAAAGACAGGUACCUUGAUUUCACCUUUGUUGUUGCUCUUAAAGUUUCACUAUAACUCAUUGGAACUUUCAUGAAUAUAACUCUUUUCAGAUGGGUUUUUCAGCAGAAUCAAAAACAGUUUAGGUUGGAACUGACGGGAGGUGUCAGAUAACAUUUAUAUGAAUAUAUAUAUAUAUAUAUAUAUAUACACACACACACACACACACACACACCCUGAAACUGGUUUUAUAUUUCUUGUUGUCAAGCUGUUGGAAAGUGUUUCUGAAGUUAACACUUUGGGGUGGAAAAGCAAAACAGCGUUGGAAGAAAGUUAGAUUGAUGCCAAGGAUGCAAGUUCGCAAUUCUGCUUGCAAAUUUCUUAAACAGACAUUAGUGGGUUGUUGUGUUUUUUUAAAAAACAACAACUGUGGUUAUAAUUUUAUUAUUCCUCUCUCCUCCCCCCAAGAAGUAUGCUUUAAUUUGGUCCUCUCGUACAAAAUUGCUCCACAUCGCAAACUCCUCUCUCGCCCCCACCAUUCCUUUCUAUCUUUUACAAUUAUUCCUGUUGGUCGAUAAGCUGGGAUGUAUGAAUCAUUUCUCCCUGGGCUCAAUGGCUCCGGGAGUUUGCUUCUUUUUGAUUUGAAUUGAUUUUCUAUCGAUCUCAAAUGUUCCCUGACCUUUGACAUCUGAUCUUGCUUGACAUUUACUUGAGGUUGCUUAAACAAAGGAAGCAAGAGUUAGGUUGCAUAACUAACCAUGUAGCAGGGAUACAACUCACCCCCCUCAUUUCUCCAGUAUAUCAUUCACCUGCAAUUUGCAACUGGAUUUAUUGUUGUCAGCCUGUUGUCUCCCGGAGUUUGCAAACCUACUAGCUGGGUCCCAUGCAUCGCUGACCCAAGUCACCUUCUUUGGCUAUAUGAUCUGAGAGUUGUGCCCUAGUAAAGGGUUUUGUGGCGCACUUUGUAGAUUUAUUUGUGUCUCUGGAAAUGCUAAUGCCGCAAGCUUUGAAAGGCCUGUGCAGCUGGGCUGGGCCUGCGUGGUCCCUAGUGCACCCCAGGUCCCCAAAUAAAUGUUGAAUAUUUUAGUAGCGGAGCACAUUCUUGGAAUGCAGAAGGUACAAACGUGGGCAUCACUGCUGAAAGGAUUUCAGGCGGCAUCUGGGAAAGACCGGGAGAGCUCUGAAGAAAUAAUUUUGUGCUAGCUGGCUUGAGUCUGCGUGGGGCAGCUUCGCGUCUUUAAUGUUGAUCAUUCCUCUGUUUUCAGUAUAAAAAGGCACAAUCCACCCAGAUGUUCUCUGGAGCAAGCAGGGGGAGCAGAACCUUCUGGUGGAUCAUGCCCAGUUGUACUUUAUAAUUCUAUCACAGUUUUUUAUUCUCCCCGGAACACCGUGUGUAGGCUAGAAACUGGCAGAAAGUGACUGGUUUGCUGCCUCAGUUUCUCCGUCGUUGAGUCCAGACCUCGGGCCUUCCAUCCUGUUUGGGGUGUUUUUUGUUUUUGGUAGAAUGCCCCAAACAGAGACAUCGCUUUGUGGUAGCUUGCGAGAAGUAAGGGUUUGGAUCUGUGUCGAAUUAGGUCUUGCCGUGGGAUUUCGCGCAGCUAAAAAUCAUCGUAAUUCGCUGAGUCUGGAUGAGAUUUGUGAGUGGGCUUUUUUCCUAAUGACCCAAGAAGAGAUGAUAACCUGAUACGAUAAUUAGACAUAAGAAGAGGCAGCGAAGCUUUAUCAAGUCAAGGAGCGUGUUCACCUCCCUUUAUCCGGGGGGCCCCUAACAAGAUAUUGCAUUUCUCCAUUAUCUCCCUGGACUGAGCAGGUCACCUCAAAUGGUUAAGCAAAACUGGAAUAUCCGAGGAAAGGCAGUGUGCGAGACGCAGACAAGAUCCCUUGAUAGAGUAAGGAUCAGCAUUUUUUUAAAAAAAGACAGAGAACGUUCCCCUUGUUUUUGCAUGAACCAUCCAGGCUGAUUUCACCCAGAAAGAAUUUGCACUAGAUUUGUUGAUGUUGUUGUUGUUUUGUGGCAAUCUCCAGGAAAGAAUGAGAAACACUUUCUUUUUUUAACCGUAAACUGCAUUGAGAUAUUGUAUCUCGCUUGCAGCCCUGCCUACUCCAUGCAACUGUUUUCCUGUUGCAUCCUUCCCACUCCUAUCGUCACCCCUCCGUUCUGCCCUCAUCUUCUUCCAAAGGAAUAAACCACACUUAGCGUAAUAGUUUAUUUACCAGCCUGGCACCCUCCUGGUGUUUUGGACUACAGUUCCCCACGCUUGCUGGGGCUGAUGGGAGUUGUAGUCCAGAAAUAUUUGGAGGGCACCUGGUUGGCCAGGGCUGAUCUCAUCUACCCAUCCCACCUCUCUCUACCCCGUUCGUUUUCUGUGUUUGUGUUCAUCUGGCAUUAGCUGAGAUUUAUAUAACAUCAAAAUAUAUAGAACGUAUGCAAACAGGCAGUAAACUCACUGCCAUUCCUAGGGCCCAGAUGCCAGAAGUCAGAGCAUGUUUCGUCCGACUGUGUCGAAGCUGUAAAGCAAGACAUGGAAUGUAUUUGCCAGAGGGCUCAGAGGCUCCUGCCACCCCUGUUGUGUUGACUUACCGUAUUUUUUGCACCAUAACACUCACUUUUUUCCUCCUAGAAAGUAAGGGGAAAUGUCUGUGCGUGUUAUGGAGCGAAUGCCUGUGGGUGCCGGGGGGGAUCUGCUGCAGUCGUGAGCAGAGGAUCCAUGGUUCCCCUUCCUUCCCUCCUCCGUGGUUACAAAGCAUGGAUCCUCAGGAUUUUUGCAUUGGGCUACCCCAAACUCACUGUCAGAUCACAUGUCUGUGGCCACAGCAUGAACCACAAAAAUCAUAUAUCCACUAUUUCGUUUAGAAUAUUUUUUUUCUUGUUUUCCUCCUCUAAAAACUAUGUGCGUGUUAUGGUCUGGUGCGUGUUAUAGAGCGAAAAAUACGGUAUCUUGUCCUGGUGUCCGGUGGUUUGCGUUUUCUCCUAAUUUUCGGCGCUGAUUCUUCGUAAUGCCUCCUGAUUCUGAAUCUUCGUUCAAGAGAAAUUCUGAAAGCUGCCGUUUCAAGAGUUCACCACCCUUACCUUCGUUCGGCAAACUUUGCCAUGAGUUAAUUUACACUUUUGUUUAUUUGGAAGCAUUUAUAUUCUGCUUAGUGUUUCAAAAACUCAUAAGCGGUGCACAGCCUAAAAUAAGCAAAGGGUUGUGCUCAGAGCAGUGCCAAAAUGUAUUUCUCUGUGGGCAAUGGAACGUUAUCCCUGCCUCCCACCCCCCACCCCAGCCAAGUUUAUUCUGCGGGUUCCCCUAUACUUCUUGAAACAGUUAAACUAUGGAACUCCCUGCCACAGUGAUGACCACCAACCUGGAAGGCUUUCAAAGAGGAUUAGACAAAUUCAUGGAGGAAGAGAAGCCUAUUGGUGGCUAAUACGCACAAUGGUUACACUUUGCCUCCACGCCUGGGGGCAAUAAUGCUUUUGAAUCUCAGUUGCUGGGAACUGCAGGAGGGGAGAGGGCUCUUGUGUUCGAAUCCUGCUUUCAGGUUUCCCACAUGUGUCUGUUUGGCCACUGUGAGAACAGGAUGCUGUGCUAGAUGGGUCGUUGGUCUGAUCCAGCAGGAUCUUCUUACGUUCUUCUUUGGGGAUGGCAUGGGGCAUAGCGGGGUGGGAAGCUUUGCACCGCUGUAAGCACUGAGUUGAAUUCUUCCCAGACAAGCAGGCAUUGGCCAGCCCCUGUUCUUCUGCAUCCAGUCUCAUGGAUGCAGCCAGCAACAGAUGCCAUCAGUCUGAUCAGUUAAGUCAAUUGCACCGUAGUCCUGAACCUACCUGCUUGAACAAAUCUCGUUGAUUCAAAGAGCACAUUCAGAACCAAUAGUCUGUAAAUCAGUGGGAAGAAGGGGUUCAUCAUAGACACCAGUAUGUGUGUGUGUUUUUUGGGGGGGGGGGAGUUGUUUUAAAAAAAGAAACUGGUCUGAGUCGUGCAGGAGUUGGAUUGCACGUUGAAAGCAGAGAGAAUUCAGCCCACCUGGGGAAGAGUUUGUGUUCAGCUGCAGAAUCGUGCCGGAUGCAAAUGAAUCAGAUUUUCAUUAAGCACCUUGGGUAAUCUGGGCUGCAAGGGAGGGGACGAUGUCAGGAAUAUUUGCACAGGCGGUUCAAGCAAAUCCAGCCUAAAGUGGCCCAAGUCACAAUAUUUUGACUUAAUAGCACAGUGGAUGGUGGCUGUUACCUUUUGGUGGUUUCUGAGACUUUCCAAGCGUUUCCGAAAUUAUGGGCAAAUAGGCCGUGCAAAACAGAGAAGGCAGCUUUGUAAAAAAAUGUACGUGGGGAUAAAAAGGCUGAUUACAGGAUCCAGCCCAAGGCAAUUCUGGCACCCUGUUUACCUUGGGCAGCAGAUAUGGCCAAAUGUCAGGAAGGAUGAUGGACAAAUCUCUUCCCAGGUCUGAUCUCUGUAACCUUCCUCCAGAGAAAGCAUCCUCCCUGCUGAUCAGCUGAGCAAAAAUCUUGGGGAAGGGGGUGAGAUUUUGGGGUGUGUGUGUUUUGGAAGGCUUUUUUAAAUUUAGUGGUAAAUAAUAUCAGUUGCUGAUAGGUGAACAUAGCUGUCAACGUUUCCCUUUUUUCCCCUUAUUCCGAAUAGGAUUUCUCACAAGACAAGGGAAAAGUUGACAGCUGUGUAGGUGAAGGGAGAGGGGGAAGGGGGCUGUUGCAUCUCCAACCUCUCAGCCAUCAUUCUUGCUGGUUUUCUUCGUAGUCGGAGAUUAAACACCUGGAAGAUCGAUUCACUUUGGUGCAGAUAUUCCUCAAAUCUUGGUUUCCUGUUUUCCUUUCCUUGAGCUCGAGCUUCUCUUGAUCGGUUCACACUCAAUUUCCAGUCCCUCCACCGGUGACGGAAUUGAUGCUUGACUUGAUCGUUGAGUCCCCAAGAACUGUCUUCUCCGUUCCAGUAGCCAGAGAACGAUAGCCAACCAUUUUCCUUUCUUGCUCCCACAUUUCGCUCCCACCCCCUCUGCUCAGAGAGAGAGUGGCAUCGAUUUGUUGAAAACCUCUCAUGGAUUUUCGAUCGCGACUGUUCAGUUUGGAGGAUCAGAUUACUGCAGCCCUGCAGGGCUGCCCUUGGAGACAGAUCCGAAGGCUCCCACUAUUGCAGUUGUUGUUGUUUAGUGGUUUAGUCGUGUCCGACUCUUCGUGACCCCCUGGACCAGAGCACGCCAGGCACUCCUGUCUUCCACUGCCUCCUGCAGUUUGGUCAGACUCAUGUUUGUAGCUUCGAGCACACUGUCCAACCAUCUCGUCCUCUGUCGUCCCCUUCUCCUUGUGCCCUCCAUCUUUCUCAACAUCAGGGUCUUUUCCAGGGAGUCUUCUCUUCUCAUGAGGUGGCCAAAGUCUUGGAGCCUCAGCUUCAGGAUCUGUCCUUCCAGUGAGCACUCAGGGCUGAUUUCCUUCAGAAUGGAUAGGUUUGAUCUUCUUGCAGUCCAUGGGACUCUCAAGAGUCUCCUCCAGCACCAGAAUUCAAAAACAUCAAUUCUUCGGCGAUCAGAAUUCUUCCACUAUUCCACUAUUGCAGGCUACUUAUCAAUAUGUGCAAACUGAAAGCCCAGUUUUGGAUCGUCCGUAUCGAUUGCCGUUUGCCUCCAGGCCAAAUUCAAGGUUCUGGUGUUAACUUUUCUGACAUCUUGCAUCCUUGAUGCCUUCUUCUCCCAUAUAUUCCUCCCUGAAUACCAGCUGAUGAAGCUCUGCAUACUUCCUGUUCUUUGUGAAAUGAUGUGUAGAAUGCAGCCCUUUCUCUGUGGAACUCCUUGCUGCAAGAGAAUCCCACUCACCCUUACACUAUAUGUUUUCUGCCCCUCAUCACUUUCCUUUCGUGUGAUGGCACAGCUGUUUGUUGGCUGGUCUCGUUUUCCGAAGGAACGUACUCGCUCUUUUAGGUUUGCUGUUAUAUGAUUUGAUUGGGUUAUUCACUUCCCACACCACUUAAUAUGUAUAAUAAUAAUAAUAAUAAUAAUAAUAAUUUAUUAAUUAUACCCCGCCCAUCUGGCUGGGUUUCCCCAGCCACUUUGGGCGGCUCCCGAUCGAGUGUUAAAAACAAUACAGCAUUAAAUAUGAAAAACUUCCCUAAACAGGGCUGCCUCCAGAUGUCUUUUAAAGAUAAGAUAGCUGCUUAUUUCCUUGACACCUGAAGGGAGGGCAUUCCACAGGGCGGCGCCACCACCGAGAAGGCCCUCUGUCUGGUUCCCUGUAACCUCACUUCUCGCAAUGAGGGAACCGCCAGAAAGCCCUCGGUGCUGGAUCUCAGUGUCUGGGCUGGACGAUGAGGGUGGAGACACUCCUUCAGGUAUACUGGAACGAGGCUGUUUAAGGCUUUAAAGGUCAGCACCAACACUUUGAAUUGUGCUCGGAAACGUACGUUUAAAAUAUCUCUAUGCGGUGUACCAAAAAUUGAAGCGGCAACUGACAACUUCGACAAAGUAUUUGCAAAAACACACAAUUGCAUCGUUCGAAAACACCCUGCGUGUGCCCCAUUUGUAGAGGCUCUGAGAUUGAGCGUCAAAUGCGGAAGACCUGACUACACAGUGCGCUUUUGCGGAUAACCCUCUAGAGUCUAGGCCAGCCUGGUGCCCUCUGGAUGGGCUGGACUACAAUUCCCAUUAAGCUGUGCAAGCUGGGGAUGAUGGGAGCUGUAGUUCAGAAAUAACCGGUGGGGGUACUGGAUGAAAGAAGGCUGCACCCGGCCUGCCUCCAAGUUACUAAUAUAGUUUAGGGUAAAAAUUGUCCUCAGUGGGGCAAAUUGUAGUCAUUCAACCAGGAGGAGUGAUGGGGGAAAGGGUUAUAGUUUCUCCCUUGCAGCCUCCCCUUCCUUGGAGGUUUUUAGCAGAGGUUGAAUGGCCGUCUGUCAUGGAUGCUUUAGUUGAGAUUCCUGCCUUGGAGGGGGCUGGACUAGAUGACUCUGGGGGCCCCUUCCAACCCCACAAUUCUAUGAUUCUGCUGUGUCUGGGCAACAUCUGCUACCUUUGGUUCUGGAAGUGGUAGGCAGCCAUUCUGGCCAUGGAUAGAGUCACAGGUUUUUAACUUUCUCAUUCAUCAGCAUUCUUAAAAAUAUUUAACUGGGAUAGCUCAGUCGGUAUGGCCUAAGACUCAGGGUUCCUUCAUUGCAGGGGGUUGGACUUUUGUUGUUGUUGUUUAGUCGUUUAGUCAUGUCCGACUCUUCGUGACCCCCUGGACCAGAGCACGCCAGGCACUCCUGUCUUCCACUGCCUCCCGCAGUUUGGUCAAACUCAUCUUGGUAGCUUCGAGAACACUGUCCUACCAUCUCGUCCUCUGUCGUCCCCUUCUCCUUGCGCCCUCCAUCUUUCCCAGUAUCAGGGUCUUUUCCAGGGAGUCUUCUCUUCUCAUAAGGUGGCCGAAGUCUUGGAGCCUCAGCUUCAGGAUCUGUCCUUCCAGUGAGCACUCAGGGCUGAUUUCCUUCAGAAUGGAUGGGUUUGAUCUUCUUGCGGUCCAUGGGACUCUCAAGAGUCUCCUCCAGCACCAUAAUUCAAAAGCAUCCAUUCUUCGGCGAUAAUAUAAUAAUAAUAAUUUAUUAUUUGUACCCCGCCCAUCUGGCUGGGUUUCCCCAGCCACUCUGGGUGGUUUCCAGCCAAAUAUUAAAAACAAUACGGCGUCAGACAUUAAAAACUUCCCUAAACACGGCCACCUUCAGUUGUCUUUUAGAAGUAAAAUAGUUGUUUAUUGCCUUGACAUAGAUGACCCUCAUGGUCCCUUGAUUCUAUGAUGUUCUUUGACAACAGAAUGUUGGCACUCAGCAGUGUUUCUUUUCUUUUUUAUAAAAAGAAAAACAAAAUUAAGAAACAAUGAGGUGUCAGUGCCCAUUACUUUCUAAAAGUGUCAUGGGCGCCAGCACAAAAUGGCACACUGGUGAGUCCCAUCACAAAAAAACACAAGCCAUUUAUGAAAUUAAAGUAUGAAUCCAGUUGAAAAUAUGAAAUAAAAUAAAUGGGAUGGGGAUGGGGAGGGAGUACCAAAAAACAAAACAAACCAAACCAGGGUUUGCAUCCAUUACCUCAUAAAGAACAUUCUCAGGAGGUUUACCUCCCCCCUUUAUUUUAUUUCAUAUUUCCCACUGGAUUGUUGUUUUAACUUCAUAAUAAACUCUUGCAUUUAAUAAUAUUAAAAAAUCCGGUAAGCCUGCAACUUAUGUGGGGGUUGCUUUUUGGAGAUCUCGCCUACAGCCAAAAUUGCGUAUAGUCAAAGCACUCCAGGUUCACUAGUAGGUGGAAUUUGCCAGACUCUUUUUCCCCUUAAAAGCUGACCCCUUCUAAUUUUAAUUUUUUUAAAAAAAUUUGCCAUGUCCGUAAAGCUGAAUGUGCACAAGUUAAAUGUACGUCAGCUGCAGGUGUGCUGUAAUUAUUUAAAGUUGGGCUGUGCAGCCCACUUGUAGGAGGAUAUUAUUCUCCAGCCCCAGGUGUGAGGCGCUAGUUGAGGAAUCCCACAAUGAGACAAUUCACCCGGCCUAUUGUUUUGAACUCAACGGAGGCUCUGUGCCCACACCUGCCGCUUCCAGGAGAUUAUCCCAGGUGCUCACCGGUUUUUCAUCCUCGAAAUCUCCAACCUGCAUUUGUGGACAGUCUAGCCAGUCUUUCCAAAACGGCUUUCACCCCACUUAUGCACCUUAAUGUCGAUGAAGCAGGACGGGUGUUGAGGACGGGUGGCGGUGGGAGAAAUCGAGUUUGGGGGGAAAUGGCACGAGCUCAGAGAUGCUGGAAAUGGAAAAGCUUGUGGCUUAGGCUAAAGGCAGAGAGGUGACACCUGGGAAUUGGCAAGGAGUUGGGGAAAAGGUUCAGCAAAAGACUAGCAAAAUGAUCAAGGGGAUGGAGCUACAGCAAUUUGGAUUUUUCUGUUUGGAGAAAAGGCAAGUAAGGGGCAAUGUGAUGAUGAUGAUGGUGGUGGUGGUGAUGAUGAUUGUGAUGAUGAUGAUAAUUAUUUUAUUUUAUUUAUUUAUACCCUGCCCAUCUGGCUGGGUUUCCCCAGCCACUCUGGGCAGCUUCCAGCAGAAUAUUAAAAUACAAUGGUACCUCGGGUUACAUACGCUUCAGGUUACAUACGCUUCAGCUUACAGACUCCGCUAACCCAGAAAUAGUACCUUGGGUUAAGAACUUUGCUUCAGGAUGAGAACAGAAAUCGUGCUCUGGUGCCGCGGUGGCAGCGGGAGGCCCCAUUAGGUAAAGUGGUGCUUCAGGUUAAGAACAGUUUCAGGCUAAGAAUGGACCUCCGGAACGAAUUAAGUACUUAACCCGAGGUACCACUGUACAGUGAUUCAUCAAAUAUUAAAAGCUUCCCUAAACAGGGCUGUCUUCAGAUGUCUAAUAAUAAUAAUAAUAAUAAUAAUAAUAAUAAUAAACAAUUGAUUGAAAUACAACUUAAAAACAAGAUUAAAAUACAACAUUAAAAUACAACAUUAAAAUGCAGCCUCAUUUCAGUAGAAACUCAAAUCAAAAACUAAAAGUCCAAUAGCUGUUUAUUUCUUUGACAUAUGGUGGGAGGGCGUUCCACAGGGCGGGUGCCACCACCGAGAAGGCCCUCCGCCUGAUUCUCUGUAACUUCACUUCUCGCAGUGAGGGAACCGCCAGAAGGCCCUCAGAGCUGGACCUCAGUGUCUGGGUAGAACAAUGGGGGUGGAGAUGCUACUUCAGGUAUACUGGCGAUAGGAGCUUGUAAGAUUAUGUCAUGGCACAGAGGAACCAGACAGAGAAAAGUUUUUCUCCCUCUCUCCUAGGACUAGAACUCAUGGCCAUUCAGUGAAAUGGGAGCGGGAGGUUCAGGAUAGAUAAAAUAAAGUCCUUCUUCGCACAGCGCAUGGUUUUUUGUUUUUUUAAAAAAAUUAUUUAAUCAUUUUUUCAAUACAAACAACAACCGCAAAAUACACAACAAAAACCAUAAUAACAAUAAAAACACAAUUUGACAUUUCAGAUUUAAACACACUGAUAUAUCUAUGACUGCACCCUUUUAGCAAUAUUUCCCCACCUCUCUCUCCUCCCCCCACUUCCCCCCACUAUCCGCCUUACCACUUAAAUAUCCAUUCCAGAUUCCUUCAUAUUUAUCCGUUCUUAAUUUGCAUCGACAUGCAAUUCGUUCAUAUUUAGCUAAUCUGUCCAUAUUAUCAAUCCAUGUGCUCAAUGGAAUCUUUUUGCGGCUCUUCCAAUUCAUCAAAACAGGUGGGGGUUUUUUGCUUCGCAUGGUUGAGCUAUGGAACUCUCUGCCACAGGAUUGGUGAGGUCCACCAACCUGGAGUGCUUUAAAAAGGGGAUUGGAUAAAUUCAUGGAGUAAACGGUUGUUGAUGACUAUCAGCCAUGAUGGCUCUGCAUUGCCUCCACAGUUGGAGGCAAAGAUGCUUCUGAGACCCAGUCGCUGGAAACCAUCGGAGGGAGAGAUGCUUUUGUGCUCAGAUCCUGUUGCUGGUUUCCCACAGGCACCUUGCCGGCCACUGAGUACAGGAUGGGUCUUCUUAUGGGUCUUCAUCCAGCAGGCUCUUAUGUUCCCUUGCAGCUAUGGAGGCUCUGAUGUCCAUGGACAAGGGCACUUGAAUUAGCCAUAGGCUCACCAGCCCAACAGGGAUCCGGGUGGCGCUGUGGGUUAAACCACAGAGCCUAGGACUUGCCGAUCAGAAGGUCAGCGGUUCGAAUCCCUGCGAUGGGGUGAGCUCCCGUUGCUCGGUCCCUGCUCCUGCCAACCUAGCAGUUUGAAAGCACGUCAAAGUGCAAGUAGAUAAAUAGGUACCACUCCGGCGGGGAGAUAUACGGCGUUUCCGUGCGCUGCUCUGGUUCGCCAGAAGCGGCUUAGUCAUGCUGGCCACAUGACCCGGAAGCUGUAUGCUGGCUCCCUCGGCCAAUAAAGCGAGAUGAGCGCCGCAACCCCAGAGUCGUCCACGACUGGACCUAACGGUCAGGGGUCCCUUUACCUUUAUAACAGCCCAACCUGGCCUGCUGCUGUGCCUUUAACAGUAGUAGGCUAUGUGCAGAAAUCUGUUGGCGAAUCCAUUGGUAGUCGUACAGACAGCCACGGCGGCCAGUUCAGAAGCCGGGGACUCCAGCCACUCCCUCCCUCACCCUUUGCAAUUAAGUCCCGUCCUUAAGUCCACGCACCCCUGGUGGCUGCCGCACACCCAGCCUCCCUGCAGGUACCUUGUGACCUUUACAAUAUAGCAGCCAACUUUUGUUAAGCUGUCCUGUUUUGUUACCUGGAGAUGAUCUGCGAUCACCAUAGGUGACCAGUUGUUCACAAGGCUGUGGCUGUUCUGUUGAAGUUCAUGGCGAGUGCUGCCCAGAGUAUCUGGAGCAACGCAGGCAGAUGGGUGGGAUAUAAUAAAUAAAAUUAAUAGUAAUAAUAAUAAUAACAAUAAUAAUGGAGGACUUGUUAUGCACAUAGGUGUGUUCUCAGGGGUUGGGCGUGCCAUCUCGCUCCUAUUCUUAUUUUUACUGGCAUUACUGUGGGGGCAGAACAUAGCCAUGCUGGCUAGCAGCCUUUGAUAGCACUUUCCUCCAUGAAUUUGCUUAUUCCUCUUUUAAAGCCAUCCAGCUUAGUAGCCAUCACUGCCGCCUGCAGAAAUGAGUUCCACAGUUCAACUGUGCUGCAUGAAGGACUUCCUCUUUUUCUUUAAUAGUUUUUAUUAAGAAUUUCAUCAGAUCAAAUUAUCAAAAACCUAUCCUCUUCAUCCCCCCCAUUUUCCCCUCCCCAAGAUAAACCCUCCCUCCCUCCCCCCCAGACUUCCCUCAGCUCCUCUCUCUGAUUUUUCAAGACAUAUUUUUCUCUGCAUAUUAUAAACUUGUAAAGAUCCUCAAUUUAUCUGCCUGUUAUGUUAACAAUAAUAAAUUUGUGUAUGUUUAUUUAAAACCUGCCAAGGAGUCCAGUUCAUUUUGUUGUUCUUUUAAGUAAUUUGUAAAAAGUUCCCAUUCUUCUUUAAAGCCACAGUUGUCCUUGUCUCGCAGUUUGUAUGUCAAUUUCACCAGUUCCGCAUAAUCCAUUAAUUUCCCUUGCCACUGUUCUUUUGCCAGGAUUUCCUCAUUCUUCCAUUCUUGUGCUAUUGGAAAAUAAAGAACUUAAUUAUGUAUGUGACAACGGCGGCAAGAGUCUUAAUAGCACAAGGACUUCCUCUUAUCUGUCCUAGGAAUAUGUUGUUCUCCCUUCAAAUCUCUCUUCUCGCAAUAGUUGUUGAAGGAAAAGAUAAAGGUAAAGGGACCCCUGACCAUUAGGUCCAGUCAUGGCCGACUCUGGGGUUGUGGCGUUCAUCUCGCUUUACUGGCCGAGGAAGCCGGCGUACAGCUUCCAGGUCAUGUGGCCAGCAUGACUAAGCCACUUCUGGUGAACCAGAGCAGUGCACGGAAACGCCGUUCACCUUCCCGCCGGAGCGGUACCUAUUUAUCUAAUUACACUGGUGUGCUUUCAAACUGCUAGGUGGGCAGAAGCAGGGACCGAGCAACGGGAGCUCACUCCGUCGCGGGGAUUCGAACCGCCGACCUUCUGAUCGGCAAGUCCUAGGCUCUGUGGUUUAACCCACAGCGCCACCCGCGUCCCUGUUGAAGGAAAAGCCCCCCCCCCCACAAAAAAAAGAUGAAAGGAAGGAGGAGGGGAGGAGAGAGCUGGGGAGAAUGCCACCCCAGUCAACCACCAUUGCACCCUGGGAUUCCUGCGCAGGUUCCCCAAUGGCAAGGCCGGCCGGCCUUACGAAAUGAGAACGCCAAUUGUCGCAGGAAAGAGAGAGCCAUUGGGGGCUUUCCUGUGUGUGGUGGCGGUGCCCGUUCACCCAGCAGCUCAGGAUGGGGGCCUUGGUGAUCCCAAGGGGGGGAGAGAGUGUGAGAGGUGGGGGUGGGGAUUUCAGUUUCGUUGACCCUAAUGGAGCACGUCUGAUUUCUGCGCCGUCCCCCAGCUGGGUUCCUGGCGGCCCAGCGCAUGGAAGAGUUGGUUUUCCUGUAAAGGCUGUGCGGUGCUCUGGUUUGCUAGGAAAUGCUCCAAUUUUCUUUAAUAAUUGAUGGGCGCUGCCUCGCCAGCCUCAGAGGCUCAGUGAGCGCAGUCAUUACCAGCAUCCUGGUGCUUUUUCCACCCUCCCUCUCUCUCUCUCUCUCCUCCUCCUCCUUUGCCUCCCUCCUUCCUUCCUUCUGCCUCGAACAGAGAGAGCAGCAAUGGCAAGGUUUGGGGGAAACGGGAAUGGAAUUGAAUGCAGGUGUGUUCACUUGGCCGGGAGGUUCGGAAGGAGGGAGAGAGAUUUGCAGACUCAGGGAGUUUCUGGAGGCUUAACUUUUUCUCAAGGAACAGCCUGAGGCAGCCGUCCCCAGUCCAGCCACUUUGGAUUACAGUUCCUAGCCAGUGUUUGAAAUUCGCCAGGCGCAUUUUGCACGUGGCUUCCGGCCACUUGCAACCAAGGUGCCAGGGUGCCAGGAUGGUGCUUGAGAUCUCCACCAUUUGGAGGUGCAUGCCAGCGGAUUUGGACUGUUUUCGCACACUAAUACCCCACCCUGUGGAAUUCUAUCCGUUAUAUUUUUAUCUGCACAAUCAGAAUCAAUUUCUGGAACCCAAACACUUUUUCUGUGCAGUCUGAGCAGGAGCAGGGAAUGACGUUAUAGUGAAUUGUUGCAGCUUGCCUUCACUUGCCCCCUUCCCAUUGUCCUGCUCACAGUUGGGAAGAAUAUUCCUAUGUUAUGAAUGGUCUGUGACACCAUUAAGAAAAAGAGGUGGGGAUAUAUCUGUGGACUGGCCCUGGAUAAGGUGAUUUUCCCUCUUUAAGUUCCCAAACUCGGCUCUGAACCGUGUGCUCCGUGCAGAAAAAGCUGGAAUAUAAAUGCCAUAAAUAAGCUAUAUAUUAAAAAAAUCCUUCCAGUAGCAUCUUGUUGUUUAGUCAUUUAGUCAUGUCCGACUCUUCGUGACCCCAUGGACCAGAGCACGCCAGGCACUCCUGUCUGCAGCUGCUUAACUCCCUUCUCGCACGACUAACUUGCGUGGGGGGGGGGGUGCAGGGAGACAGGUCUGAUGGCUUCUGGGGACUUCCAGGCCAUGGGAAGAAGGUGUUUCAGUCUCUAUCUUUGGAGAGGCUAGAGAUUGGCUGGUGUGCAGUAUUUGUUGUUGUUUAGUCGUUUAGUCAUGUCCAACUCUUCGUGACCCCAUGGACCAGAGCACGCCCGGCACUCCUGUCUUCCACUGCCUACCGCAGUUUGGUCAAACUCAUGCUGGUAGCUUCGAGGACACUGUCCAAUCAUCUUGUCCUCUCUUGUCCCCUUCUCCUUGUGCCCUCCAUCUUUCCCAACAUCAGGGUCUUUCCCAGGGAGUCUUCUCUUCUCAUGAGGUGGUCAAAGUAUUGGAGCCUCGGCUUCACGAUCUGUCCUUCAAGUGAGCACUCAGGGCUGAUUUCCUUCAGAAUGGAGAGGUUUGAUCUUCUUGCAAUCCAUGGGACUCUCAAGAGUCUCCUCCAACACUGCCUUGCCAUGGCGAAGGGGCUUGAAUAACUCAGAGAAGCUAUGAACUAUGACGUGCAGGGCCACCCAAGAUGGACGGGUCAUAGUGGAGAGUUUUGACCAAACGUGAUCCACCUGGAGUAGGAACCGGCAAGCCACUCCAGUAUCCCUGCCAAGAAAACUCCAUGGACAAAGACAACAGGCAUAUAAAAGUAGCACCUUAGAGACCAACUAAGUUUGUUAUUAGUAUGAGCUUUCGUGUGCAUGCACAUUUUUCAGAUACCUGCACACGAAAGCUCAUACCAAUAACAAACUUAGUUGGUCUCUAAGGUGCUACUGGAAGGAAUUGUUUUUAUUUUGUUUCGACUACGGCAGACCAACACAGCUACCUACCUGUAACUAUAAAUAAGCUAUUCAGCUUACCUUCUUAAGGAAGCUGGUGGGGCUAGCCAAGGCAUAGGCAAACUCGGCCUUCCAGAUGUUUUGGGACUACAGCUCCCAUCAUCCCUGACCACUGGUCCUGUUAGCUAGGGAUGAUGGGAGUUGUAGUCCCAAAACAUCUGGAGGGCCGAGUUUGCCUAUGCCUGGGCUAGCCAGACACAGAUGCCAGUCACCAAACUGGCAUCCAGCAAUCACCAUAUGGUCGCAAUUAGACCCGUGCCAGUUGCAAAACACGCCUGGGGAGUUUCUAAAACUGGCUGCCCCCCUUUUAAAUAGAGAAUAGGUUCUUUCACAUGCCUUGCCAGACACAGGUACAAGGUUCUCCUCACAUGUUACAAGUGUACACCUCUUGAUUUGUGUGGCUCACCUGUGCGUACACACAGGCAAACAGACGGCAGAUUCGUCGAACGUAACUUGCGAAUAGGUGGGUGAACGUGCAGCUCAAUCAUUGUGCACCCCGGUCCUUGGAUUGUGCGGUUGUUGAAUGUAACGUGUGAGUGCUCCCACAGAGAGGGGCAGUUGAAGGUUAUCAACUGGGGCUGAAAUCCUGCACAGUUAAUCCCAGUGGGAUUAUACUGGCUUUGCUGCAUUCAGAGGUUUAGCUCCCCCUCCGACUAUAGAAUUUGAACUCAGCUCCCUGGAGCCUGUGGGUCUGCCUGUGUCAAAUUUUCUGCCUUGUGUUGCUGAUACAACACUUGUGUUCUUGUGAGAUGCCCCUCAUGCAACAGCAGGACCAAACAAAACAAGCUUUAGAUGGUGUUUUAGGAGAUUUAUACCAAGUUUUUGCUGGGGUCUCUCCACCCCCACCCCCCCUGCUCGCACCCCGCUAUAAAAGCCCCCGCAGUUCCAGAGACUUUAUGGAUAUUCAGAAAUGUUAUUUCUCUCUCUCUCUCUCUCUCUCUCUCUCUCUCUCUCUCUCAACUUCCUGCUGCCUCUGGCUUUUAAAAGACGAAAUCUGAGAUUGCCAUAAAUCCAGCAGCCCAAAAUCUCUGACUCCCGAUAAAAUCAGGAUUGGAUUUCCGCCGUUUUGUCACCCUGCUGAUCUCCCGUCUUAGUCCUGCGGAGAUUUUCCCCAGGGUCAUGGUUUUAUUCCGCCUCCCUGGCCCCGUCAAGCCAGUCAGAAGGAUUCAGGGUUCAAGAUGCUCAUUUCCCAUUGUUUCCUUGACCCAAAGAAACCCGAGGCCAACUGCAUUAAUAAUAAUAAUAAUAACAUAGUAUUAUCUAUUAAAGCUCUUGGAAAUUUCCAUCCGUAAAUAAAGUUAAUGGCUCUUGGGUAUUGUUCAUGUGUGCGUAUACAGAAUAUCCGAGAGAUCCAUUACUUUAUUUACAGAUGGAAACUGUAAAGUGUCUUAAUGGGCAUUAUUAUAGGGGCGUAGAUUCAGUUGCACACCAGCAAAUAUAGAUUGUGCCGUUAAAGUGGAUUUGGUGCCCUUGCAGAACAUAAUCACUUCUACCCCCCACCUCACCCAAAAAAUUGCUGUAAGGAAAGUGACAGAGAAACACAUGGAAAAGGGCAGGUGGGCAAUUGCUCGAGGUGACACCGCCUAACCUCCCCAAACAAACCAGAAGGAAUGCUCCAUAGGCAGGCUGGGGUCUCUCUCAACAAAACCCUCCCAUUCAUGCUGAGACCGAUUUGCACAACAGAACUUCCCUUCCCCCUCUUUCCCCCCAAAACAGGGUUGCGGUUUUUCCAGAAUUUGAACUCAGCUCCUUGGAUCCUGUGAGUCUGCCUUUGUCAAAGUUUCUGCCUUGUGCUGCUGAUACAACACUUGUUUUUGUGAGAUGCCCCUCGUGCAACAACAGGACCAAAUAAAGCAAGUUUUAGAUGGCAGUGCAGGGCUUGCAGAGGGAAGAGAAAUUCUGUUUCACGAGCAGAAGCCUUUGCCCAACUGGGACUAUUUCGGUGGAUGUAGCUCCCCAUUAAUAGUGCUUUAUGGAAGGUGAUUGUUUUACUGAUGCCUUGUAACUGUGUUACAGAUGGACCCUAACUUAGAUGCAGAGGCGUCUAAGGUGGGACCUUUUGCAUGCAAAGGAUGUGCUUUCCACUCGACUACAUCCCUUCCUAGGGAAUUCUCCUUUACUGAUCAGAUCAUCUAGGCUAGUAUUACCUAUUCUGACUGCCAGCAGCUCCUGGGGCUUUCAAACAGGAGUUUCUCCAAGCUGUACCUUUUUAAAAAACCAAAAACCAAAACACAUUUUAAAAUAUUGUUUUAAUUCCAUUAAAUUCCUUUUUUAAACCUUUAUAUGUUUUAGCUUUUUGUGUGUUGUUUUGAGUCCUGGUCCGGAAGAAAGAUAGGGUAAUAAUAAUAAUAAUACCUAGAGAUUGAUCCUGAAACGUGCAAUUUGCAAAGUGUGAGCUCCUGUGUUUAUAUCCACCUGUCUGCCUUUAUUUCAGCAGCUAUGUGUAACCCUUUUAAAGGAAUCAACAAUGAAACGAAACCAAUAUUCCUUUUUAUUUCCCCCUGACGCUUGUCUGCAGAAAUGGACACUCAGUGCAUGAGAGACUUCAUUUAUUCACAGAAAACCAUACAGAUUCAGGCAUCCAUACGUGGAAAGUGGUUUCUACGUCACAAGCUGCUGGCGUUCAAACAGCUUUCAAACAGCGUUUAUUUAAGCAUCUGCAUUUAUGCCGAGGAGUUUCAAAUCGCACAACUCUCAGAAGGCAGCGCCCACAACAUCCUCAGACACGAAAUAUAAUACAUAAAUAUUCCAGGCCCUUGAAAAGGCAUCUGUGACAGAUAGCUGUGCUGUUAUGUAAAUCGCGAGAAUAUGCCGAACUUCUCUUAGAAUUGCACUUCUCAUUUAAGAUUUUGCAUUCCCACAUUUUCCACAACCGUUCCUGCUUUGGCUGUGCUCUCCACUGUUUGGCAAAGACCCUCCUUUCCAGCUGCUAAUAAAUUUGGUGCACACUCCUGAACUUUUGAGACUUACCUUGCCGUACGAAAGCUAAGCAAACCAUUUCAGUGUUUGCAUACAGCAAAGAUCUGAUAUACUGUCUGCUCCUCUUUUCUAACCAUUCCUUAUGGGGUUUGCUUAUUUGUUUUCUGUGGAUGUAAACUCUGCCGUUCAACCUAGCCAUUCCCAAGGCAGCUCGCAACGAGGUUCGUCAUAAGGCAUUCUUUGCUAUCCCGGUGUCCUCCAGAUGUUUUGUAAUGAAACAUCAAAUUGACACAUACAGUGAGGGGGAAAAGGUAUUUGAUUCCCUGCUAAAUUUGCCCAUUUGCCCUCUGACAAAGAAAUGACCAGUCCAUUAAUUUUAAUGGUAGGUUUCCUGUAGCUGUGAGAGACAGAAUAACAACAGGAAAACCCCCAGAAACCCAGAAGGCAAAAGUCACAGAUUGACGUGCAUUGUAAUGAGUGAAAUAAGUAUUUGAUCCCUUUGCAAAAGAUGACUUGGUACUUGGUGGCAAAACCCUUGUUGGCAAUUGCAGAGGUCAGACGUUUCUUGUAGGUGGUCACCAGGUUUGCACACAUCUCAGGAGGGAUCCCAUUCUGUCUCUCACAGCUACAGUAAGCCUACCAUUAAAAUUAUGGACUGGUCAUUUUUUUCGUCAGAGGGCAAACGGGCAAAUUUAGCAGAGGAUCAAAUACUUUCCCCCCUUACUGUAGCCCCACACAACGGAGUGUCCCUUAGUCCCCUGGUCAAUGGAUGGGACCAGGGUUGUAAAAUCCGUAGUAACAGAGAGACCCCAGUUCCUGCUUGUCUUUCCAUUUCUUCUGAUCCUGUAGGCUAUAGCCCAUUUUGGGGGGUAGUGUGUGGACCUCGAGUCCUGGGGCAGGGAUGUCUAGGUCCGAUGACUCCCCAGGUUCUGGGUGGAAAUAUACCAGUGGGUCUGGCUGUCCUUGCCUCUCAUCUGAGUAGACCCCAGGUCGAGGCAGGGCUGAGCCCUGAUAUAACCCAUCAAACGCCCUCCUCCCUCAGCGAGGCGCAUCCCAAAUAUCCCCAGUGGCCAGCAGCAGCAUAAUGGGAAACAAAUGGCCACCUUUCAAAGGAUUUCAGUAUACUUGAAAAAAUUGGGUGCACUCUUCCCACCUUGGAUCAAAUCUAUGCUUCCAGGUGCCAUAAGAAAGCUGCAGAGAUAGCGCAGGACAGUGCACACCCCGGAAAUGAUCUCUUUCAGCUUCUGCCGUCUGGAAGAAGGUACAGGGUUAUAAAGACUAGGACUAGCCGCCUGAGUUUCUACCCAAAUGCGAUUUUGGUUUUAAACACAGUGUAAGGCGUCUCUGCGGAAGUAUAUUGUAUUUAAAAAUGGGGUAUCAGAGUUUUUAGGGGGCUAACCAUGCUGGGAUAGCAGGCUUGCUGGGUUUUGAAUGUUUUAUGUAGAUUUUUCAAUUUUGUUGUUCUGUAUGGGACAAUGACAAUAAAGAUUAUCGUACCGUAUCGUAUUCUUUAGCCAUGAUUCCUACUGUGCUGGGCCCGGGGGUAACCCUUGAAACGCGGUCCAGGACCAGACCAGAAUCUGGAGGUUCUGCUAGGAGUCAGUCCCACAGGGUCAAGGCAGGAAACUAGGCAAGGACAGGUACAGGAUCUCAGGCAGGAUAUAGCAAUGUUGCUCCCGCAACCUGAGGCGGGGUCCGACAGCCUUUUAUCUUUGUCGGGAUAAUGGCCGGUCCUGAUCCCCCGGUGACUCACCUCCCUGUCUCGCCCAAAGGCAAGCACUCCUCCUGCGAGUACUCAGGUCUCUCCUUCUCUCAGACUUCAGUCUCUGCAGCUCGGGAGACGUUGGUGGGUGACUAGACCCAGGGGCCGCCUCAGCCUCCCCUGACCCAACUGGUAGUGGAGCAGCUGUAAGUGAUGGCACAGCUGGAGGCAAGGAGGUCAUCCCCGCAUCUGGAGCCAGGGCAGGCUCAAGCCCUGACUCGGCCCAGCUGGUGCUUGUUGCAGGGGAACAUGUGCAGACUGGGGCUCUUCGGGAUCAGGCCCCAGACUUGGUUCAGAUGAGGCAAAGGAUCCGGUGUGGACUGAGACUCCUCUGGUUCUGAGUCCCAGGCCAUCAAACCUGCAUUGCAGGGGUUGUGCUAGAUGACCCCUGGGUGUCCGUUUCAUGAUCCUAACGUGAUUCCUAGCCCCGUCGCCUGGAGCUGCUCAGAAAAUUAGGGUGGGGGGAACUUAAGGAGAAGGGACAGGCAUUUGUUGACAGUAGGGGUGUGAUGGGUCCACGGUGGUGGUGGUGGGGAGAUAGUGGGAGAGACCCAGUUUUUACCCCCAGGGAACUGGGUCCUAAACAAAAAGCAGGCGAGAUUUCCCUCGAUUUCCCCCCCUCCCUAAGUUAUCUAUAUAACUUACAAAUCUCUCCCUCUCUCUGCUCCCACCCUGCUUUUUAGCUAAACGGACACCCAGAGAGCAGCCUAGGAAGAGUCAGUGGGUGGAAGAGUAAUUUACCUAGGAGAUUACGCUGAGGGGGAAGAGAGAUUGUCUUACUUUCUUGUCUGUGGGCUGAAGGUUGGGAAGGAAAUUUGCCUCUUGUUUUUAACGAGGGCUGGCCCCCUCUCCCUGCAUGUCUCUGAUUGAAACGCUGCAGCGAAAGAGCCUUUUUCGGCUGCACGGAGGAGAUUCUUGAAGAUGGGGCUGGGGGGAGAGGAGCGAAGGAGCUGGUUGUCAAAACUGAUCCUUCAAUCAGCAGGGAACCUGCACAAGCUCUUUUUCUUUCACGGGGUAUUUUUAGAGCCAAAAGGUUGCUGGGAGCACAGAAAUCCAGAAGGGAAGUUCCCAGAAAAUCACACUUUUUUCGACGUCUGGGUGGGUUUUCUGACUUGGGCCGCAAGGUGCCGAUCUUGGUCGAGAUGGUCAUGUGUUUAUGUCAGUGCUAAUAAACCGGUGUAAAAAAACCCAAAAAAACACACAUCCACAAUGUGUAAAAUUAGGACCAGUGGCAGAGUGCAUCGUUGAUUAAUCAUCUGCCUUUUAUCUGAUUGAUUAAAUUUAAAUAAAUUUGCAUAUUGCCCAAAACCCCUGUCGCUGCCUUCUUUGGAUACUGGAGAAAGUGCAAGAUAACUCUCACCUUAAGCAAGCAGAUGGUGAAACCUCAGAGCAUGUUUACUCAGAAGUGAGCCCCACUGGGUUAAAGGGGAUUUACUCGCUGGUAGUGUGUUUGAAAUCACAGGCAAUAGCAGCCAGUUGUUACUGGAAAGAAAUGUCAUCUUGGAUAUUUUCAUUCCUUGUUUCAGCUUCAGAAAAUAAAAAAGGACCCUUAGCUCUGAGAUGCACCCUCGCUCUGGUCUGUAACUUGCCCUUUCCUUCUCUGAAGGAUAUAAAAGAGUCCUAGAAUCAUAUAAUUGUAGAGUCAAAAUCGGUCCCAAGGGCCAUUUAGGGCGAAGAUGCUGUUUUUUUUAAGAGGGGAGCACCAGUCUCUGUGUUGACCAAGUGUUUGCUACUGCUUCUCAGUGUUAGAAACUCAGCUAUAUAAGCUAGGUGCAAAAUGGCUCCUUAAGCCGGGCUGCCUCAGUGGAAUGUCAGGUUGCCAUUUUGGGACCAGAUGGCUUAAAAGUUGUAUUUUUCAACACAAUGGUACCUUGGUACUCGAACGGCUUGGCUCCCGGACAAAUUGGCUCCUUAACGCCGCAGCCCGGAAGUAAGCUUUCUGGUUUGUGAACAUUUUUUGGAAGCCGAACAUCCGACACAACUUCCACUUGAGUGCAGGAAGUUCCUGCAGCCAAUCGGAAACCACGCCUUGGUUUUUGAACCAUUUUGGGAGUUGAACAGACUCCCAGAACGGAUUAAGUUUGAGAACCAAGGUGCCACUGUACUACUUUUGAUUGUGCAGAUAAAAUAUCACUGAUAGAAUUCUGCAGGAUGCGUUUUUAGUGUGUGAAAACAGUCACGUUCCAAGGAUCCCCAGGCAUGCAUCUCCAGAUGGUGGAUAGGGAUGGUGGAUGGGGGAUGGUGGAUGGGGGAGGAAGACAGUGCUCCUGAAGGUAGGAGUCUAUCAAUUGAUGAAGAUGAUCAUCCAAAUGUCAUAGACCAAAUGGAGCAAACAGCACACAGACCUAGUGGUGGGAGGAAAAAAUCCUUAAAUAAGAGUCACGGGGAAUGAUUAAUGGACUUCAAUGUCUGUACACUAAUGCGCAAAGCAUGGGAAAUAAACAAGAUGAGCUUGAGCUCUUGGUACAGCAAACUAAAUAUGACAUAAUAGGCAUCACUGAAACCUGGUGGGAUAAGUCCCACGAUUGGAAUGUAAUAAUGGGGGAUACAAUCUAUUUCAGAGAAACAGACCAGACAAGAAAGGAGGAGGAGUGGCGUUAUAUGUCAGGGAUGUGUAUACCUGUGAAGAGAUCCAAGAUUUAGAACCUCAAAGCCAAAGUGAGAGCAUUUGGGUCAAAAUUAAGGGAGAGAAGAAUAACAGUGACCUCAUUGUGGGAGUUUACUAUAGAUCCCCAAGCCAAACGGAGGACAUAGAUGAUGCCUUCCUGGAACAGAUGGCCAAGCAUGCAAAAGGAAGGGAGAUAGUAGUAAUGGGGGACUUCAAUUACCCGGAUAUUUGUUGGAUGUCAAACUCAGCCAAGAGCAUAAGGUCAAACAGAUUCCUCACUGGCCUUGCAGACAACUUCAUUGUCCAGAAAGUGGGAGAAGCAACAAGAGGAACAGCCAUUUUAGAUCUGGUCCUAACCAAUGUUGAUGACCUGGUUAGUGGGGUAGAAGUGGAAGGAUCAUUAGGCACGAGUGAUCAUGCUCUUCUGAAGUUUACUAUACAGCGGAAAGGAGCAGCCAAGCAUACUAGGACUCAAUUUCUUGACUUUAAGAAAGCUGACUUCAUAAAACUUAGGGAAGUGCUGGGUGAGAUCCCAUGGACAGUAAUACUAAAAGGAAAGGGAGUUCAUGAUGGCUGGGAGUUUGUUAAGAGGGAGAUACUAAAAGCACAACGUCAGGCAAUACCAAUGAGACAGAAACAUGGAAGGUGCCUAAAGAAGCCAGGGUGGCUAUCUAAAGAACUUUUAACUGAGUUAAGAUUAAAAAGGAUGUGUACAAAAAUGGAAAAGGGGGGAAACCACCAAAGAGGAAUUCAAACAAAUAGCCAGCACAUGUAGACACAAAGUCAGAAAAGCUAAAGCACAGAAUGAACUCAGGCUUGCUAGAGAGGUUAAAAGCAACAAAAAGGCUUUUAUGGGUAUGUCCGUAGCAAAAGGAAGAACAAAGAAACAGUGGGGUCACUCAGAGGAGAAGAUGGUGAAAUGCAAACAGGGGACACAGAAAGAGCUGAACUCCUCAAUGCCUUCUUUGCCUCAGUCUUCUCCGAUAAAGAAAAAAUGCCCGACCUGAAGAAUUUGGAGCAAAUGAUUCAGCAAAGGAAACACAGCCCAGAAUAACUAAGGAGAUAGUACAAGAAUACUUGGCUAGUUUAGAUGUAUUCAAGUCUCCAGGGCCAGAUGAACUGCAUCCAAGAGUAUUAAAAGAACUGGCAGAUGUGAUCUCAGAACCACUGGCAGUCAUCUUUGAGAAUUCCUGGAGAACAGGUGAAGUCCCGGCAGACUGGAGGAGGGCAAAUGUUGUCCCUAUUUUCAAAAGGGGAAAAGAGAGGACCCAAAUAAUUACCGCCCAGUCAGUCUGACAUCAAUACCAGGGAAGAUUCUGGAGCAGAUCAUUAAGCAAACAGUCUGUGAGCACCUAGAAAGGAAUGCUGUGAUCACCAAUAGUCAGCAUGGAUUUCUGAAAAAUAAGUCAUGUCAGACUAACCUGAUCUCAUUUUUUGACAGAAUUACAAGCCUGGUAGAUGAAGGGAAUGCAGUGGAUGUAGCCUACCUUGAUUUCAGCAAGGCAUUUGACAAGGUGCCUCAUGAUAUUCUUGUAAAGAAGCUGGUAAAAUGUGGUCUUGACUAUGCUACCACUCAGUGGAUUUGUAACUGGCUGACUGACCGAACCCAAAGGGUGCUCAUCAAUGGUUCCUCUUCAUCCUGGAGAAGAGUGACUAGUGGGGUGCCACAGGGUUCUGUCUUGGGCCCGGUCUUAUUCAACAUCUUUAUCAACGACUUGGAUGAUGGACUCAAGGGCAUCCUGAUCAAAUUUGCAGAUGACACCAAAUUGGGAGGGGUGGCUAACACCCCAGAGGACAGGAUCACACUUCAAAACGACCUUGACAGAUUAGAGAACUGGGCCAAAACAAACAAGAUGAAUUUUAACAGGGAGAAAUGUAAAGUAUUGCACUUGGGCAAAAAAAUGAGAGGCACAAAUACAAGAUGGGGGACACCUGGCUUGAGAGCAGUACAUGUGAAAAGGAUCUAGGAGUCUUGGUUGACCACAAACUUGACAUGAGCCAACAGUGUGACGCAGCAGCUAAAAAGGCCAAUGCAAUUCUGGGCUGCAUCAAUAGGAGUAUAGCAUCUAGAUCAAGGGAAGUAAUAGUGCCACUGUAUUCUGCUCUGGUCAGACCUCACCUGGAGUACUGUGUCCAGUUCUGGGCACCACAGUUCAAGAAGGACAUUGACAAACUGGAGCGUGUCCAGAGGAGGGCAACCAAAAUGGUCAAAGGCCUGGAAACGAUGCCUUAUGAGGAACGGCUAAGAGAGCUGGGCAUGUUUAGCCUGGAGAAGAGGAGGUUGAGGGGUGAUAUGAUAGCCAUGUUCAAAUAUAUAAAAGGAUGUCACAUAGAGGAGGGAGAAAGGUUGUUUUCUGCUGCUCCAGAGAAGCGGACACGGAGCAAUGGAUCCAAACUACAAGAAAGAAGAUUCCACCUAAACAUUAGGAAGAACUUCCUGACAGUAAGAGCUGUUCGACAGUGGAAUUUGCUGCCAAGGAGUGUGGUGGAGUCUCCUUCUUUGGAGGUCUUUAAGCAGAGGCUUGACAACCAUAUGUCAGGAGUGCUCUGAUGGUGUUUCCUGCUUGGCAGGGGGUUGGACUCGAUGGCCCUUGUGGUCUCUUCCAACUCUAUGAUUCUAUGAUUCUAUGAUUCUAUGAUAUGUCAGGUGCCAUCCUGAUGCCCGAACAUCAGGUUUAACUCUUUGUUUGGUUUUUAGUAACUAGUUACCGUAUUUUUCGCUCCAUAAGACGCACCUUUUUCUUCCUAAAAAGUAAGGGGAAACGUCUGUGCGUCUUAUGGAGCGAAUGUGUGGUCCCUGGAGCCGAAUUGCCCAGGGGCAGAUCAUGCUUUUUUUUUUAGAAAGAGGGAAGUGGGUGUUGAAACAAAGCCGCUGAUCGGCAAGCGAUCGGGAGGGAGAUAAGGGACGCUAACAAUAAAGGAGGCUGCCUGGAAGUGGGGAGGUAAAGACAGCAAACCUGCAAGGAGAGGAGACAGGAAGGCUAAAGCAAUGAGGAGAGAAAUUAGAAGAAAAGGAGGAGCAAAUACUACUCCAGCUAAGGAAAAGACACUAAGGCAAACAAGAGGGAAGGGGGUGUUGAAAGGAAGCAGGUAAUCGGCAAGCGAUCGGGAGGGAGAUAAGGGAGGCUAGCGAUAAAGGAGGCUGCCUGGGAGGGGGGAGGUAAAAGCCUAUGGAUCCUCAGGAUUUUUGCAUUGGGUCACCCCAAAUUCACCAUCAGAUCCCAUAGCAUGUCCAUGGCUACCCUGACCAUUAGGUCCAGUCGUGACCGACUCUGGGGUUGCUGUGCUCAUCUCGCUUUAUUGGCCGAGGGAGCCAGCGUACAGCUUCCAGGUCAUGUGGCCAGCAUGACUAAGCCGCUUCUGGUGAACCAGAGCAGCACACGGAAACGCCGUUUACCUUCCCGCUGGAGCAGUACCUAUUUAUCUACUUGCACUUUGAUGUGCUUUCGAACUGCUAGGUUGGCAGUUCGAAACGGCUAGGUUGGCAGGCUAUAGCCUGCACCAAAAAAAUCACGCAUCCACUGUUUCAUUGGACCGCAGUGGCGCAAAAACGUGGUUACAAAGCCUGGAUCCACAUGGAUUUUCAGGAUUUUUGCAUUGGGCUACCCCAAACUCACCGUCAAAGCACAUGUCUGUGGGAAAUCCAUCUAAUAAGCAUUAGAUAAUCCCCAGGGCUAGCUGGCUGAAUUGGUCCUACUUGGGCCAGCAAGGAGGCCAAGGAAGAAUUAGCUGUGGGGUCUCAGAGCGGGUAAUCUCCAUAAAAGGGGAGGGGGAGGGAAGAGAAGGGAAAUAAAAGAUCAGGCUGAAUUCAGAUUAAAGGCCAGGUGGAAUAGCUCUGUCUUACAGGCCUGAUGGAAGGAGGUUAAAUCCUGCAGGGCCCUGGUCUCCUGGGACAGAGCAUUCCACCAGGUCGGAGCCAUCACUGAGAAGGCCCUGGCCCUGAUGGAGGAUAGUCUGACUUCCUUAGGGCCUGGGACCUCUAAACUAUGAUUAUUCAUGGACCUGAAGGUCCUCUGUGGGGCAGACCAGGAGAGGCGGUCCCGUAAAUACGAGGGCCCUAAGCCACAAAGGGCUUUAAAGGUCAAGAUGUCCCUGGAAAAUAGGGACACUUAGAGGGUCUGUUCACCCUCUUCCUUUCUUAUUAUCAAAUAUUCAGCCUGUGAAAUUUGCUGUCAUGCUAUGUGGGGAGACCCCCUGGCUUGGCCCGACCUUAAUUCCUAUGUACUACAGGCAGCAGCGUAUGAGGUGGCAAAAUUAACUGUGCCUCUUUGUUGGGGGCACCACUUUCAAUGCUUCCCCAUGGAAAAAGGAGAAGAGCCACUGUGCGUCAGGUUCUAGCUAAAAGUGAUUGCCGUCAUGUUAGAUUUCUUCCUGCAAGGAGCUCUAAAAAAACCAAACACCCGCCUGUAGUCUAAAGUUGAACAUCUCCAUCUCAUCUCCAUCUCCAUCAGGUUGUCGGGUGGAGCAAGCCUGGGUUCACCUGGGAAAAGCCCAAAUGUAUGGAGGCUACGUCUGUUGGUGGCUAUUAGCCAUCAUUACUAAAUGGAGCUGCAUUGUUUAGGGGCAGUAUAUCUCUGAAUAUGGUGCUCAGGGUGGAGAGAAAACAAGGAGCGAGCGUGAGGAUGGACAGGUUGGGUUUCACAUUUUUCCACUCAUGCAAUUCUCCCCAUUUUCACAUCAGUGAGUGUGUGUGUGUGUACAGGGUGAGUCCUUUAAAAGAGGCCCCGUGGAUACAGAGUACACAUGUUCCAUGGGGCCUCUUUUAAAAGACUCACCCUGUGUGUUUGUGUGUAUAUAUAUUGUUGUUGUUGUUGUUUAGUCGUUUAGUCGUGUCCGACUCUUUGUGACCCCAUGGACCAGAGCACGCCAGGCACUUCUGUCUUCCACUGCCUCCCGCAAUAUAUAUAUACACACACACACACAGAGAGAGAGAGCGUGUGGUACCUUGGUUUAAGAACAGCUUAGUUUAUGAACAACUUGGAUUAAGAACGCUGCAAACCCAGAAGUAGGUGUUUUGGUUUGUGAACUUUGCCUUGGAAUAAGAACAUGUUCCGCUUCCUGUUGAGUGUGUUCCAUUUGUAAAUCAAGUCCCCUGCCGCUAUGGGAAAGCACGCCUUGGUUUAAGAAUGCUUUGAUUUAAGAACGGACUUCCGGAAUGGAUUAAGUUCGUAAACCAAGGUACCUCUGUGUGUGUGUGUGUGUGUGUGUGUGUGUGUGUGUAAAAACCACUCCUUGUGAAAAUUCAGCUGCAGCUUUAGAAUCUCUCCUUACACAUCUUUGUAUGCAAUUUUGCCUAAUAUACCCUCUUUUGCAAAGCAUUUUCCCCUCCCUUUUAUAAUGUUUAUUUAUUUGCUGCUUCCAGAAAUACAUGCAUUUCUAUGCAUACUUAACUACAGUAUGUGCAUUUUUUGGCCAGGGAAGGUUGCAUUGCAAAAUUCAGAACAAUACAGAUUUCCAAAAAAAGAGAGAGGCCGUGUUUCAUUCUUCCUGCUAUUCUGAAAGUGCGAAUUAGACCCUUAAAUGCAAACUGAAUUAAUUUUUCUCCCCCCAUCUUGAGACAGGGCCAAAGCUCUUGAGGGCUUUUUUUUAUAAAUCAAAACCAGGAUCUAGAGUUGCCAACUGAUAAUUUUUUUAAGCAUUAAAGGAAGGACAACAAUAAAAAAGCCAAACCCUGGCUUGCAUUUAACAGCAGCUUGAUUCUCAUGGAGAUUAAAUAUGACCGUUUGUUAACAGCUGCAGAUCAAGCUGUUGUGAUAUGCAAAGGGGCAGGUCAAGAACUUUGGCAGUUCUACCUGGGAGAGAAUAAGGUGCAAAUUCCAUUUACUCUGAACUUAAGUUGACUUCAGCGCUAAGCAAAGGCGCCUGAGACUGAUGCAUUGCCUCAGAAAUUUGAUAGGUGCUUUGGGGGACAAUUUUGGCUGGAGAAGUAAUUUAGGGGGCUACAUCUAGCACGCACAUAAUUCCCCUCUUCCCCUAGGCUCACUUUAAAUUCUGAAGCAACAGGGGAAGAUCCAGUCCGCAAGCGCUUCUGGAAUGUGUAAAUUGACUCUGCCAUCCCGGUAGGAUUCCUGUUCCUUUUCGUAGCUGUGUGGCAGGCAGAAAUUCUGCCAGGGAAUUCUGCUGCAGGGAAAGCAGUGCCUGUUCAAUUUCUGCCUGGCAGGCUAAUGAUAAAGGCACAGGAAGCUCUGGCAGGAAAGGUGGCAACCGUUGCCACAACCUUGUGCAAUAGUUGCUACUGCACCCACUUGAAACUCAGAGCCGUAAAUGUCUUCUCUCUGUUGGGCCAUCGGAAUAUCAGAGGCGGACUUGCUCCCUUGGCCAACUUUCAAGAAGUCAAGGGACAAACGGAGAUGGUCUUGGUACCUUCACCUCGAAGUCCAUAAAAAUCAGAGCUUGAGCACAUUCCACAAAACCCACCCUGUGAAGGUUGCGUUUGACAGCCAGGAAGCCUGAAACCAGGCAUGUCCUCCGGUCAAUUUAAUUCAGCCCCUGUGGCAGUAUAUGUCCUGGGGCAGGCUUCCUCAACCUCUGCCCUCCAGAUGUUUUGAGACUACAAUUCCCAGCAUCCAUGACCACUGGUCCUGAUACCUAGGAAUCAUGGGAGUUGUAGACCAAGUUAGGGAUCGUGGGAGUUGUAGGUCCUGCUAGGUAGGGAUCAUGGGAGUUGUAGGGCUGAGGUUGAGGAAGCCUGUCCUGGGGUAAAAUCCUUUUAAAAGCUAAAAAAAAGCUCAGCAACAUCAAUCCUAAAAAAGCUCAACAACUUUGGACUUUGGUCAGCACUCGCACAUGUUCACUUCAUCAAAUAUCAAAUCUGGCCCUUUUUGAAAAAGGUUUGGGCACCCCUGCUUUGGGCACUGAGAGCCAGUGUGGUGUAGUGGUUAAGAGCGGUGGACUCUUAAUCUGGGGAUCCGGGUUCGCGUCUCCGCUCCUCCACAUGCAGCUGCCGGGUGACCUUGGGCCAGUCACACUUCUCUGAAGUCUCUCAGCCCCACUCACCUCACAGAGUGUUUGUUGUGGGGGAGGAAGGGAAAGGAGAUUGUUAGCCGCUUUGAGACUCCUUCGGGUAGUGAUAAAGCGGGAUAUCAAAUCCAAACUCCUCCUCCUCCUCCUCUUCUUCUUAAACAAGUGUGGCUAACUUAAUGGAACUGGAUGUUUUGAUUGGCUGCGCCUUUUCUUUUCAAUAGCCUUCACUUUCCUCAGGAACAUGGGCAGGGCAGGAAUAAGUCACAUGGAAGACGAAGCAAGCUUGUUUUCCACUGCUCCAGGGCGGUAGACCUGAACCAGUGGAUUCAAAGGUCAAGAACGGAGAUCCCGACUGAAUGUUAGGAAUAACUUUCUUUUUCCCAUUGGCCCAUUGUGUAAUUGAUGGAGAAAGUGACUUCUACACACACACACACACACACACACACACACACAAUCUUCUUUCCAACGAAGAGAGGGCAAGACAGACAAGAAUUUUCUCCACAAGUCAGGAGGAUGGUUUGUUGUCUAGGUGCAGGGGAUACACAGGGCCAGCUAGAAAUGAGCCCCAGAUUUCUCAUAUAUUAUCUAGAAGCUCAGAGGGUUAGUCCACAUUGGGGAGAGAUCAGGCCCCUCGACUCUUGGGCAGAAGGGGAUAGCAAUGAAUAUAUAUUUGAGGGCGGCUGGCAGGCAAAUGGGCUUCUUCUAAAUUUUGCCCCUCAAACUGGAACGGUCUUCCCUCGGGAGGUUGUGGAUGGCAAGAGUUGUUUGGCAGUGGAACGGUCUCCCUUGGAAGCUGGUGGACUCUCCUUCCUUGAAGGUUUUUAAGAGGCAGAAAUUGCAUGGACAUUUGUUGUGGAUGCUUGAGCUGAGAUUCCUGCAUUGCGACCCAGAAGCCCAAGCCCCUCUUGAUGUGGCCAGGGGGACUGGGAACAAUGCUAACCAUGGCUUCCCCAACAACACAUCGCAUGCACAGUAGUGUCUGGUGCCCCACAGUUCCCUGCUUCUCUCUGCAUGCACAGUAAAGCAGGGGCAGCCAACAUAAUGUGCUCCAGAUGUUUAUUGACUGCAUUUUUAUUUUAACAUUUGUGUACCACCCUUCAUCCAAAGAUCUCAGGGCGGCUCAUAGCACAAAAGGGCAGAUCGCAGCAUCUCCUCUCAUCCCUUCCAACUCUGCAAUUCUAUGAUUCUAAGUGUGCAGUGGGAUCUUCCCAUUUUGGCUUUUUCCAAAGUUGGCAGGUACUCCACACCGUCUGUGACCAGAGCAUAGGGCUGGUUCUGAGUUCGAAUUCUCAGGCCAGGUCCAGAGGGCUCCUGUGCGGCACAGAGGGCCCAGUGUCAGGGCCUCUGGAAGGCCUUUUUAUAUAUAUUCUGCCUGUGCAACUUCAGCGCUGAUAAGAGCAAGAAAGCCCAGGCGACUUGGCUACACGGCACGCCAGGUUUUAUUACAAGCUAGUCUGAGCUCUGAGCUGAAGGUCUCCCAGGAGAGAGCUUGUUUCCUUUCCAAAGUCAUCACCGCUCUAAGCGGUGGAACAAAAUUCAGCAUUCAAAGUGCAAGGCAGGCUGCACAGUGGCCUCUUCGAAACAGAGCGUUUUGAGUAAAAUUAUAUAAAAAGGGGAGCAGCCCAUAUUCUUUUCCCUUUUUCCCCCUAGUAAAGCCAAGGUGUUUCUAGGCUUGAUUUGAAACUGCUCUCUGUGUUUUGGAGACGCAGUGUCUUCAAAGUCGUUAUUAUUAUUUAUUAAAUUGGGAUACUUCCCUUUAUCCGAAGAUCACAGUUCACAACGUCAAAAUGCAAAAAAUGGAAAUGAAAAGCUGGCUCCCGCGUAACAGUUUGUUGCGGACUCUGUGCCUGUCUAAGCGUGGCGGAAAGGGGGGGGGCUGACCACCUUCCUUGCUUACAAGAGACCCCCGGUACAAUCCCCUUCAGUCUAGGUGUGGCUGGGAAAACUUCUGCCACUCAGUGUAGACAUUGCUAAACUAGAUGGACCCAAUAGUGUGAUUCUGUAUAAGGCACGUUAUACCAAAAACAGAAAAACCUCCCCAAUAUUCCCAGCAUGGUUCUCCUCUUAAGGCCUUUUGCAGUCCUGGUGUUCUACGAGAAGGAAUUUUUGGGGGGAAUCCCAAAGAGAACGUUCCUUUUUCUCGAAAGGGCUUUUCAGCUGCAGGAGUUGAGUGUGAAGGAAAAAGGAAGGAGGUUUUCUAAGAAGCUGCCCUCUCGGGUGAAUGUCAGCCGACUGCUUUCUGCAGACGCUAUAGAGACUUUCAGGCUCGCUGUCCUUCGCUUCCACCCAACUCCCCGCCUCACCGCAACCUCUGACAGUUGAUUUGAAAAGUGCUCUGGCAGACAGCAGCAUACGGCCUGACAAUCUCUGAUCUCCCUUCUCCGUUUUCUGAGGCACAUUUAUUGCAAGUUGGUUUGUAUUCCGGGCACUAGAGAGACAGCUACACAAAGGUGGGACCCACAACCUCUUAAGACACUCCUCGCCCUCCAGAUAUUUUUUGGACUACAACUCCCAUCAGCUGCAGAGAAGCAUUCAGGAUGCCAGGUUUGCGGAAGGCCACUUCCAAGGGGACCAGCUGAUCAGCUGCAACCCACAUAUGCAGGUUGUUGAUGCGUGGAGCUGAAGUCUACAUCCCAGUUUCCAUUCCUCAUUGCAGCAGGUUGGACUAGAUGAGCCUCAGGGGUCCCUUCCAAUUCCACAAUUAUUCUGUGAUUCUACGGACGUCGUUUCUUUUGUGCCAUUGUCAUAGCCGUCACCUUCUCCUCUUCUGCUUUUAUAACAACUUUCACAUACAGUAUAAAGCACAAUCUUGCAAGAGGGCAGCACUUCAUUGCUCCACUGAUUUGGGUUGGAUUGUUUGGCAAAUGCUCAGAUCUUUUCCACUGAUAUAAAGGGUUUAUAAAUAAUAAUAAUAAUAAUUUUAUUAUUUAUACUCUGCCCAUCUGCCUGGGUUUCCCCAGCCACUGUGGGCGGCUCCCAGCAAAAUAGUAAAAACACAAUAAAACAUCAACCAUUGAAAACUUCCCUGUACAGGGCUGCCUUCAGAUGUCUUCUAAAAGUCAGGUAGUUGUUUAUUUCCUUGAAAUCUGAUGGGAGGGCAUUCCGCAGGGCGGGCGCCACUACCAAGAAGGCCCUGUGCCUAGUUCUCUGUAACCUCACUUCUCGCAGUGAGGGAACCGCCAGAAGACCUUCGGAGCUGGACCUCAGUGUCCGGGCUGAACAAUGGGGGUGAAGAUGCUCCUUCAGGUAUACAGGACCGAGACCACUUAGGGCUUUAAAGGUCAGCACCAACACUUUGAAUUCUGCUCGGAAAUGUACUGGGAGCCAAUGCAGGUCUUUCAGGACAGGUGUUAUAUGGUCUCGACGGCUGCUCCCAGUCACCAGUCUAGCUGCCGCAUUCUGGAUUAGUUGUAGUUUCCGGGUUACCUUCAAAGGUAGCCCCACGUAGAGCACAUUGCAGUAGUCCAAGCGGGAAAUAACCAGAGCAUGCACCACUCUGGCGAGACAGUCUGUGGGCAGGUAGGGUCUCAUCCUGCGCACCAGAUGGAGCUGGUACACAGCUGCCCUGGACACAGAAUUGACCUGCGCCUCCAUGGACAGCUGUGAGUCCAGAAUGACUCCCAGGCUGCACACCUGGUCCUUCAGGGGCACAGUUUCCCCAUUCAAUACCAGGGAGUCCUCCACAACUGCCCGCCCCCUGUCCCCCCAAAACAAUACUUCUGUCUUGUCAGGAUUCAACCUCCAUCUGUUAGCCAUCAUCCAUCCUCUAACCACCUCCAGACACUCACACAGGACAUUCACCCCCUCCACUGGUUCUGAUUUAAAAGAGAGGUAGAGCUUCAUCCCAACUGGACUGAGCUCAGAGAGUGAGAUCACAAAUACGAGAGCCAUUGAUUGCAUUAUUUGAUAUUGGUUUGCAAUGUGCUUUUAAUGCUGAGCUUGUGCGAAAACUAUUUCCAGUCCGAAUGGGAUAUGUUCAGGUUUAAAAAUGUGGCCAGUCAGUAUAUAAGAACCGAGCUCAGUUUUAGGGUCUUGCUUAUAAAUGCACCAGCAGCCAUAUACCUGGCAUUGCUUGGGAAGUCUAAGAAACCAAAAAAGACAGGGAGUUUUGAAAUUUGUGGUUAAGAUCAGCACAGUUUUGAAAGGUUCAGUCUGCUGUCUUGAUGCCAAGUGGCAUCCAAUUCUACCCAAGCAGAUAAAAACCCACUUCUUAAUCUCUGGAGCCAUGGAAUUGAAGAGUUGGAAGGCGCCCCAGUGAUCAUCUAGUCCAACCCCCUGCAAUCAAGGAAUCUUACUUUUGUUGGCAUCUGUCUGUCUCGAGAGACAAUGGAAGAGUGUACCAUCAGGUGGUGAAGUCAAAUAACUGGAGAGUUACAGCGCCUGCUGUGGCUGUAGAGACCGAUACAGGAGAGACAUGUUUUAUUGCAGGUGUGGCAGAUAAAGGGGAAAGACAAAGGCAGUAAUCACAGCUCCAGAAUGCCUGGCAGAUGGCCAUGCCCGCUCCGUUGGCAAUCCUCCAACGAAGGAGAGUCUACUGCCUUCCCACGUGGUCUGUUCCACGGUUGAACAGCUCUUACCGUCAUGCAAAAUUUGGUUGCGAUAUCUUAAGAGGUGCCCAUCUGCCUUGCAAACAAACUUUCCAAAUACAUAAUAGAUUAGCAUGCACGGAGCCAGCCGUGUCACAGCAAUGAGUUGGACAGGCAUAGGGUAUCUGAAUAUGGUUUUCCCAGCAGUGAUGUAUGCAAGUGAGAGCUGGACCAUAAAGAAGGCUGAUUGCUGAAGAAUUGAUGCUUUCGAAUUAUGGUGCUGGAGAAGACUCUUGAGAGUCCCAUGGACUGCAGGAACAUCCAACCUAUCCAUUAUGAAGGAAAUCAGCCCUGAGUGCUCACUGGAAGGACAGAUCCUGAAGCUGAGGCUCCAAUACUUUGGCCACCUCAUGAGAAGAGAAGACUCCCUGGGAAAGACCCUGAUGUUGGGAAAGAUGGAGACCACAAGGAAAAGGGGACGACAGAGGACGAGAUGGUUGGACAGCGUUCUCGAAGCUACGAACAUGAGUUUGACCAAACUGCGGGAGGCAGUGGAAGACAGGAGUGCCUGGCGUGCUCUGGUCCAGGGGGUCACGAAGAGUCGGACAGGACUCAACGUCUAAACAACCUGGCCUUUUAAAUGUGUGGGGAGGAUGCGUUGGUUUCUUUUAAUGUUAUGCAUGUUGCAUUUUUCUUUUGCAAACCGCCCUGUGAUCUUGAGAUGAAGGGUGUCAUAUGCUUUUAAAAACAGGGUCCACCUUCUAUCCCUACGAGGUGCCGCUCCUAGGAGGUGCCACCCGCUGCCUCUCAAGGCCUGAGUUCCCAGAGCCCUCUUCACUUUCCAUGCACAUGAAUUAACCGUUGCAGCUACAAUGCCACAAACGUGCGUGUUUCAUUCAUCCUCAGGAAUGCACCUGCCCAGAGGUGCCUGCAGUUGCAGUGUGUGGCCGAAAGGAGGCACCAGUCAAACGUGUGGUUAAAUUCGGGGGGGGGGGUAGAAGCUUCUGCUUCUAUGAAUGGGGUGCAUUCAUUGGUGACACCUUAAUUCGUCCAGGGCCUGGAUGUCUCCAGGCUGCGAUAUUUGGCAGUGCCCUGCUCAACCAGCAGCCGAGCUCCCUCACCGCAGUGUGCAGAACCAGGCCACCUGCCCUGGCAGAUGCCCCCCCACCCUGGCAGUUUGCCCCUGUCACAUGGCAGCCAUGCCUUCAGCAGAGACGUCUGGCGUAUUUGUUUCAGCCUGGGGGAGUAGUGGCAGGAGUUGGCUGCACCUGUUGGACUUCUGCCUGCCGUGCGCUGAGAGAAGGGAGCAUGAUAGAAACCUGAAGGAGCGUCUCCACCUCCAUCGUACAGCCCGGACACUGAGGUCGAGCACUGAGGGCCUUCUGGCGGUUCCCUCCCUGCGAGAAGCCAAGUUACAGGGAACCAGGCGGAGGGCCUUCUUGGUAGUGGCACCCGCCCUGUGGAACUCCCUCCCACCAGAUGUCAAAGAGAAAAACAACUCCCAGACUUGUAGAAUACUUUUAGAAGGCAGCCCUGUUUAGGGAAGCUUUUAAUGUUUAAUAAGUUAUUGUAUUUUAGUGUUCUGUUGGAAGCUGCCCACAGUGGCUGGGGAAACCCAGCCAGAUGGGUGGGGUAUAAAUAAAUUAUUAUUAUUAUUAUUAUUAUUAUUAUUAUUAUUAUUAUUAUUACCUUAACCUCCGCUUUGCCCGUGUGAACUGGGGCUGAGAUUCUGUUCCCGAGGGAUAGUGCUUCCUGCAGUUGGCAGAACAAGCCAACAGGUGGCAUCCUUUUAUCAAGUGUGCCCAGGGAUGAUAUUUGGAGGGUCAGGUUUUGAUGGGGUCAGUGGCAUAAUCUGAGGAGCCUUCCCCUUGCCCCUGAGGGUCUGGACUGCGCCUUCUCCAAGAAGAGAGUAAGGCCCCAAUGCCCCCUCCCACAAAAAAAGAACCUUGCUGUGCCAUUACUAGACAGAAAAUCAACCAAGGAAGCUUUCAUCUUCCCCAUCCAUCAUCCUUUUACUACAGUGGUUCUCCAAGGGUGUGGCAGGAGAGGGUUGCAAGCGCAGAGGGAAAUUUCAAGGACGAUCAAAGGAACAACCAAACAUUUCAGUGUUGUUUAGUUUAGUAGCUAUUUCAUUUUAUUUGCAGAAUAUGGAUAGCUAUCUUUUCCAAAGGAGAGCAAAAGAAUCAAGUGAUACUGGGGAACAGCCUAGUUGUGUUUUCCAACAUAUUUCAUAUCAGUUAAGAAAUUCAGUGUGGCAUGAACAAUUUUUAUCUUAUUUUUUAUAAUGUUUAUUAGAUUUUCUGUUUUACAAUUUAGAAUACUCGUUUAAACACCUUUAAAAUAUCAGUGACUUUCCCCCUUCUCUUUCCGGAGUUCAUUUUGCAUAUCAUAAAUACCUGCAUAUUUUACACAAAUUAUACCAUUCAGCAUUCCUUUAUUACAUCCAUCAGAACUUUUUUACACUGUUGAAUUUAUCUUAACGCUGCCCACGUUUUCAAGUGCACACAGUUCCUCCCAUGUAUUCAAUAAACGUUUUCCAAUCUUCUCCAAACGUUAUGUUCUUCUUGUUCUCUUAUUCUAUAUGUUAAGGCCGUAAUCUGCGCAUUUUCCGUCAGCUUAAGUUGCCAAUCUUCUUCGGUUAGGACCUUGCUCGUUUUCCAUUUGGGGACUAACGAAACACGGGCCGCAGUAGUGGCAUACAUAAAUAACGUUUAUGAGCAAUUUUUUAUCUUCGUGCCCCAGAGGAAAAAAAAGUUUGAGAAUCACUGUAUUACUACGACACUUCAAUAAAACCAUGCACAAUAGAUAUUUAUUUGUUCAUUCACAAUAAAUAUUUAUUUGUUCAUUCACUUAAAAAACCCCAGAUUUCUUUAUUUCUUUAUUGUGUUUCUACCCCAUCAUCCAAGAAGCUCAAGGCGGCAUUGGGUCUCUCCCCCCCCCCCCAUUCCGUCCCAACAGCAACCCUACGAGGUAGGCUACGCAGAAAAGCUUCGACUGCCCCAAGGUCCAGCGGGCACCGGGUUGGCGAAGGCUGGCAUAGAUACCCCCAUAUCCUGCUCUCCCUUUCUUUUAGGUUUGUGGGGGGCUGGUGGCAGGGAAGGGGGCUUCUGGCUGGCGUUUUCGCCUCUCCUGAAGGCUUCUUCUUUCCGUCUCUCCCUCGCAGUGGCGUUGGGCUGGCUCGGGCCCAUUUCGAGAAGCAGCCCCCGUCCAACCUCAGGAAAUCAAACUUUUUCCACUUCGUCCUGGCCAUGUACGACCGGCACGGGCAGCCUGUGGAGAUCGAGAGGACGUCUUUCAUCGACUUCGUGGAGAAGGACAGGGUAUGGAGCCAAUCGGGUUGCGCGGUCGUUUCUCUCCUCCCACCCCCCACAAAAAAACCCCUCUAGGGGUCAGAUUUGAGGCAUCAUAUCCAAAUGGCGGCAACCAUGGAACAGACUCCAACUACGAUUCUGUUAUUCCCUUGGAAGGUUGUGGGCUCUCCUUCCUUGGAGGUUUUUAAGCAGAGGUUGGACGGCCAUCUGUCAUGGAUGCUUCAGCUGAGAUUCCUGCAUUUCAGGCGGCUGGACUAGUUGACCCUCGGGGUCCCUUUCAACUCUACAGUUCUAUGAUUCUGUGAACAGUGUCCCUCCCCUACUAAUGCUCACCUCCGCCAUACAAUGGAAGUUGACUUCUGGGGCCUUUCCAGAAACCAAGAUGGCGGCCCCCAGGGCCAUGGGUUCAGCGCCAUUUGAUGGGGUGUUAUGGCUCUAGACCUGGAUAGAGUGCCUGGAUAGAAUGGGGGGACAACUGUAGGGCUGAGGACUUAGAAGUGGGAAUUUCAGCUUUCCCAGUCCCUGGUUCAAAAUCAGCAAGUCUUCUGUUUGAACCUCACCCCUGCUCUGGUGAUAGCCUGGCUGUCUUAGUCUCGCUGCCCACCCGUAUGCAAUUUGGGAAUAACAGUACUACUACUACUACUACUACUACUAAUAAUAAUAAUUUAUUACUUAUACCCCACCCAAAAGGCCAGGCCUCCCCAACCACUCUCGGUGGCUCCCAACAGAAUAUUUAAAACCACAAUAAAACAUCAAACAUCAAAAACGUCCCUAAACAUUAAAAUGGGACGCGGGUGGCGCUGUGGGUUAAACCACAGAGCCUAGGGCUUGCCGAUCAGAUGGUCGGCGGUUCAAAUCCCCACGACGGGGUGAGCUCCCGUUGCUCGGUCCCUGCUCCUGCCAACCUAUCAGUUCGAAAGCACGUCAAAGUGCAAGUAGAUAAAUAGGUACCGCUCCGGCGGGAAGGUAAACGGCGUUUCCGUGCGCUGCUCUGGUUCGCCAGAAGUGGCUUAGUCAUGCUGGCCACAUGACCCGGAAGCUGUACGCCGGCUCCCUCGGCCAAUAAAGCGAGAUGAGCGCCGCAGCCCCAGAGUCGGCCAUGACUGGACCUAAUGGUCAGGGGUCCCUUUACCUUUUUAAACAUUAAAAACCUCCCACCUUUCAGGGUUAUUGUGAAGGACUCCUAAGAUAAUGUGUGCAAACUGCUUUGCAUAUUCUCAAAAAUCGACUUCUUCUGAUGGUGAGACAGAUGUAAGAAUAAAUUGGCUUUUUCUUUAUUUCUUCAAAUAUUUCAUAGAAACGGAGAAUUGUAGAGUUGGAAGGGAACACGAGGGUUAUCUAGUCCAACCCCCUGCAAUGCAUGAAUCUUUUCCCCCAACAUGGGUUUCGAACCCACAACCCUGAGAUUAAGAGUCUCGUGCUCUACCAACUGAGCUUAUCCUAGCAUUAUUUCAUCAUAUUUUGAUCCUGCCUUUUCUCCAUGGCACCUUUCGUUGUUUGCCUCCAAACUUUAUCCUCACAUCGAUCCUGUGAUGUCGGUUAGGCAAAAAGUCAGGGGUCUCACGGCUGGCAGAUGAUUCGAAACCGGGUCUCGCUACUGCAAGAUGGCAGAGAGUCUUAAGCUACGGCGUGUGUUUUCAAAAUAAUAUUUUAUCCUUUUCUUUCAGGAGCAGACAGGAGAGAAAACCAACAAUGGCAUCCACUACCGGUUACAGCUUUUGUACAGUAACGGUAAGGAAUAUUGCUGGCGAAUUUGCUAUGUUUGUAUGACGUUUUUUCAGGGGGACCCAGAAAGCGGAUGACUUAAAAUGAUUAAAACUAGCCUUCCUCCGCUUGAUGCCCUGCAUAUGUUUCAAAACACAAUUCCCAAUAUUAUUAUUACCUGCGCUUCACCCUAAGAUCCCAGGGCGGGUGACGUCAAUUUAAAAAACACCAUCAAUAAUAAAGCACAAUAUUAUUUUUAAUGCAUAAAAAAAUCAGUGUAAAACAACUUAAAAUUUCAAAACUGAUUUCAAAAAGAGCUGCAUCUUCCAGAAGCUAUGCAAUGAAGCUGCCAGGCCCACUUCUGUGGGGAGUUCCUCAGAUUAGGGGCCACCACAGAAAGACCCUCUUCCCACCCCCAGGCCACCACUACCACCCUGAACCUCUGGGGGCAGAGGAACUACUAAGAGCUCCCCCUGCCAAUCUUAGUACCCGAGAGGGGAUUUAGGAAAGGAAAGAGGCGUCUCUCGGGUAUUUGGGGCCUCAGUUGUUUAGCACCUUGAAUUGGACCCAGGAAUCAUCCCUGACUACAACUCCCAUCAUUCAGAGCGUGGAGACGUAGGCAUGCAAAAAGCAUCCCUCUUUGCUCCAGCAAAGUCGCUGCAUCCAUUCUCUGCACUAAGCAGGGGUCCUCCAAGUGGCUUGGACUACAAUGGCCAUCAGCCAUCAUGCGAGCUCCAAGUUUAGGCUUUUCAGAGUCUCUUAGGUCCCAAUUCAAGGCUCAGCCCUCACCGGCUCACAUAUCCUUAGAAAAGAAUCACGGUUAGAUAACCAUCAUUGCAGACGGAUGCAAGUAGUUUAGUUUUAUUUCAUUCUGGGUAGUGGCACCCGCCCUGUGGAAUGCCCUCCCAUCAGAUGUCAAGGAAAUAAGCAGCUAUCUUAUUUUUAAAAGACAUCUGAAGGCAGCCCUGUUUAGGGAAGUUUUUAAUAUUUAAUGCUGUAUUGUUUUUAACACUCAAUUGGGAGCCGCCCAGAGUGGCUGGGGAAACUCAGCCAGAUGGGCGGAGUAUAAAUAAAUUAUUAUUAUUAUUAUUAUUAUUAUUAUUAUUAUUAUUAUUAUUUCAUAUCCCUCCUUUUUUUCCUCUAAGGAGCUCAAGGCAGUCGUCCUCUCUCCUCAUUGAACCCCAAAAACAACCCUGUGAGCAUAGCUGCCAACUUUUCCCUUUUCUUGUGAGGAAUCCUAUUUGGAAUAAGGGGAUUUCCCUUAAAAAAAGGGAAACAUUGACAGCUAGGCCUGUGAGGUAGCUGAGAGGCAGCGGCUGGGCCCAAGGUCUCCCAGGGAGCUCCCUUCAUGGCUGAGCGGGGAUUCGAACGCAGGUCCUCGUCCGACACUCUAACCGCUGCGCCACACCAAAGUUGUCAGCUGGUUGUGCCAAACUCCGCCACCUCUUGCCGCCGCCGCCCCCCAAAUUUUGGGACUGGCAUAGCCCCUGCGCCACCAUUUUGAAAACGGAGGGCCUCUGUGAUUUUCAGCCAGGGGAUAGGAAGUUCCAGAACAGAAGAGACAAACGUUCCUCUCGCUUUUCUUCCUCGCAGGACUUCGGACGGAGCAGGACCUCUAUGUGCGACUGAUCGACUCCAUGUCCAAGCAGGUAACAGCCCCCAGUGAAAGUGUGGAAGGGUGUCGGGGGGGACGGGACGAGAGCCAUCUUGGACUAUCUCGUGGAAGAUGGAACAAGCUUGUUUUCUCUUGCUCUGGAGGGGAGGACUCGAACCCAUGGCUUCAAGUUACAAGAAAGGAGACUCCGACUAAGCCUCAGGAAGGAAUUUCUGACCGCAAGAGCUGUUUGACAGUGGAAUGGACUCCCUUCGGGAGGUGGUGGACUCUCCUUCCAUGGAGGUUUUUAAGCAGAGGUUGGAUGGCCAUCUGUCAGGGAUGCUUUAGCUGAGAUUCCUGCACUGCAGGGGUUUAGACUAAUUGACCCUUGGGGUCCGUUACAAUUCUAUGGUUCUAUGAUUCGGAAGGAAGGAAGGAAGGAGAGAAAGAGAAAGUGAGAGUAGAGAGAGAGAGAGAAAGAGAGAAAGAAAGAAAGAAAGAAAGAAAGAAAGAAAGAAAGAAAGAAAGAAAGAAAGAAUAUGAUGAUAGAUAGAUGAUAGAUGAUAGAUAGAUAGAUAGAUAGAUAGAUGAUAGAUAGAUAGAUAGAUAGAUAGAUAGAUAGAUAGAUAGAUAGAUGAUAGAUAGAAGAGGGAGGGAAAGAAAGAAGGAAAGAGUAGAUAGAUAGAUAGAUGGAUGGAUAGAUGAUAGAUGAUCGAUAGAUAGAUAGAUAAAUAGAUGAUAGAUAGAGAUGAUAGAUAGAUAGAUAGAUAGAUGAUAGAUAGAUAGAUGAUAGAUAGAUAGAUAGAUAGAUAGGUAGAUAGAUGAUAGAUAGAUAGAUGAUAGAUAGAUAGAUAGAUAGAUAGAUAGAUAGAUGAUAGAUAGAUAGAUGAUAGAUAGAUAGAUAGAUAGAUAGAUAGAUAUAGGUAGAUAGAUGAUAGAUAAUAGGUAGAGAUAGAUUAGAUAGAUAGAUAGAUGACAGAUAGAUAGAUAGAUAGAUGAGGGAGGGAGGGAAGGAAGGAAGGAAGGAAGGAAGGAAGGAAGGAAGGAAGGAAGGAAGGAAGGAAAGAAGAGGGAGGGAGGGAGGGAGGGAGGGAGGGAGGGAGGGAAAGAAAGAAAGAAAGAAAGAAAGAAAGAAAGAAAGAAAGAAAGAAAGAAAGAAAGAAAGAAAUUAGAUAGAGAUAGAUAGAGAUAGAUAGAGAUAGAUAGAGAUAGAUAGAUAGAUAGAUAGAUAGAUAGAUAGAUGAUAGAUAGAUAGAUAGAUAGAUAGAUAGAUAGAUGAUAAAUAGAUAGAUGAUAGAUAGGAAGGAGAGGGAGGGAAGGAAGGAAGGAAGGAAGGAAGGAAGGAAGGAAGGAAAGAAAGAAAGAAAGAAAGAAAGAAAGAAAGAAAGAUGAUAGAUAGACAGACAGAUGAUAAAUAGGAAGGAGAGGGAGGGAGGGAGGGAAGGAAGGAAGGAAGGAAGGUAGGAAGGAAGGAAGGAAGGAAGGAAGGAAGGAAAGAAAGAAAGAAAGAAAGAAAGAAAGAAAGAAAGAAAGAAAGAAAGAAAGCAAGCUUGAGGAAGAUGUGGUAGGUGGAUCUCAGUUUUGUCCCAGGAACAAAAUCAGCAUCAAAGUUGGUUUCCUUCCAGCCCUCCCCUCCUGAGGGGGGAGCCCAAGGGAGGUAAAUCCCAAACUGGGAGAUGCUUCAUUAAGCUUCACCAUCAUUAAUCAACACCAUUAGGCGGGGGAGGCUUUGUUAACUCUGGUGCUGAUGGGCUGGGAGCCUCUGCUGCUUAGCACCUGCUUAGCGCACGCAAACACACCCAGGGCUCUCUGCUGAGGCCAAACAGAGGAGGAGGAGGAGGAGGAGGAGGAGGAGGAGGAGGAAGCCCAGACUUGCUCCUGCUUUAGGAAGCGGCCGCGUGCAACUCCCAGCAUCCCCACCCAGCAUGGCGUGUGGCCAGGGAGUUGUAGCGCCAGCUACAUCUGCAAGACGCCACACUGGCUGCCCCUUGGCUGGCAUGCUGAGAUUUGCACGUAGGACCAAGUGUGUAGUCCUUAUGGUUGUGGGAUUGGUGAUGGUUGGGAACUCUGGGCCUGAGUCAGGUAAACUGCCAUGCUAGGGGGAGCAAGUGCAGGGGGGCUUCACCUCCCUCCCUCCCUCUCUCUAAAUCUGCUUGGGGUGGGGGUCCAGGAGAAUCUCCAGAAUAUCACGUGGGGUGGGGAGGAGAGGGGAGAAUGUUCCACCUGGCAAGAUAGAUGCUUGCAUUGAUGGAGCCAUCUCCUUAGUAAGGCAUUGAAGUCUACCUUCAGAAGCCAAAGGAGCUUCUGGAUCACAAGACUUCCACUGAGCAGAGAUGGGACCUUGCAGUUCUCCUUGCCGUGCCCAAAAUGUGUGCAGAGGUUCCACAUGUGGCAGAACUUCAUUUUUGUUCCUCUGCAGCUAUCAUGGUUGCAUCAUAACCUAAGGAUGUAAGAAGAGCCUGUUGAAUCAGGCCAGCGUCCCCUCUAGUCAGGCAUUUGUUGUUGUUGUUGUUUAGUCGUUUAGUCAUGUCCGACUCUUCGUGACCCCCUGGACCAGAGCACGCCAGGCACUCCUGUCUUCCACUGCCUCCCGUAGUUUGGUCAAACUCAUGCUGGUAGCUUCGAGAACACUGUCCAACCAUCUCAUCCUCUGUCACCCCCUUCUCCCUGUGCCCUCCAUCUUUCCCAACAUCAGGGUCUUUUCCUGGGAGUCUUCUCUUCUCAUGAGGUGGCCAAAGUCUUGGAGCCUCAGCUUCAGGAUCUGUCCUUCCAGUGAGGACUCAGGGCUGAUUUCCUUCAGAAUGGAGAGGUUUGAUCUUCUUGCAGUCCAUGGGACUCUCAAGAGUCUCCUCCAGCACCAGAAUUCAAAAGCAUCAAUUCUUUGGCGAUCAGCCUUCUUUAUGGUCCAGCUCUCACUUCCAUACAUCACUACUGGGAAAACCAUAGCUUUAACUAUACCGACCUUUGUUGGCAAGGUGAUGUCUCUGCUUUUAAGAUGCUGUCUAGGUUUGUCAUUGCUUUUCUCCCAAGAAGCAGGCGUCUUUUAAUUUCGUGACUGCUGUCACCAUCUGCAGUGAUCAUGGAGCCCAAGAAAGUCAAAUCUCUCACUGCCUCCAUUUCUUCCCCUUCUAUUUGCCAGGAGGUGAUGGGACCAGUGGCCAUGAUCUUCGUUUUUUGAUGUUGAGCUUCAGACCAUAUUUUGCACUCUCCUCUUUCACCCUCAUUAAAAGUUUCUUUAAUUCCUCCUCACUUUCUGCCAUCAAGGUUGUGUCAUGUGCAUAUCUGAGGUUGUUGAUAUUUCUUCCGGCAAUCUUAAUUCUGGCUUGGGAUUCAUCCAGCCCAGCCUUUCGCAUGAUGAAUUCUGCAUAUAAGUUAAAUAAGCAGGGAGACAAUAUACAGCCUUGUCGUACUCCUUUCCCAAUUUUGAACCAAUCAGUUGUUCCAUAUCCAGUUCUAACUGUAGCUUCUUGUCCCACAUAGAGAUUUCUCAGGAGACAGAUGAGGUGAUCAGGCACCUGUUCUCAUAAUGGCCAACCAGAUCCCUCAGUGGGAAGCCCAAAAGCAGGAUUCGAACACAAGAGCCCUCUGCUGUCUGUGGAGGCUCAGCAUGGCCCUCUUGGCUACUAGCCGCUGAUAGCCCUCUCCUCCAUGAAUUUCUCCUAUCCUCUUUUAAAGUUAUCCAAGUUGGUGGCCAUUGCUGCCUCCUGUGGCAGAGAGUUCCACAGUCUAACAACAGCAUUAAGGAGGACUUUCUUUUAUCUAUCCUGAAUCUUCCUCGAAUGUCCACGAGUUCUAGUUAGGAGCGAGGGAGGAAAACUUUUUCUCUAUGUACUUUUUCCAUGGCAGGCAUCGUUUUCAUAAUUAGCAUCGUCAUUGGUUCAUUCAUCGCCUUCUAAACCGUGGCCCCAUGAGGAUUUGCACAUAAGAUAAUUAAAGGGGGGGGGAGGAAUUGAACACAAAGCUAAAAAUUAUGCCCUCUGCCCUUGGCCCAUGAAAAGAGCCUGGAGUGCCGAAGCAUCUGAGUGUGGAGUUUUUCCAGGUUGUUCCUCUCCUUAACACUUCCCCUCUUCGCCCCCACCCCCUCUGUUUUCCAGGCAAUCAUCUACGAAGGGCAAGACAAGAAUCCAGAGAUGUGCCGUGUGCUGCUGACACAUGAAAUCAUGUGCAGGUGAGCCUGGCUCAGCUCCCUCCUGGAGCAGUGGGGGGUGUCUUUCUUUCUUUCUUUCUUUCUUUCUUUCUUUCUUUCUUUCUUUCUUUCUUUCUUUCUUUCUUUCUCUCUACCUCUCUCUCUCUCUCUCUCUCUUUCUUUCUUUCUUUCUUUCUUUCCUCUCCCUCCCCCCCCCCUCUCUCUCUCUCUUAUCUCUCCCUCCCUCCCUCCCUCCCUUUCUCUCUCUCUCUCUCUCUCUCUCUCUCUCUCUCUCUCCCUCCCUCCCUUUCUUUCUUUCUUUCUUUCUUUCUUUCUUUCUUUCUUUCUCUCUCCCUCUCUCUCUCUCUCUCUCUCUCUCUUUCCCCCCCCUUUCUUUCUUUUCCCCUCUUUCUUUCUUUCUUUCUUUCUUUCUUUCUCUCUGCCUCUCUCUCUCUCCCUCCCUCCCUUUCUUUCUUUCUUUCUUUCUUUCUUUCUUUCUGCCUCUCUCUCUCUCUCUCCCUCCCUUUCUUUCUUUCUUUCUUUCUUUCUUUCUUUCUUUCCUCUCCCUCCCUUUCUUUCUUUCUCUCUCUCUCUCUCUUAUCUCUCCCUCCCUCCCUUUCUUUCUUUCUUUCUUUCUUUCUUUCUUUCUUCUGCCAGCGUAUUGGGGACAAAGUCUGCAGGCCUGGCCACCCCAUUUCAAAAGGUCAUCAGACUUUGGAAAGGUGCGUUAAAAAACCAUCCCUUCAAGACAACCUGUUUACAGAGCAUUCAUCCUUGUUUGUUCGCAGGGAGGUUAGAUGAGGUUGGCUUUGCCACGAAUAUUCAUUCUGGUUUGCUCGUGGGGAGGCUAGAUGAUGCUCCGUCAAACCUAGAGUGAUCCCACAUUUUCCAGUGCAUCUUCCCAUCUCCUUCCCUAUCUCAAAUAGUCUGGUCUUUUGGGGAAGCGCUUUUUGAAAUUAUUUUAAUUAGCUGUUGCAUUUAUAUCCCAGCUUUUUUGUCCGAGGAGCUCAAGGUGGCGUACAUGGUUCUUCCCCACCUCAUUUAAUCUACACAACAACCCUGUGAGGUAGGUUAGGCAGAGAGGUAAUGACUGGUCUCCCAGGUCCUGCUCCAACGCUCUUAACCACUAGGCCACACUGGUCCUUCUUGCACAAGACCUGGCCAAACCCCUGCAACUCUGCAACCUGAAUUUGCAAGCUCAAUAUGUGAUUGAAUCCCAAGUGAGGAGCCAUGAUAGAGCCCAGGCUAUUUAUUUUUAUAUUAUGUGGGUUUUUUAAUUGCAUAGGUAUUGUUUUACAGCCUAGGGCCAUAUAGUGAAGGGCAGAUUCUGUGCAUAAAUAAAUAUAAAUAAGUCGUUGGUGUGUAAUCGGGAGCCAAGCCACAUGAAAUGGGCUCUGUUGUUGUUAAUUUCUUUAUUACAUUUAGAUACCACCUUUAUCUUUCAAUGAUCUUAAGGAGCUGUGCAUGGUUCUCGUCCCAUUUCACCCUCUCAACAACCCUGUGAAGUAGGUUAGGCUGAGAGAUGGUGACUGAGCUUCAUGGCUGAGUCGGGAUUUGAACCCUGCUCUCCCAGAUCUUAGUCCGACACGCUAGCUGUUACACCACCUUGGCACUUCAGCCUGGAAGGGAGGGGGACUAAAUGUUUGGAAACUCCUCGCAUGCAGAAAGCUAACACGCAAGGGAGACGAGCCUAACCCAGUUUUCUCCCUGAGGUGUGGCUAGCUUUGAACGUGCAGCGAUUUCUACAGAGCAUCCAAAUUUAAUUGCCCACCUGCAGCUUGGGAUGGUACACAAAGGCCUCACCUGCCCUCAGUGCUGCUGAAUCUGAUUGGCUGCCCAGAGGUUGGUCCUGACUGAGGAUCUGUUUGUUGGAAAGUGAGCUUCCGGGUGCCUGUAAACAAAAACCACAUGGUUCUCUGCAUGGCGCCAAGAAAGGCCAGUGAGGGGUGCGUAGCCUAGGGCGAAGCAGUGAGCCGAGAGCCACAUUCGGAGACCUAGGGAGCCACAUUCAGGCUCCCCACCCCAAUUAGAAACAGACAUCCAGUCCAGCCCCCCCACAAGGUCUGAGGGACACUGAACCGGCCCCUGCUGAAAAAGUUUGCUGACCCCUGGCCAAGAGGCAAUAUGAGCUUCAUUCACGGCCGAGCGGGGAAUUCGAACCCUGAUCUCUCCUGGACUCUCAACCGGCACUCUAAGCACUACGCUGCCACCGGCUCACAGCUUAGCACUGGGAUGUAGCAGGCCCAUCAGACGAGCCACAGGAUCUUAGAAUCGUAGAGUUGAAGGGACCCCCUAGGGACAUCUAGUCUAACCCUGUGCAAUGCAGGAAUCUCAGCUGAAGCAUCCAUGACAGAUGGCCGUCCGACCUCUGCUUAAGAAGGAGGCUGGCAUCUUUUCACCCGGCUCUGCCAGGUUCCCUGGUGCCCCAUUAACGCCUGCCUUGUUUACGACACUCAGGGCUCGGUGUUUGUGCAAAUUAGUGCGCCUGCCUCCGAGCCAACUUUCAUGGCUAAUUGAUCUCCAGGAACCUUGCUAAUGAUCUUGGGGGUUGAGGGAAUAGAUGGCGGGGGCGGGUGGGGAAUAUCUGGGGUGGGAGGGUAGGGGGGAGGCGAAGCGUCUUGGCUGAGACGCCCUCGGAUUUGUUUGUGUAACCGGCGGGUGGGAUGGCGGCUCCCCUGCGGGGCGCAGAACAGAGCCCUUGGUUGUUUAUCAGGCCAAGAUAUUAAUUAUAUUUAACGUGAGCGGCGGUACCUGGCGGAAUCAUUAAAAGAAAAUUGGAAUCUGAUCUCGUAAGAUUAGAACUCCGGGCCGUCCGAAGAAGCUGAUGGCUGGGGGAUUGGGCAGACAAAAGAAAAGACUUUUAGCUGGAGCACAUAGUCAGAAGUAUGGAACUCAUUGCCACAAGAGGGUGCAAUGGCCAGCAUCCUGUUCUCACAGUGGCCGAGCUGAUUUGGCGUUCAGAAACAUUGCUGUCUCGAAUUAUGGACCAAUAUAAAGCAAGCAGCACAUAAGUGGCACACAAAACGCUAACAAACCAUUCUACCUUCUAAAUCUUUUAUUGUUGUUUAGUCAUUUAGUCGUGCCCGACUCUUCUUGACCCCCUGGACCAGAGCACGCCAGGCCCUCCUGUCUUCCACUGCCUCCCUCAUGCUGGUACCUUCGAGAACACUGUCCAACCAUCUCGUCCUCUGUCGUCCCCUUCUCCUUGUGCCCUCCAUCUUUCCCAACAUCAGGGUCUUUUCCAGGGAGUCUUCUCUCCUCAUGAGGUGGCCAAAGUCUUGGAGCCUCAGCUUCAGGAUCUGCCCUUCCAGUGAGCACGCAGGGCUGAUUUCCCUAAGAAUGGAUAGGUUUGAUCUUCUUGCAGUCCAUGGGACUCUCAAGAGUCUCCUCCAGCACCAGAAUUCAAAAGCAUCAAUUCUUCGGCAAUCAGCCUUCUUGAUGGUCCAGCUCUCACUUCCACACAUCACUAAAAUCUUCUAUUAAUGAUCCAAAAAUUGAGCGAGCUAUGUACAAGAUCUGCUACAGAAGCCACAAACAGAAAACUCAUUCAAAUUGUGUACAAAAGGAAGAUUCAGUCUUUAAAGUUCCUUUAGCCAGGCUCCUGUAGAUAUCAACAAAGGUAAGUUUGAUCAAACGAAGUGUCGGCGAUGUUCAACUCUCGAAUUAUGGAGGCAGAGCCAUAGCCAUCAACAGGCCUCUCCACUGUGCAUUUGCCUCGCCCUCUCUUACAGCCAUUCAACUUGUUGGCAAUCAGUUUUCUCCUGUGGCAGUGAGUUCCAAAGUUUAACCACGCAUUGCGUGAAGAAGGACUUUCUUUCAAGAGAAAGGGGACAGAAAAGGCGUUUUUCUCCCCUCUCUCAUGACACUGGAGCUUUGGAAGCUGUAAGCAGGUUGAUUCAGGACAGUCAAAAGGAAGGAUUGCAGAAUGUUAGAAUUGUAGUGUUUCAGGGCACCCCAAAGGUCAUCUCUUCCAACCCCCUGCAAUCAUAGCUAGAGAAUCUGUGUCAGCUGGCCAACCAAGCUCUGCUUUUAAACAUCCAGUACUAGGUAGUCCCCUCGUAUAUCUCACUCCCUGGCAUCCAGAUCAUCCAAACUGUCUAUUUUAGAUUCAGAUAGGUAGCCGUGUUGGUCUGACACAGUCAAAAUUAAUAAAAAAAUUGUCCAGUAGCACAUUAGAGACAACUAAGUUUGUUCUGGGUAAGCUUUCAUGUGCACGCACACAGAACAAACUUAAUUUUAAUCUUUUUAUUUAUUUUGUCUAUUUUAGGGUUGCUGUAUUUCAAAAAGUGAAAAUCUGGAGACAAAAGAGCUUUUAUUGGCCAAACUUUUGCUCAAAAAUGUAGAUUUGGAGCAAUUUUUAAAGGAAAUUAGACACAGAAAACCCAAAACAUUGGUUGCUAUACAUCUGGGUUUCCCCGGACAUUUUAAGCAAGAUCAGAAAUUCUGCCCUGAUGCUAUUUUCGAUUUUUGAGUGCUCUGUGGCACAGUUCACACUAGCGAGUAAGCCCGCCUCCUCUAGGCUUGAUUAGUGCCCACCUGAGAGCCAGUGUGGUGUAGUGGUUAAGAGUGGUGGACUCGUAUUCUGGUGAACCGGGUUCGAUUCCCCACUCCUCCACAUGCAGCUGCAGGGUGCUCUUGGGCCAGUCACACUUCUCUGAAGUCUCUCAGCCUCACACACCUCACAGAGUGUUUGUUGUGGGGAGGAAGAGAAAGGAGAUUGUGAGCCGCUUUAAGACUCCUUAAAGGUAAAAGGACCCCUGACAGUUAGGUCCAGUCGUGGCCGACUCUGGGGUUGCGGCGCUCAUCUCGCUUUAUUGGCCGAGGGAGCUGGCAUACAGCUUCCGGGUCAUGUGGCCAGCAUGACCAAGCCGCUUCUGGCGAACCAGAGCAGCGCAUGGAAAUGCCGUUUACCUUAUCAAAUCCAAACACCACUUCUUCUUCUUCUUCUUCUUCUUCUUCUUCUUCUUCUUCUUCUUCUUCUUCUCACAUGACACUGAGCAUACUUGCAAGCCUUGUUGAUUUGCAUGGCUCACAUACAGUUGCUGAAUGUGACCCAUGCUCUCGCGUCAGCUGAAUGUGCAAACGGAAAGUGGGUCUGGUUUGAGUUGAUUUCUAUUAUUUCACUCGGAUGGGGCUCCUGAUCCAAACGCAGUCCUCGACAGAACCGUGUCUGAGCCGUGAAUUUAAAUCCUAGCGCAAUCGCAUGGAGCAUAGAGAAAUGUCCUGCUGAAACAGGCCAAUGGCCCAAGGGGAAACCUGUGAGCAGAAUCUGAGCGCAAGAGCACUCUGUCUCCUCCUGUGGUUUCCAGCGACUGUUAACUCAGCAGCAUUGCUAUUUUUCUACUUGCUGUGAAAUGGGCUUGUUGGUGUGAAACAUACAACACACCUGCACACUUCACCUCCGUCCCACCCUACUUCCAAGUAAAUGUAUUUCGCACCUGCACCCCUGACCAGUAGGCUUCUCUUUAUACUUCUGCCUUUGUUCAUUCAUUCCAUUUGCAUCCCACUUUUCUUCUCCAAGGUGCUCAAGAUGGCUUGCAUAGUGAAUAGGAUGCAGGUGGCGCUGUGGUCUAAACCACUGAGCCUCUUGGGCUUGCCAAUCAGAAGGUUGGCGGUUCGAAUUCCUACGAUGGGGUGAGCUCCCGUUGCUCUGUCCCAGCUCCUGCCAACUUAGCAGUUCGAAAGCACACCAGUGCUAGUAGAUAAAUAGGUACCACUGCCAAAAUCCAAAAUCCAGAUCCUGUGAAGUCCAGUGUUAGGAGAGAGGGAUAAAAACCUCUAUAUUCCCCCACCCCCAUGGCAUGCAUAAUUUUAUAUGUCCCUCAAAAACCUCACUCUUGUGACCUGCCCCCACAACACCUACUCACUAAGGCCUUACUAAAGCAAACAGUCUAAUUGGUCAAUGUCUAAAAGAUAUUGAGCAUCAGAACAACCUGGCCACUAUAAGGAAAUUCUGCCCUUGGUAUGUUCAUUUUCCACCUCUCCAUUUUGAUUCUCUGUCCCCAUAUCUGCACAAACUUAUGAUCCCAAAAUACAGACGUGCUUUUACACUUGCAAGACUGGAUGUUUUGCCAUCUGCGGUACUUGAGGGUCGAUUCAAAAAGAUCCCACCUGAGAAACGUCUUUGCCCCUGUGGAGAAGGUAGCACCAAAACAGCGGCACACGUCCUCCUGUCUUGCACUCUCUACAAAGACCUGAGGAACGAGAUCAUCACCCCACUAGUACUAACCAUCCCAGGGCGCUCAACCACUGCCACAAUGUCCUUUUUUCUAUCAGAUCAAAAUGAGCAGAUAACAGCAAAGGUUGCUAGCAGGGGCAAUCAGAAUAAGGGCCACUAACUGACGGCUGAUUCAGGACUUUAAAUUGUGUUCUUAUAUCAAAUUUCCUUUUCUGCGUACACUGCAAUGUUUUACUGUUGCUAUGGCCACUGGCUAAUGUGAAUAAAGUUUUAUCUAUCUAUCCCCCACGCCAUGCAUAAUUUUAUAUGUCCCUCUCUCAUGCCCCUCUUUGCUCACCUGAAUUGCUCUGUCUCCUUGGCCAUUUUGGCUGACCUUUUCUGAGCAACACCCCGGACGCUGCUCAGGGUCUCUGCUCUUUCCUGAUCACCCCCCUUUUGCCCUUACAGCCGUUGCUGUGAUAAGAAAAGCUGUGGGAACCGCAACGAGACACCGUCUGACCCCGUCAUCAUCGACAGGUAAGAAGCUGCAGAACUCCCCAGGAUUUUUGCAAUAGAACUGCAGUAUUGCAUUGCUGUUUGUUCCAAUUUAGCCUUAAAGAGCACAUUUUCCCGGGGAAAGAAAAGAAACCCAACAAAGCAAUUGGACACGGACCAGGAACGUGCAAGCCUAUGGCUAGAGAGUACAGAGCAAAAGUUGUGUGGAUGAGCUCUGCAUUACAGAAACCUGCUUGGUUACAGAUCUGCUGGAAUGCAUAAGGCUCAGAGCUGAUUCAAUUGCCCCAUUCAGAUUUUGGGCAUUGGGGUGGGAGAACUGCAACGUGGAGCCUCUGAACCUUCUUCUGGGUAAAAGAGAGCAGGGCUGUGUCUCAACUGCAGAGCCGCUGCUGUGCAUGCAGAAAAGCCCCGGGUUCGAAUUCCAGCCUCAGCAGCGACAAAGAUCUCAGCUCCCUCCAGCUCGCUUGGAAAACCACUGUUCUGACUUGGUACAUAAGGAAACUUCAGUUGUUGUCACAGGGCCUUUAGAAGUCGUUCUUGGUCCCCUCUUUGGGAUUCUCAUGUUUUUAACAGGCGUUGGCCGGAGGUUUCCAUUCACGCCUCUGUUAACCUUGAGGACUAGGCCCUUGGUUUGUUUGUGCUUUUUGUGAGACGCGAAAGCUGGGUGACGCUUCUUGUUUUCAAGAGGUUGCCUUCUGCAGCAGGUGCUAAGCUUCGGUCCUUGCUCAGUGCGGCCAGAGAGGCAUGGGAUAUGCACAGCCACACAUACUGUCCACCCCCCGCCCAUGUGUUAACAGGCAGCCUGCCCCAUGCUCUAGGUUUGUCAAACUUGUGUGCACUCCUUCGUCUGUGAGUCCAGGCACUGCCACCAUCAUCUUAUUCCGAACUCUCUGUGCUGAAAUGGUAAACUCCUAUUAGAGGAUCUCAAACUGUGUCCUGUGUGCUCCAUUUAGGUGCUCUCCCAAACAGUUUGGGGUAUCUGCCUUUUGCCUUUGAUUGGUUUCUGCCUUUCCUAACAGCAAUCACGGAACUUUGCUCACAAGGAUAGGCACAUCCAUCACCUUAGAAAGACACAGCUGCAGUUAUCAAAACGAGAGUUUAAUGUUUGUGCGAAGGGGGUGAGUUAAGUAGGUGUUUUGCCAAGAUGCCCAGGAAUCUUCAAGUGACCCACAAAGCUGUGAUGAUGAUGAUGAUGAUGAUGAUGAUGAUGAUUAUAUCACUUUUCCCCCAGACCAGUGCUCAAGGCAGCUUACAAAGAUUAAAACAGCAGAGGAGAACUACAAAAAGCUAAAAACGUGUAAUAGUUAAGAAGAAAUUCAACUCUGAUAGAAUUAAAACGAUAUAAAAAGCCCAUAUUAUUAAAAUAAAAACAGCAUAGCUCUAUUGAAAACUUUAAAAAAAAAUAAAAAAUCACCAGUCAGUUCCCAAAGGCCAGCUGGAAUAAAAAUAAAAAUAAAAUAUUUAUACACCACCCAUCUGGCUGGGUUUCCCCAGCCACUAUGAGCUGCUCCCAACAGGUUGUUGUUGUUAAUAAUAAUAAUAAUAAAGUGAUAAAACAUCGACCAUUGAAAACUUCCCUAAACAGGGUUGCCUUCUAAAAGUCCAAUAGUUGUUUAUUUCCUUGACAUCUGAUGGGAGGGCGUUCCACAGGGUGGGUGCCACUACUGAGAAGGCCCUCUGCCUGGUUCCCUGUAAGUGAGGGAACUGCCAGAAGACCCUCGGAGCUGGACCUCAGCGUCCGGGCUGAAUGAUGGAGGUGGAGACGCUCCUUCAGGAAUACUGGGCGGAGGCCGUUUAGGGCUUUCAAUGUCAGCACCAACACUUUGAAUUGUUGGAAUAAAACGGACUCCACCUGCCAGCACAGCAAGGAUGGAUCCAGUCUGGCUUCUUUAGGGAGGGGGUUCCCUAGAGUAUCCCUAGGGGUAUCAUCUACACCAAGCUGGAUCCUAGAAUCCUAGGACUGCAGAGUUGGAAGGGGUCAUGAGGGGUCAUCUAGUCCAACCCCCUGCAAUGUGUGAACAUGGUGCAUCUGAAGAAGCAAGGAACCCUGGGGGACAAGAUAGUACUGCAGGGGUAAGCAACCGGGUACCCUCCAGAAGACAGCCCUAUAUGUUUGACAUCUUAUAUGUGCUGGAAGCCACCCAGAGUGGCUGGGGAAACCCAGCCGGAUGGGCGGGGUGUAAAAUAUUAAAUUGUUGUUGUUGGUCUCCCAACUCGCACCAGCCCCUUCUAAACAUGGCCAGUGGUGGAGGAUGAUAGGAGAUGUCCUUUUGUGCUAUGAGCCGCCCUGAGAUCUUUGGAUGAAGGGUGGUAUACAAAUGUUAAAAUAAAAAUGCAAUAAAUAAACAUCUGGAGCACAUUAUGUUGGCCACGCCUGCUUUACUGUGCAUGCAUAGAGAAGCAGGGAACUGUGGCGCAAGAGACACUACUGUGCAUGCGUUGUGUUGCUGGGGAAGCCAUGGUUAGCGUUGUUCCCAGUCCCGCUGGCCACAUCAAGAGGGGCUUGGGCCUCUGGGUCGCAUCAAUCCUAGAAUUGUUGGGUUGGAGGGGACCCCAAGGGUCAUCUAGUCCAACCCCCUGCAAUGCAGGAAUCUCAGCUCAAGCAUCCACGACAAAUGGCCAUGCAAUUUCUGCCUCUUAAAAACCUUCAAGGAAGGAGAGUCCACCAGCUUCCAAGGGAGUCCGUUCCAGUGCCAAACAACUCUUCCCAUCCACAACCUCCUGAGGUGUAGCGUUCCCAAAGCAAGGAAGGGUUGGACUCUGAUUAAUAAAAUACACACGAGGCUUGACCAGCAAGACUCUGGGAGGAGUGCCAAUAAUAAUAAUUCCUGUCCACCCUCCGGCCCAGGUCGUUUUAUUCACAAAAGAACUUUUUACACAGUGUUUGUAAGAACCAAUCAGAUUUCCUCUGAGCAUUUCAAAAAAACCCACGUGGGACAAAGUUAAAGUUGAAACUACAAAGAAACUAUUUCCUAUUUGAGCAUGCAUUGUAGUCCAGAGUAAAUAAAAUAGGAAUAAAAGGAGGAAUUCGUUCAGCAAAACCCUGGAGGUCAUAAGCAGGAAUAAACAGGAGGAAGGAUGGUAGUACAGUGGUACCUCUGGUUACGUACUUAAUUCAUUCCAGAGGUCUGUUCUUAACCUGAAGCACCACUUUAGCUAGUGGGGCCUCCCGCUGCUGCCGCACUACCGGAGCACUAUUUCUGUUCUCAUCCUGAAGCAAAGUUCUUAACCCGAGGUACUAUUUCUGGGUUAGCGGAGUCUGUAACCUGGAGCGUAUUUAACCUGAAGCGUAUGUAACCCAAGGUACCACUGUAUUUACCAUCUCUUUGUGAGCUCUCUUCCUGGCCCUUAAGAUCUACCUAAAGAUUAACUACAUCAAAGUUACAGACUAUCUUUAGGGCUCAGGAUGCCUGGUGAGGCAACUGGCCUGUGUUUCAGAAUGCUUAUACGUGCCUGUCAGGCGUAGAGAAAGCAAAUGGCAGAGAUGGAGAGGCUUGUGGGAUCUGAUCAGAAAUUAUUGCCAAUGAAUCAAACCCAGUCAACGCCAUGCUUUCAUCGCGGACACAAUGGCUUGAUGCAUAUUUUAUCAUUCCUCCUGGUAAUCCCAUCUGAUCACUACACUCUGGAUAUUUGCACCCCCACACUGAGGAAAGGCCAUUCCAGUAUGAGGGGCAAAAUUUAGAGGAGGCCCAUUUGCCUGCCAGCUGCCCUCAAAUAUAUGUUCAAUGCUAUCCCCUUCUGCCCAAGAGUUGAGGGGCCCGAUCACUCCCCAUUGUAGACUAACCUUCUGAGCUGCUAGAGAAUACCUGGGAAAUUUGGGGCUCAUUUCUAGCUGGCCCUGUGUAUCCCCUGAACCUUCACAACAAACCACCCUCCUGACUUGUGGAGAAAAUGUUCGUCUGUCUUGCCCUCUCUUCAUUGGAAAGAAGAUUGUGUGUGUGUGUGUGUGUGUGUGUGUGUGUGUGUGUGUGUGUGUGUGUAAGGAAGUCACUUUCUCCAUCAAUUGCACAAUGGGCCAAUGGGAAAAAACGUUCCUCCCAUUUUGUUGCAUCCUGGUGGCGGUCAGGGUGCCUCGAUAAUGCACUGACAUUUCCCCAGCUUUUGUCCGCCCGCGAUAGCAUCGGUGCUGCGGCGAGAGGGGCCCUGUGCCUUGGGAUGGCUGCCUGUCACUCAAGCCACCCGGGAGACAGCCGGCAGGCGACAGAGAAGAAUGGGGAUUGACAAGGCAGCGGGGAGAUUAGGAGGGGAAGAAUCAAAGCUAUUACGGUCUGUCUGGCCGGCAGCCAUUGUGUGCUCCGAUCUUUCAGCUUCUCCUUCAGCCAGAUCGCACGCAGACACAAGCACACACACACACAAGCUACCGUCUCUGCACUCUGGACAGGAGAAGAAAAACACAAAAACCCAACUCCAGGAAGUAAAGUUUGGGUAGAUCAGGUCACACAACUGGGUAGGCAUCUGAUCAGGAGGUCUUGUAGACCAGAGGUGGACAUGGCCUGGGGAAAGUGGAUGGAGGAAGAUUUUCCUUCAUUUUUUGUAACGUUGGAGGUCAUGGGCAUCUAAUCAGGCUGAAGCUUGGGAGAUUCGGGACAGAAAAGAGAAGACCUUCUUCACACAGGGAAGAGCUAAACUAUGGAACUCGCUCCCUCAGGAAGCACUGAUGACCACCAACUGAGAUGGUUUUUAAAGACAAUUCAUGGAGGAGAUGGCUGUCAAAGGCUACUAGCCUGCAUGGGUCUCCUCUGCUUCCACAGUUGAAGGCAGAAAUGUUUCUAAAUUCCAGUUUCUGGAAACCACAGGAAGGGAGAGUGCUGCUUUUGCGUUCGCAUCCUGCUUGCUGGUUUCGCACUGGCAUCUGGUUGGCCACUGUGAGAACAGGAUGCUGGGUUAGAUGGGCCAUUGGCCUGAUCCAGCAGACUCGUCUUAAAAGGUAAAGUGACCCCUGACCAUUAGAUCCAGUCGUGGACGACUCUGGGGUUGCGGCGUUCAUCUGGCUUUAUUGGCCGAGGGAGCCGGCGUACAGCUUCCGGGUCAUGCGGCCAGCACGACUAAGCCGCUUCUGGCGAACCAGAGCAGCACACGGAAAUGCCGUUUACCUUCCCGCUGGAGCGGUACCUAUUUAUCUACUUGCACUUUGACGUGCUUUCGAACUGCUAGGUUGGCAGGAGCAGGGACCGAGCAACGGGAGCUCACCCUGUCACAGGGAUUUGAACUGCCGACCUUCUGAUCGGCACAUCCUAGGCUCUGUGGUUUAACCCACAGCGCCACCCGCAUCCCUUAGGCUCGUCUUAGGCAGUGCUAUUUUUCUAGAAAAAGAGGUGCCGGAGCUCACCAUGAACCUUGUUCUCAUAGAAGGGCCAUUAGAAGUGCUGGAGCUGAGCUCCGGCUGGAAAAAAAGCCCUUGUUAUGUUCUUAAAUCAUGUCAUCCGGCCUCCUCUCUCUCGCUGUCUGUCUCUCUGACUCCCAUUCAUGCCUCCAUCCUUCCCAGCAGUUUCUCUUAACCUUGCAUUCCUUUGGUUCCAGGGGAAGAUGGGGGCUCUCCUUGGCCCCCCACCUUUCCCCUCUCAUCCUUCCCUCCCUCCCUCUUUUCCCUCCCUCUCUCUCUCUCUCCCCGUUUUCCCCUUCCUCUCCUUCCUGAGACGCCCAGCCCCUCUGGUUUAGAGAGCCCGAUAAGUGCCCUAUCAACAUGUUAAUCAAAUUACUUAGGAGCUAAAAUUGACGCUUUUCAUUAAUUAUACAAGAUUAUUCUAAUUGCAAAUUCAAAUUUAUGCGCUCGGAACAGAAGGUGUUCGGCAGUGUUGCUGGGAAUUUGCAUAUUAAAUGGGGAGAGUUGUGCAUUAUGGAUGCUAAUGUAUGCACAUUGUCUUUAUUUUUAACUCCGCGGGCCUCUGUGCGCCGUUGCCGCUAAAGGAGGUGAAGGAGUCCGACGACGUCUGUUUAUUUUUAUUAUUUCUCUUCUCUUGUCUCUCAGUUGAAGUCAGUGGCACCAGAGGGGAGGGCAGUGGGCAUGGCAGAAGCAGGGAGGGGGGCUCUGCUGGCUCCCUGUCAAUCUUGCCAAAGGGGGAGGGGGUACCCCCCUAUCUCUCCAAAUAUAUCUAUCCAUCUCCUCCACCUUUCUGCAUGUCUUCCUUCCCUUGAUUACCACCUGCAAGCAAAGCAGGAACUCCAGCCUACCUGAGUCUUAAGUCUGCACCUCUCCUUUCCCCCCAGAUUUCAUUCCUGCGAUUAACCUCCAAAGUUUGGUUCUUCUGAACAAAUAAUAUUGAAAAACAGGGACCGUGCGUUUCCGUUAGGCUCGGUGCAGCGCUUUUUUUAUUUAAACUAAAAAAGAGAGGGGAGGUGUCCCUGAUGGAUCACCUGGGUGAACUUGCUGCAGAUGCUGCAAUCCAUGCAGGAUUUCAAGCGCUGCCACCAGCUCCUCCGUACUUGAGAAGCAACUAGACCUCAUGGAGGCAGUGGUGCCUCUGAACCUAUGUCAGGAAUAACGGGUGGCCCUCGGCCUCAGCAAGCACAGCUGAUGAAGAAUUCAGAGGCUUGUAGGAAAGCGGUUACUACAAGGGAUGGAGCCGGAGGAGAGGAAUGGGGAAGGACACAUCUGCUUUGAAAGCCAGAAGUUCAAUCCCUGUCAUCUCCGGGUAGCGCUGAGAACAUCCACAGUGUGAACCCUUGGAAAGCUAAUGCCAAUUUGUGUAGAAGUUAGCAGACUCUGCAAGUGUCCCUGUUUUCCAGGGACAGUCCCAGAUUUACAGAAGCCAUCCAAGUUUCUGAUUUGAUCCUACUUUUUCUUAAGAUAUCCAUAUUUUCAUUGGAGAAAUGUUGGAGGGUAUGGAGUUGUGCAAACGCCCCAAGCCAAGUAGAUAAGUAACUAUACAACCUUUAGAAGACAUCUGAAGGCAGCCCUAUAUAGGGAAGAUUCUUAAAAAACGUUGAAUGCUUUAUUCUGUUUUUAUAUAUGUUGGAAGCAGCCCAGAGUGGCUGGGGCAAGCCAGUCAGAUGUGCCGUGUAGAAUAAUAAUAAUACAGUGGUACCUCGGGUUAAACGAGAGUCUAGGACUUGCCGAUCAGAAGGUCAGUGGUUCGAAUCCCCAUGACGGGGUGAGCUCCCGUUGCUCGGUCCCUUCUCCUGCCAACCUAGCAGUUCGAAAGCACGUCAAAGUGCAAGUAGAUAAAUAGGUACCGCUCCAGUGGGAAGGUAAACGGCAUUUCCGUGUGCUGCUCUGGUUCACCAGAAGCGGCUUAGUCAUGCUGGCCACAUCACCCGGAAGCUGUACGCUGGCUCCCUUGGCCAAUAAAGCGAGAUGAGCGCCGCAACCCGAGUCGGCCACGACUGUAUCUAAUGGUCAGGGGUCCCUUUACCUUUACCUUUUUCCUUAGGAUAUCCCUAUUUUCUUUGGAGAAAUGUUGGAGGGUAUGGAGUUAUGCAACCCCCCCCCCCCAAGCCAUGUAGAUAAGUAACUUUACAACCUUUAGAAGACAUCUGAAGGCCGCCCUGUAUAGGGAAGUUUCAAAAUGUUGAAUGUUUUAUUAUGUUUUUAUAUAUGUUGGAAGCAGCCCAGGGUAGCUGGGGCAAGCCAGUCAGAAGGGCCGUGUAGAAUAAUAAUAAUACAGUGGUACCUCGGGUUAAGAACUUAAUUCAUUCCGGAGGUCCGUUCUUAACCUGAAACUGUUCUUAACCUGAAGCACCGCUAAUGGGGCCUCCCGCUGCCGCCGCACAAUUUCUGUUCUUAUCCUGAGCAAAAUUCUUAACCCGAGGUACUAUUUCUGGGUUAGCGGAGUCUGUAACCUGAAGCGUCUGUAACCCGAGGUACCACUGUAACAGUAAUAGUAAUAAUAAUAAUAAUAGUAAUAAUAAUAAUAAUAAUAAUAAUAAUAAUGUCCCUAUUUUCACUGGAGAAAUGUUGAAGGGUAUGUUACUGAGCUACUUGGACAACCAGCGGCUCAAUAUAAGGCAGAUUCCUCUGCUCCUAAAAGGUAAAGUAAAGGGACCCCUGACCAUUAGGUCCAGUCGUGGCCGACUCUGGGGUUGUGGCGCUCAUCUCACUUUUUUAAAAACCCCAAAACCCUACUAUUGUAUCCAUUGCCCUUAAAUUGCCAGCCUAAGUUGUUCUUCAAAGCAACGACUGGGCAGAGUGUUUGUGUGUCAUAGCUGUCAACUUUUCCCUUUUUUAAAGGGAAAUUCCCUUAUUCCGAAUAGGAUUCCUCGCAAGAAAAGGGAAAAGUUGACAGCUAUAGGCUGUGUGUGUGUGUGUGUGUGUGUGUGGUGUAUUUAGAGCUGGCUUUUCCUCUCUUCCCAGCCUUCCCGGUCCUCUCCAGAGCAGGCACGGCUGCCGCCCCUUAAUUAUUGAUGCUAGGAUGACAAUUAUAGGACCCUACACAAGCAUCCUAAAUAUUUCAUCAGCCCGGAAUGCGGUUGGAGAAGGAAUCGUAUUCUCUGGCUUCCAUCCAUCUUUUCAGGAUUUUUUUUCUCAGCUGCUCCUUCUCCCCUCGGCCCACUUCUCUCUUCCUUUCCCUCUUCCCCGGUCCUUUUCAAAAGAUUGCAGAAUCGUAAAUUGUAGAGUUGGAAGGGGUUCCAGGGGUCAUCUAGUCCAACCCCCUGCAAUGCAGGAAUCGCAGCUAAAGAAUCCCUGGCAAGCAGCCACCCAACCUCAGAACCUCCAGCCACCUUCCGAGGUAGCCCGUUCCACUGUCAGACAGUUCUCAGCAUCGGAAAGUUUAUUCGGGAUCAGAUGGUUCAGAUUCUCUUCUCUGGCGCAGCAGAAAACCAGCUUGCUCCAUCUUCCAUGUGACAACCCUUUGAAUAUGUGAAGAUGGCUGUCUAAUAAUGAUAAUAAUAGUAAUAAUAAAUUUUAUUUAUACCCCGCCCUCCCCGGCCAGAGCCAGGCUCAGGGCGGCUAACACUAAUAAAAUCACAGUAAAAACAUAAUAGGGAGGAAAGGGGGGGGAGGAAAAGGGGGGGGAACCAAUUUAAAAUACAGGUUAAAAUGCAAUUUAAAAUGCAGCCUCAUUUUAAAGUAGCUGAUAAAUCAAGACCAUAAGGUGAGGAAAACAUAAGGGUCAGACUGAGUCCAAACCAAAGGCCAGGCGGAACAGCUCUGUCUUUCAGGCCCUGCGGAAAGAUGUCAAGUCCCGCAGGGCUCUAGUCUCUUGUGACAGAGCAUUCCACCACGUCGGGGCCAGUGCUGAAAAGGCCCUGGCCCUAGCUGAGACCAAUCUAACCUCCUUGAGGCCUGGGACCUCCAAAGUGUUGUUAUUUGUGGACCUUAAGGUCCUCCGUGGGGCACACCAGGGAGGUGGUCCCAUAGGUAUGUGGGUCCUAGGCUGCAUAGGGCUUUGAAGGUCAAAACCAGCCCCUUAAACCUGACCCUGUACUCCACCGGGAGCCACCUCCGAGUCCCUACUUAUCCAGGCUAAACAUACCCAGUUCCAUCAACCACUCCUCAUAAGGCUUGGUUUCGGGACCCUGGAUCAUCCCUCGGCCGUCGUCUUUGGCACACCUUCCUCAGGAUCCUGGGAAUCCUGGCAAACAAUCAAGGGAUCUUUGCCACAUCUCGCGAUCCAUGGCGUGUCUGGCAAGCCGUUGCUGCGGAUGCACCCAGUCCACUUUCCAGGGCUCCCUGUGACCUUGGCAAAGGAUCUUUGGACAUGCCUCAUGGAAUCACUUCUCCUGGCGUUGCCGACGGAGGCCCAAAACCAGUCAGCUUCUGCCACUUCCAAGCCGAGCCCAUUAAGGUCACAAUCACACCUUAUGUUUAAAACCUGUGGCUUCUUCCAAAGAAUCCUGGAAACUGCGGUUUGCCCCUCAGGCCAUUAGCAUCCCCAGCACCCCUUUUUAAUGUUUUUAUUAACAAUUUCAACAUAACAAAUUAUCAAAAAUAUCAUAUUCAUUAUUUCCCCCCUUCAAACCCUCCCCUCAGCUCCUCUCUCUGAUUUCUCAGCACAUAUUAUUCCCUGCAUGUUAUAAAAUUAUGCAUAUCCUUAUAUUAUCUAUCUACCAUGUUGCCAACUAAUAAAUUGGUGUAUGUUUAUUCAAAACCUGCCAAGGAGUCCAAUUCAUUUUGUUGUCUUUUUAGAUCAGUUGUAAAAAGCUCCCCUUCUUCCUUAAAGUCACAGUUGUCCUUGUCCCGCAAUUUGUAUGUCAAUUUAGCCAGCUCUGCGUAGCUCAUCAAUUUUUCUUUCAUUGGGAUUUCCUCAUUCUUCCAUCCUCGUGAGCAUUCCCAGCACCCUUAAUCAAUCACAGCUCCCAGGACUCUUUGGGGUAAGCCAUGCACUUUAAAUGCACCGUGAGGGUGUGGCUGGCGUCAGACUUUAGCCGCUGACGGCUCCCAGGAUGCACAGAAGUUGCCAGUUCUGUGCGCUGCCCUGAGGGCCUGGCGCUCUCCGCAGUUUCUCAUGCCCAGCUUCUCAUGCCCAUUAAAGGCGGGCACCCAGGUUCCCUGUCUGCUUUGGGAACUCACAGUGAGCUCAUGGAAUCACAGAAUUGUAGAAUUAGACAUCCGACCUCUGCUUUAGAAACUCCCUUGCCUUGAACAGCAGCCCAGCAAAGCGAGCAAUUCUCAGGCUGCUGCGAAAGGCGCAGAAAGCAGAACAUUAUACCAUGCACCCCAGUGGCAAUUUGGGGGUGACUCCAGGUAUCUGCAUCUCCUGGAAGGUGCUGGGCAUGUGAAGCCGUGGCUCGGAUCUGCAUCCAGCACAGGCCUCCCUCGCCCCACACUCCCUGCCAUCUGCGCCGCCGCCCCCCCAGGGCUCAGAUAUCUCCAGGGUUUGUAUUCCCUGAUUGAUCGUUCUCUGCAGCAAUAAAGCCCAUUAGCUGCCUCGGAGGCAGCCGGGGAUCAGUUUCCAAUCAAUACCCUCUUAAGCAGAGAAGGGUGCAUUUCAGGGCUGCCUUAAAGGGCCAGCGCAACCACCAGGCGCAUGGGAGGAAGGGAGGCAAAGGGUGCGUGAUCCAUUUAGGCGAGGAUUGGGGCUGGGUGGACAAGGGUGUUGGGAAAGGGGUUUGGACAGGCACUGGCCACAGUCCAGACUUGUUUGACCAGAGAAGGUGCUUGGAUACUGUUGCUUUCUUCUUGGAAAAAAUCAUUCUUGAACUUCUCUGCGGCCAAGUUGGCCAGGGCACCUGAGCCAAACCAUCAGGCGAGGAACCAGGGCUUGGAAUCUGGUGACCACCAUGAAACCUCGUCCGUCGGGGCAAAUUGGGCAGUGCUCUGCCAACCUCAGCCUGCUCCCACCUACUGCCUGCCUUACUUACAGCCAGUUCAGAGGUUGGCUUUGCCCACCAGCUCUUUCUACAGUCUUGCCAUAAUAAUAAUAAUAAUAAUAAUAAUUUAUUAUUUGUACCCUGCCCAUCUGUCUGGGUUUCCCCAGCCACUCUGGGCGGCUUCCAACAAAGAUUAAAAAUACAUUAAAAUGUCACACAUUAAAAACUUCCCUGAACAGGGCUGCCUUCAGAUGUCUUCUAAAUGUCAGGUAGUUGUUUUUCUCUUUGACGUCUGAUGGGAGGGCGUUCCACAGAGCGGGCGCUACUACUGAGAAGGCCCUCUGCCUGGUUCCCUGUAGCUUUGCUUCUCGCAGCGAGGGAACCGCCAGAAGGCCUUCGGUGCUGGACCUCGGUGUCCAGGCAGAAUGAUGGGGGUCGAGACACACCUUCAGGUAUACUGGACCGAGGCCAUUUGCACCAACACGUUGAAUUGUGCUCGGAAACGUACUCAGCCUGGUUGGCCUCCCAACAUUGGCUCUGGCGCCCCCUGCUGUUGGGCUCCUUGCUUUCUGCCCUACCAGCCCCAAGGUGCCCAGCAGACACAAUCUCUGACUUGACCACCGAGGAGACCCAGAGCAAUGGCUUCUCUCUGGGUAAGUGCAACGCCCUCUUUUCUCCUCUUCCUUCUAGAUUUUUCCUCAAGUUCUUCCUCAAAUGCAACCAGAACUGCCUGAAGAAUGCAGGGAACCCCCGGGACAUGCGACGCUUUCAGGUGAGACGCACCCCAUUUUCCCUUUCACCUGCUACUUCUGUUCCUUCCUGACAAAAACCGCAGCAGGAGCGAUCUGGUCCUCUCCAAAGAGCCACUGAGAAAGAUGCUACAGUGAGAAGGGGCCAGAGACACACCUUGAUCGGGAGAUUUCCACACACAAGGAGCCACCACUGAAAAGGCCCUUCCCCAGCGAGAGGGCCCUCAGGAGUCCCAUUCUCACCCGCUGAGAUUCAGUCAUGGGCUGGUUGAUACGGGAGAAGGUUUUCUUGCAGAUGACUGGGUCCCCAAGUCUUAGGGCUCGGGAAACAAUUUGUAACCAGGGUCACAGUGUUUAGGUGGGGACGGGUGUGCCUGUGGCCUGCUGGCUUCCGCCAUUGCCUAGAGCAGACUUUGAAUCAUGGAAGGGACCCUCAAGGGUUAUCCAGUCCAACCAGCUGCGAUGCAGGAAUUUCAACUGAAAUUUGAGCUUUAAAACUUCAGCAGUGCCCUGUGCAACGCCAAAAAUCGGAGGCCCCUCACCUCUUGCCUUCCGUUGUUUGUCAGUCAGUCAGUCAGUCAGUCAGUCAGCUUUAUUGCACAUAGCCAAAGGCUGCCGCAAUGUACACAGAAUCAUUCAAUGAUUAAAAGAAAAUAUACUGGAUUGAUACAAAAACUUAAAACAUUUAUAUUAUCAAUACAUUGCCUACUCUAAACAGAGCUAUAAAAGCACCUUAAUAUACAAGUUAAGACAUUAAACAAUAAAAUUUAUAAAUUAUCACAUGGCCACUAAUAUAUUAAAAAAUAAUGUUGAUUAAUACAAUGUGCAAAUAUAUUUGGAGUUUGGUGAUAAAGAUAGAAUAUAAAGGUAAAGGUACCCCUGCCCAUACGGGCCAGUCGUGUCCGACUCUACGGUUGUGCGCCCAUCUCACUUAAGAGGCCGGGGGCCAGCGCUGUCCGGAGACACUUCCGGGUCACGUGGCCAGCGUGAUGAAGCUGCUCUGGCGAGCCAGCACCAGCGCAGCACACGGAAACGCAGUUUACCUUCCCGCUAUAAAGCGGUACCUAUUUAUCUACUUGCACUUAGGGGUGCUUUCGAACUGCUAGGUGGGCAGGAGCUGGGACCGAUGGGAGCUCACCCCGCCACGGGGAUUCGAACCACCGACCAUACGAUCGGCAAGUCCUAGGCACUGAGGUUUUAGCUUGAUAUAAAAGGUAAAUGUAAAGGGACCCCUGACCAUUGGGUCCAGUCAUGGCCGACUCUGGGGUUGCGGCGCUCAUUUCGCUUUAUUGGCCAAGGGAGCUGGCGUACAGCUUCCGGGUCAUGUGGCCAGCAUGACUAAGCCGCUUCUGGCGAACCAGAGCAGCGCACGGAAACGCCGUUUACCUUCCCGCCGGAGUGGUACCUAUUUAUCUACUUGCACUUUGACGUGCUUUUGAACUGCUAGGUUGGCAGGAGCAGGGACCGAGCAACGGGAGCUCACCCCGUCGCGGGGAUUCGAACCACCAACCUUCUGAUUGGCAAGUCCUAGGCUCUGUGGUUUAACCCACAGCACCAUAAAUUCAUCUCCUUUACAGUUGGUGGCUACCUUGGCUAUAUAAUUUGCUCUAAUUUUCCUAGCGGCAGUUGCAAAGAGAGAGGUCACAUACUUAUCUGUGUCUGUGAGGAGAUAUAAAAUCAUGUCAGAGAGGUUCUGGCCAGGGGACCUUGUCAUUAUAGGUGCUAAAAAUCUUUCUCAAGCUUCAUUAUAUAAGGGGCAGCGCAAGAGGUCCUCUACUUCAGGACAUCCCCUAAUGCAAACACGUUCGUUUGUUGGUCUGCUUCUGUGUCUCCCAUCUCUAUAAGCAGAGUUUAUUGUAUUUAAUCGUUGUUCAUCAUUGUUGCAAUCCCCCCCCCCCCCGCUGUGCCCUCUGGGCUCGGCACCCAGUGCGAGCGAGUCGGUCUCGCUUGCCUAAAUCUACCUCUGCUACCAAGCGUGGUUCGCACUCGCCUCUCGCCCGUAGCGGUGGCGGCGUCUGCUGCUGCUGCUGCUCCUUCCCUCAUCAAGGUAGGUGUGCUUUCGCUCCCAGGCACCCGCGCUAUGCAAAUUGGAAUGGCUGCUAAUCAUGUAAAAAUGUCACAAUUACCAUAUCGUUAGGAGAGGAACCUGAUGAUGAAGCCCCCCAGCCAGCCAGCCAGAGCCGGUUGAGGCCCAGGGAGCCCCUUCUUGCCCCCACAGACAUCGUGGCCCCACUGGGUCCUGCUGAGGUCUCUGGCGUGGGCUGGGCUCCCCUUUCCUUGCGUGAGGCUGGAAUUAUUCACAGACCCAAAGUGUGAUAGCGGGGUAUUGCAUCACGCCAUAUACAGCAAGCAAGCAAACACACAACGAAUAGUAGGAAGAAGAAAUAUAAACCCAGGCAUCUAUAUUUCCCAAGCUGGCGUGGAUAUUGCAUGUUGAGCGUCUUACGUCCGAAGCAUAGGAAGUAAAAAUCCCGCCAGAUGACUUUAAAAUGUUCUAGAUUCUCCAUUCCCCUGCAGAAACACAGUUUAUGUGCGGUUCCACGCAUACCCCUGCAAUAGCCAGACACCAAUGGACAUUUUAGAAUUUCUUUAAAGAAACUCAUCAGAGAAAUAAUAAUAAUAUAAUAAUAAUAAGUUUAUCAUUUAUACCCUGCCAUUCUGGUUGCACUGCCCAAGCCACUCUGGGCAGCUUCCAACACAUAUAAAAAUGUAAUAAAACAUUCAAAAACAGUUUUCCUGUACAGGGCUGCCUUCAGAUGUCUUCUAAAAGUCAGAUAGUUGCUUAUCUCCUUGACAUCUGAUGGGAGGGUGUUCCACAGGGCGUGUGCCCCUACCAAGAAGGCCCUCUGCCUGGUUCUCUAGCUUCUUGCAGUGAGGGAACUGCCAGAAGGCCCUCCGCGCUGGACCUCAGUGUCCAGACUGAGCAAUGGGGGCAGAGAUGCUCCUUCAGGUAUACUGGGUUGAGGCCAUUUAGGGCUUUCAAGGUCAGCACCAACACUUUGAAUUGUGCUCAGAAAUGUCCUGCAAGCCAAUAAAGAACUUUCAGGACCUGUGUUAUAUGGUCUCGGCGGCCACUCCCAGUCCCCAGUCCGGCUGGAUUAGUUGUAGUUUCCGGGUCACCUUCAAAGGUAGCCCCAGGUAGAGCGCAUUGCAGUAGUCCAAGCGAGAGAUAACCAGAGCAUGCACCACUCCGGCGAGACAGUCCGCGGGCAGGGAGGGUCUCAUCCUGCGUACCAGAUGGAGCUGGUAGACAGCUGCCCUGGACACAGAAUUGACCUGCACCUCCAUGGACAGCUGUGAGUCCAAAAUGACCCCAGCCUGCACACCUGCCAGUGUGCAAAUUGGCAGCUGGCCUUCCACCUUAUUUCUUUGUGCAGAGAAUGUGCAGCCAAGCAGCGGAAAGGCAUCAAGGGGCAAAUCUGGCUGUGACAAAUUGCAUCAGAGAUGCUCAGUGGGGCAGGACAGGGGCAGACAUCACCCUAUAGUCCUGGACGGUGUCCAGUCUCUGAUGGAAUGACCCCAAUGGUUGUCUAGCCUGUUUUUCUACCUUCUGAGGACCAGGAAAUUGCUGUUUUUGCAGGGAGUCUCGAUGUCUCCUCCUCCUCAUUGGCAAACCCCUAAUCUCUCUUCCCCUUUAGGUUGUGGUGUCGACGACAGUCAAUGUGGACGGCCAUGUCCUGGCGGUGUCUGAUAACAUGUUUGUCCACAACAACUCCAAGCACGGCAGGCGGGCAAGGAGACUGGACCCCUCGGAAGGUCUGUGUUGCAGCAGCGCAGUGGCAAACUCAGGCGUCAGAUCUUAUCGCAGCCAGACCUUAUCACAGAUUCUAGGUUUACGAAAGAAUCUCACAGUUGUACAUUGAUGGGUUGCAAUGAUCACUGCUCAUCUCCAUAUAUUAUUUUCUGUGGCGCCUUGUACGCCUCCUUCCGGCAAGCUGGUGCCUAACAUAUCACUCUGCUUUUCGUUGGACCCCAUCGGUGAGGCCGAGAGAGGGAUCUUGUCGUCUGGGCAGCCCAGGUCCCCCAUGCAUGCUGCCCAGACGUGCGCAGUACCCUUUGGUACUGCUAAUGCAGUGGUUUGACUUCACCCCUGGAGGCACACUCCAUUGACUCUCGAGACAGACGGAUGACGACAGCAACUAUUUUAUUUUAACAUUUUGUUGGAAGCCGCCCAGAGUGGCUGGGAAAACCCGGCCAGAUGGGCGGGGUAUAAAUAAAUUAUUAUUAUUAUUAUUAUUAUUAUUAUUAUUAUUAUUACAGUCAUACCUCGGGUUGAAGUAGCUUCAGGUUAAGGAUUUUCGGGUUGCGCUCUGUGGCGACCUGGAAGUAAUGGAGCGUGUUACUUCCGGGUAUCGCCACUUGCGCAUGCGCAGUCGCUCAAAACGACGUCACGCGCAUGUGCGGAAGUGGCGAAUCGUGACACACGCAUGCGCAGACUCAGGUUGUGUUCGCUUCAGGAUGCAAACGGGGCUCCAGAAUGGAUCCCGUUCGCAUCCAGAGGUACCACUGUAUUAUUAUUAUUAUUAUUAUUAUUAUUAUUAUUAUUAUUAUUUCUGUGCACUAAUGUUGGCAAAUGAUUUGGGGUUGGACUACAUAGCCCUUUGCAUGCCUUCCAACUCUACGAUUCUAUGAAGGAGGACCACCUUUCUCUUGGGGCUGUCACAGCCUAUGGUUCUCUAUAAUCCUCAUUGGCUCGGAAGCCUGGAAUCAGAGAACGGUAGAGUUGGAAGGGACCCCCGAAGGCCAUCUAGUCCAACCCCCUUGAUUGCCUGUUUUUCCUUCCCUCCGACAUGCACUGCCUUCCUGUUUGCCCUCCUCAUCGCCCCACAUCACUGCCCACUUUCCCUUCUUACACCUCUCUUCUUCCGCUCACCCCAGUUGCUGACUCUCUGCCUUGUCUCUCCCCCCUCCCUGCCUGAAGCUGCCACCCCCUGCAUCAAAGCCAUCAGCCCCAGCGAAGGCUGGACGACGGGCGGCGCCACCGUCAUCGUCAUCGGGGACAACUUCUUUGACGGGCUGCAGGUGGUCUUUGGCACCAUGUUGGUGUGGAGCGAGGUGAGUCUCCAGGGGCAUGCUGAGGACUUCUUUUUUUAAUUUGUUUAAUCAUCUUUUCAAUACAAACAUCAACCGCAAAAGACACAUACAACAAAAACCAUAUUAACACAAUUUGACAAGUCGGAUUUGAAUGCACUGAUAUACCUAUGACUACCUCUUUUUUAACAAUAUUUCCCCACCUCUCUCUCCUCCCUCUACUUCCCACCACUAUCCGCCUUAUCGCUUAAAUAUUCGUUCCAGAUUUCUUCAUAUUUAUCCAUUCUUAUUUUGCAUCGACAUGCAAUUCGUUCGUAUGUAGCUAAUCUGUCCAUACUAUCAAUCCAUGUGCCCAAUGGAAUCAUUUUGCAGCUCUUCCAAUUCAUCAAAACAAUUUUUUUUGCUUGUAAUAUAGCACGGUACAUCCAUUAUUAUUUUUUGACCCCUUGAAAUCUCCCACGUUUCCGGAAUAUAAUUUAGAAUUAAAUUCAGUUCCCCUAAGUAACGAUUUCUUUUUAUGUGCACACUGAGGACUUGAAACUUGGUUUGCCAAUCAUUCCCCCCAAAAAAUGGAGAUGUGCGAGCAGCCUUGCCAAACGGCAGCUCCCAGGGUGCUUUGCAGGGAGCCAUGACAGUUCAAGCUGGCAGCAAAACAAUGGAGGUUUGCAACAUAGAGAGGCCUCUGCGUCUGGUUGCCCAGCUGUGGUUGGCAACUUAACUAAUGAAAAGGAAGGGUGUUCUAGUCUGGUGCCGGAUCCCACAGGGGAAAGAAGCAUGCUGAUUUAUCCAGAGCCAGACCACUGUGUGGCCCACCAGUAUUGUCUUCUCUGACUGGCAGCUGUCGUUGUCCAGGGUUGCAAGCAGGGAUCUCUGGGGACUUGAACCCAAGGGAAAUAAAUGCUCAUCUGCUGAGCUACAGGCCUGCCGCCUUGUGGAUAGCUCUUAAAGGGCCAGCCUUCUGGCCUGAAGAUAGAAUCAUAGAAUCGUUGGAAGGGACCCAAGGAUCAUCUAGUCCAACCCACUGCAAUGGUCAUCUCCUCCUCCUUUCCAUAGUCUCCUGCCCUCCCUGACCUGCUGUAUAGGCAAGGUCCUAUUGGGGACAUUGGGUUCCUCGGGGAAAGGUGCUCAUGAGGGUCCCGAUUCUGGCCUGCCAGUGCUCUGGGAGGUGUUUCUGGGGUCCGUGGAAUUCAGGCUCAGUGGCCUCUGGCUCUCCAGCGGCAGCCCCAGAGCUCCGUAAAAGUUCAGGAAGGGGCCACCGGAAUGAGGGUGGUGAAUACAGCACAAGAUAUUAUGGGAUGUCCCAUGAAUCCGCGGGAUGAAAUAGCGGAAGAAUGUUGCCUCAGGAGAGUGAGGAAAAUUUUCAGGAAUGAUUCACUCCUUGGCUGGCACUUUCUUGAUCAACUGCCCUCGGGCAGAAGUUAUAGGUAAAGGUAAAGGGACCCCUGACCAUUAGGCCCAGUCGUGGCCGACUGGGGUUGCGGCGCUCAUCUUGCUUUACUGGCCGAGGGAGCCAGUGUUUGUCCACAGACAGUUUUCCCGGGUCAUGUGACCAGCAGGACUGAGCCGCUUCGGGCGAAACCAGAGCAGUGCACAGAAACACCAUUUAUUUUCCCGCCAGAGUGGUACCUAUUUAUCUACUUGCACUUUGACGUGCUUUCAAACUGCUAGGUGGGCAGGAGCAGGGACCGAGCAAUGGGAGCUCACCCCGUUGCGGGGAUUCGAACCGCCAACCUUCUGAUCAGCAAGCCCUAGGCUCUGUGGUUUAACCCACAGCACCACCCAUGAUUAAUCACACCAACAGGGUAAAGAACAGCUUCUAUCCAUGGGCUGUUAGGCUGCUGAAUUAAAAGAUAACAACAGGGCAACUGACUUUCGGGUUUGGUGGGUGUGCGUCAGUAAAUGAGGGGAAUUAAGACUAAGAGAGCUGGGUUGGGGGUGCUCAUGUAAUCUCACCGUAUACAAGUUGUACAAGUGAAAAUAAAGUAUUUCAAUUUCAAUGAUCUGUGAGAACAGGGUGCUGGUCUCAAUUUGCCAUUGGCUCUUGUUCUGCUUUUAUAUGUCUGCCCUCCUCUCUUAACAGCUCAUCACACCGCACGCAAUCCGUGUGCAGACUCCGCCAAGGCACAUUCCCGGAGUGGUGGAAGUGACCCUCUCCUACAAAUCGAAGCAGUUCUGCAAAGGAGCGCCAGGACGCUUCGUUUACACUGGUGAGAGUUGGGGCGGUCUUCUUUUGUGGGGAGACGGUGCAAGGGGGGGCAGGUAUUGGCUUUUCUGCUCACGGUCCUACAUGGCCUCUGGAACUCCUGGCUUUGCUGCGAAACGACGGCACUCAUCUGAUCUCCUUGGGUUUGCUGCGAGUGGUCAGUGCAAUUUCGGGAGAGAUCAAAGGAAGUCCAUCUUUGCAUGGUUGAACUAUGGAACUCUCUGCCACAGGAGGCAGAGAUGGCAGAUCUGGGUGGCUUUAAAAGAGGAUUAGGCAAAUUCAUGGAGGAGGAGAGGGCUGGGGUUGACUACUAGCCGCUAUGGCUAUGCGCUGCCUCCACAGUCGGAGGCAGCGAUGCUUCUGAAUACCGGUUGCUGGAAACCGCAGGAAGGUCAAGUGGUUCUUGUGUUCGAAUUCUGCUUGUGGGUUUCCCAGAAGAGGCACCUGGCUGGCUGCUGUGAGAGCAGGACGCUGGGCUAGACAGCCCAUUGUCCUGAUCCAGUUUGCAUCUUAGCAAACAGAUGGAGGUUGAACCCUGACAAGACAGAAGUACUGUUUUGGGGGACAGGGAGAGGGCAGGUGUGGGGGACACCCUGGUCCUGAAUGGGGUAACUGUGCCCCUGAAGGACCAGGUGCGCAGCCUGGGAGUCAUUUUGGACUCGCAGCUGUUCAUGGAGGCCCAGGUCAAUUCUGUGUCCAGGGCAGCUGUUUAUCAGCUCCAUCUGGUACGCAGGAUGAGACCCUGGGGCUACCUUUGAAGGUGACCUGGAAACUACAACUAGAAUGCGGCAGCUAGACUGGUGACUGGGAGCGGCUGCUGAGACCACAUAACACCGGUCCUGGAAGACCUACAUUGGCUCCCAGUACGUUUCCGAGCACAAUUCAAAGUGUUGGUGCUGACCUUUAAAGCCCUAAACAGCCUCGGUCCAAAUUACCUGAAGGAGCAUCUCCACCCCCAUCGUUCUGCCCAGACACUGAGGUCCAGCACCGAGGGCCUUCUGGCGGUUCCCUCCCUGCGAGAAGCGAGGUUACAGUGAACCAGGCAGAGGGCCUUCUUGGUGGUGGCACCCGCCCUGUGGAACGCCCUCCCACUUGAUAUCAAAGAGGACAACAACUACCAGACUUUUAGAAGACAUCUGAAGGCAGCCCUGUUUAGGGAAGCUUUUAAUGUUUAAUAGGUUAUUGUAUUUUAAUAUUUUGUUGGAAGCCGCCCAGCGUGGCUGGGGAAACCGAGCCAGAUGGGCGGCGUAUAAAUAUAUUAUUAUUAUUAUUAUUAUUAUUAUUAUUAUUAUUAUUAUUUCAUUAUACUGGUCCUCCAAUGGCGGGGCCAAGCAUAUGAAUCACCCCCCGCCUCUGGGAUGAUGGGGGCACGUGCUCUGGUCUUGCCCUUCACGCAUCUGAGCCCACGUGUGGAAUUCAGAACGGUGGAGCUGUCAAGACCCCAUCUCGGCCCAUCUUCCCCUGUCCCCAAAAGCGCAACCCUGUGACCGCAUCUCAGUGUGUGUGUGUGUGUGUGUGUCAUCCCACCCACGUACCCCCCUCGUUGCAUGGGUAAUCCCGUGUGCUCUGGCCUGUGAAAGGCCUUCCAGGGGUGGGGGUGGGGGGGAGCAGAGAGAAAAUCAAUACCAAUUACUCCUGCACGAACGCUGCCCAGAACUGGAAUUGCAGCAUAUGUUUACGCUAAAUCAGGCAAUCUAUCUUCAUCUUGGUUCAGUAAUGAAGCGCGCCAAUCUCGGAGGGGGGAGCUUUAAAGUGGGAGGGGGAGGGAGGGGGAGUAUGUGCCUUCUGGGUGAUAGACAGGUUAUUGGAGGGGGGUGGAAUCUCUGACUCUCUGUGCCUUGGAGAUGGGGGGGGCAAAAGAGGAGGAGAGCGGAAAGGAAGGAGAAGAGAUCAUUUAUGAUUAUUCAUAUCAAUGUUGUUAUUUGUUCAAUUUCUCUGCCUCUCUUUCUCAGAGGAUCACAGGGCUGGUUGCAAUAUAAAAACACAUAGAUACAUGCCAGAGAUACAAAUGCAAAUUCCACCACCACAUACAGAGAGAGAGAGAUUAAAAGGCCAUAGAUUGUUAAAUUAGUCAAAGGCCUGGGAAAAAGAGGGAUGUUUUUGCCUGGCUCCUGAAUUGUGAGGACCAGUGAUGGCUAUUUCUGUGCCUCCAAGGUGGGAGGCAGCAAUUCUUCUGGAUCCCAGAGGGGGUAUUGUGUUCGAAUCCUGAUCGCGGGUGUCCCACAAGCCACUGUGAGAGGCUGGACCAGGGGGGCCCUUGGCCUGUCCCAGCAACAUUCUCCUUAUGUUCUUGUGGGCAGAUUCUGGCUGUUCUUUAGCACUGGUAUUGUCCUAGAAGGCAUCUUGUAUGAGGGGAGGUUGAAGGUGUGCUUUUGGAACUUUUGCCUCAAGCUAUUCCUACAUUAUCAGGACGCAGGUGGCGCUGUGGGUUAAAUCACAGAGCCUAGGGCUUGCCGAUCAGAAGGUCGGCGGUUCGAAUCCCCGCGACAGGGUGAGCUCCCGUUGCUCAGUCCCUGCUCCUGCCAACCUAGCAGUUCGAAAGCACGUCAAAGUGCAAGUAGAUAAAUAGGUACCGCUCCGGCGGGAAGGUAAACGGCGUUUCCGUGCGCUGCUCUGGUUCGCCAGAAGUGGCUUAGUCAUGCUGGCCACAUGACCCGGAAGCUGUACACCGCCUCCCUCGGCCAAUAAAGCAAGAUGAGCGCCACAACCCCAGAGUCAUCCGUGACUGGACCUAACGGUCAGGGGUCCCUUUACCUUUAUUCCUACAUUGGAGGUUAGAAUCAUAGAAUCGUAGAUUUGGAAGGGGCCCCGAGGGUCAUCUAGUCCAACCCCCUGCCAUGCCCCAAAUGGAAACCCACAAGAGUUCUCUCCCCUCCUGCGGUUUCCAGCAACUGGUAUUCAGAGGCCCUGCUCCCUCCACCAUUUCAACUCUCUUCCUCUCCUUGAAUUCUUUCUGUUCCAGCUGGUCAUUACAGGAACUACGUAACUAAGAACUAGCGCCUGUUUGCCAUUUUUCCUCCUCCCUCCUCAUUCCUUUUCCUUUUGUGUGGUGUCAUUUAGACUACAAGGAAGCCUUUUUUCUGUUAAAGGGUGAAGAUGCUUUAAAUAAUAAUAAUAAUAAUAAUAAUAAUAAUAAUAAUAAAUUUUAUUUAUAUCCCGCCCUCCCCAGCCGAAGCUGGGCUCAGGGCGGCUGACAACACUAAAAUAGUGCAACAUUAUAAAAUAAAUAAUGAAAUAAAAUAAAAUGAAAGAUGUGAAGAAGUACCUUUUUUGAGAGGGAAAGGGAAUAGGGAGUUGUUUUUCUCCCCUUCUUGUGACACUGGGGCUUGGUGGACAUCAUAUGGGGCUGAAAGCCAGGAGGUUCAGUACAGACCAAAAGAACGACUCCUUCGCCCAGCAUGUAGUUGACUUUAAAAUAGGUUUAGAAUAUGUCUGGAGAUAACAGUGUCUAGAGGAAAGCCCUCUGUGAAUGGGAUUUGGUAUCCGAAGUUCAGCUUAGAAAUGCACAAAUUUAUGGAAGAAGCCACACCGUUCUGGCUGCUCUGUCUCUUAACAACGACCCCAAUUCACUGGAUUCUAACCCACUCACCCUUUCCGCCUGCAGCCUUGAAUGAGCCAACCAUCGACUACGGCUUCCUGCGCUUGCAGAAGGUGAUCCCACGACACCCCGGAGACCCUGAACGUUUGCCCAAGGUAGGGAAUCUCACAAGGCAUUUGGAUGUAUAGUCAUACCUCGGGUUACAGCCGCUUCAGGUUGCGUUUUUUUGGGUUGCAGACCGCCGAAACCCAGAAGUACCAGAACGGGUUACGUCCGGGUUUCGGCAGUCACGCAUGCGCAGAAGCACCGAAUCGCAACCCACGAUGUUUGGAGACUAGGGGAGUUCGUGCAGAGAAGGUCUGCCGAGGGCUCUAAGCCAAAAGGGAGCCUCUUUGCACCACCAAGAACCAGGUCCCGACACAAAUAAUAUAAUAUAAUAAAAUAAUUUAUUAUUUAUACCCCACCCAUCUGACUGAGUUUCCCCAGCCACUCUGGGCGGCUUCCAAUCGAGUGUUAAAAACAAUACAGCAUUAAAUAUUAAAAACUUCCCUAAACAGGGCUGCCUUCAGAUGUCUUUUAAAGAUAAGAUAGCUACUUAUUUCCUUGACAUCUGAUGGGAGGGCGUUCCACAGGGCGGGUGCCACCACCGAGAAGGCCCUCUGCCUGGUUCCCUGUAACUUGGCUUCUCGCAGGGAGGGAACCACCAGAAGGCCCUCGGCGCUGGAUCUCAGUGUCCGGGCUGAAUGAUGGGGUGGAGACCUCCAUCAGAUAUACUGGGCCAAGGCCAUUUAGGGCUUUCAAAGUCAGCACCAACACUUUGAAUUGUGCUCGGAAACGUACUGGGAGCCAAUGCAGAUCUCUCAGGACCGGUGUUAUGUGGUCCCGGGGGCCGCUCCCAGUCACCAGAGAACAGGGCGAUGGUCUGCUCCCUGAAGCUCUGCUUCCCUGUCUUCUCUUGGAAGCAGAGCCCUGGGCCGGGUGGGUCUCGGCCUCCUACAGCCCAGCCGAUUCUGGGGACCGCACAUCUCUCCACCCGCUGGCACCGGAGCAAUAAGAGACCCACAUCAUCAGACUGGGAGUGCAUCAGUAGUGUGCGUCAGCGAGCCCCGCGCACCUCCCUGACACAACCGGCACGCAGACCCCUCGAUUAGUCUUUCGCCUGCCGGAGACAGGUUGCUCCUUUGUUCCAUGCGCUCCGGCUGUCCUCGCCAAAGCGUAGCUAAUGCCUCCGGGCAGAGAACAGCUGGCGGCGAGAGGGAGGGCCUUCGGGUGGAGAGUGACAGCAAGAACCGGCCUCCAAAUUGGAGCCAUUCAUCAUGGGCUGACAGGGACGCUGCAAUCACUGCUGCGGCUGCGUUCCUGCGCGCAGGCCUCCCUUUGGUGCCGGAGCGCAUGGCGCAGCGCUGCUUCCGUGGCCUUGGCACACAGGGGAACUGGAUUCUGUGUACGGGGACGUCGCAAUUGCUCUGCAGCUUGGGACCAGUAGUCCAUCUUCUCCAACAUCCUCCACUUAAGAAUUGAGGUGUUUGUGAGUGCUUCUAAGCCAGGCAUGUAAGUACAUAAGAUGGCGUCCUUUUCUCACAGUUGCCAACCAGGGGGAAAGCCGCAAGCUGGAUUCGAACUCAAGUGCAGUCUCUCCUCCUGUGGUUUCCAGCAACUGGUGUUCAGAAGUGGAGGAAAAGCGUAGCUAUUCUGGCUGUUGGCCAUCGAUAGUCCUCUCCUCCUCCACGAAUUUGUCCAGGCCUUUUUAAAAGCUGUCACUCCUGUGGCAAGGAGUUCCGUAGUUUAAUAAUAAAUUUUAUUCAUACCCCGCCCUCCCCAGCCAAGACCGGGCUCAGGGCAGCUAACACCAGGCAUAAAAACAAUUGAUUAAAAUAUAACUUGAAAACAAGAUUAAAUACAACAUUAAAAUGCAGCCUCAUUUCAGCAGAAACUCAAAAAUUUUGGGGGGGAUGAAAACGUCAAAUCUUCACCAAGGCCACCAGACUGGUCCUACGUGGGCCAGAAAAAAGCCAGGGAAGUCCCCAAAUAGGAGUUCCAUCACAGAAGGAGAAAGGAAAAAGGAAAGUGGGGGAGGGGAUCAAGUUGAUUCCAAGCCAAAGGCCAGGCAGAGCAACUCUGUCUUACAGGCCCUGCGGAAAGAAAUCAGAUCCUGCAGGGCCCUGGUCUCAUGAGAUAGAGUGUUCCACAAGGUCGGGGCUAGUGUUGAAAAGGCCCUGCCUCUGGUUGAGGCUAAUCUGACUUCCUUAGGGCCCAGGACCUCUAGGGUGUUGCUAUUUAUGGACCUUAAGGUCCUCCGCGGGGCAUACUGGGAGAGGCGGUCCCAUAGGUACGAUUUAGGAAAUAGGAAAUAGGAAAUAUUUUUCUCGAAAGAGUUUACAGUCUUUUCUUCUUAUUUCUUUUCCUAAAAUCCCUAAAAGAAAAGCCUCUGGUUUUUUUACAAAAGUAUAUCUUAACACGGCUGUAGUCCAAAACAUCUGAGCAUGCACCAGCUUUGCAAAGUCUGCCCUAGUUGUUUCAUUCAGAGAUCUAUAUGUUAGAGAGAACGAAAUCAGCUGUAAAAUUAUGUUCCUAAAACAAAAAAAAUGCAUUUCGAAUCAGUAGAUCAGCUUAAGAUAUCAGAUCACCCAUCAGGUGAGUUUUAAGCAGGUGUCUUAAUGCCAACUCUGCAGGUGUCAGCCCGACGUGCAUUGCGAUUAAGCACAUUUCAUGGUAAGGAAUCCCGCAAGUUAAUUAUGGGGUGGGGUGCAAAUAAAUUGCUUCGUUUGCUUGUCCAGAAGGUGAUCCUCAGGCCUGUCAACAGGCAAAGAGGAAGCAAGACUACAGAAUAUUCGCAUGGCACAAAGUUACAAUUUUAUAUUGUAAGCUGCCCUAUGAUCCUCGAAUGAAGGGCAGUAUAGAAAUGUAAUAAAAUAAUAAUAACGAAAAGGUAAAGGACCCCUGACAGUUAAGUCCAGUCGCGAACGACUCUGGGGUUGUGGCGCUCAUCUCGCUUUACUGGCCAAACGAGCCCACGUUUGUCUGCAGACAGUUUUUCCGGGUCAUGUGGCCAGCAUGACUAAGCCACUUUUGGCGAACCAGAGCAGUGCACGGAAACGCUGUUUACCUUCCCGCCGGAGUGGUACCUAUUUAUCUACUUGCACUUUGACGUGCUUUGGAACUGGCGUGCUUUGGUCCCUGGCAGAAGCAGGGACUGAGCAACGGGAGCUCACCCCGUCACGGGGAUUCGAACCGCCAACCUUCUGAUCGGCAAGUCCUAGGCUCAGUUGUUUAGACCACAGCGCCACCCGCGUCCCCUAAAAUAAUAAUAGUCAUAAAUAAACUGUGGAACUCCCUGGCUCAGGUGGUAGAAAUGACCUCCAACUAGGAUCGCUUUACAAAUUGGACAAAUUUGUGGAAGAGGCUUUCAAAAGCUAGUAGCCACAAUGGCUAUACUCUGCCUCCACAGUUGGAGGCAAUGAAAUACAAAGCUUAAUAUCUUUCCUUCUUUUUUAACCAAACCAAGACUUUUAUCUAGUUACAAUAAAAACACAAAAAAGAGAAAAAGAGAGGAGGAGGAGGUUAAAAGAGAAAGUUAGAAAACUAAGAUUCAGAAAGUAAAGAACUUCCGAUUUUUCACCUGUCUGCUAUAUAAAAGCAAUAUUCACUUCAUCCAGAGGCAGUGAUGCUUCUGAAUGCCAAUUGCUGGAAACCACAGGAGAGGGAUCUUGUGUUCGAAUCCUACUUGCAGGUUCCACACAAGCAUCUGGUUGGCCCCUGAGAAAAGAGGCUGCUGGAGUAAGUGGGCCACUCUGUGUGAUCCAGAAAACCUCUUCUUAUGUUCUUACGCUGCAGUUUGGGGGUUACGCACUUUCUUUUUAUGCAAUGGGUCCCACGUUCGGUGCCCAGCAUCUCCACAUCGGGCUGGGAAGGAGCAGAAUGUGGGCAUCACAGCAAGCUGCCACUGAUAGCGUUAAACCCAGGAAUUCCUGGCCUCCAUCAGGGAACUUCCACCCCCAAAGGAGCAAAAGCAUCCUGGCCUGCUCCUAUGCUUUUAAGCGCAGCUCGAACUGCAGAAAUUAGCAGGAGAGGCUUUCUUUAAAUACUUCCACCUGCGGAGAUGCAGCAGGCAGCUUAAAAAGUUGACAGCCCUCCCGUCUCCGGUAAGUUUGGAGGCGUCGCUGAAGCACGCAGGGCCUUGCAGAGAGGUUCCCUAGAUGCCGGCGUGAGCCUUAACAGAGGACCCUCACCCCCCCGGGAGAGGUUUAUUAAUUGUGACAGUGAAUCUCUGUAUCCACUGAUUUCUCUCUCCCUUCGCAAAGACUUCAAGGCGGUGGCUAGUCUGGCCCAGCCAUUCAUCAUAGUUAAGCUACCUGUCGUAUCAGGGCUAUGAUGAAACAGACCCUUCCUCCUUUCUCAGCAUCGCGGCCCCCCACCCUGCCCUUCACCCCAUGCAUCAUGCAGAACUAACAACAGGUAUACAUGCUAAUUGUGUGUGUGUCUGUGUGUGUGUGCAAGCUUCACUGUGUCCUGGCUGCAGGAAUGCAGGCUGAAAGAGGACACAGCAGCGUUUUUAGAGAAUUCAAUGGGCUCUACCUGCGACUACCUUUCAAGAUGAAUCAGAAACUAACUACAACUAAGCUAGAAUGUAGGUGCCAAACUGGAGACUGGGAGUGGCCGCCGAGACCAUAUAACACCAGUCUUAAAGGUCUACACUGGCUCCCAGUACGUUUCUGAGCACAGUUCAGAGUAUUGUUGCUGACCUUUAAAGCUCUAAAUGGCCUUGGCCCUGUAAACCUGAAGGAGUGUCUCCACCCCCAUCAUUCAGCCUGGACACUGAGGUCCAGCUCCAAAGGUCUCCUGGCGGUUCCCUCCCUGCGAGAAGUGAGGUUACAGGGAACCAGGCAGAGGGCCUUCUCGGUGGCAGCACCCGCCCUGUGAAACGCCCUCCCAUCAGAUGUCAAGGAGAUGAAUAAUUAAAUAUCUUUUAGAAGACAUCUGAAGGCAGCCCUGUGUAGGGAAGUUUUUAAUGGUCAAAUCUUUUAUUAUGCUUUUACUAUUUUGUUGGGAGCCACCCAGAGUGGCUGGGGAAACCCAGUCAGAUGGGCAGCAUAUAAAUAACAAAAUUAUUAUUAUUAUUAUUAUUAUUAUUAGUUGGAAGAGGCAGGCUGGCCAAACAGGUCUGACAGGUUGUUAAAAAAAAAAUCCUGCAACACCUAUCUGACCAGAGUUGACAGUGUGUCAGUAGUGAUGUGUAUGUUUGUGUUUAUGUCAAGCAUGAGGAAGCUCAGGCCCAGAGCCAAAUCCAGCCCUCCAGAAUUAUAGAAUCAUAGAAUGGGAAGGGAACCUGAGGAUCAUCUAGUCCAACCCCCUUCAAUGCAGGGAGACGUAGCUGUCCCAUACAGGGAUCGAACUUACAACCUUGGUGUUAUCAGCACCACAGUCUAGUCAACUGAGCUAUCCAGCUGAUCUGGUUUCAGUUGAGCCCUGUUCAUGGAUUCAGCUGGUAAAAGGUCUCAUGUUGAUCAUCCCCACAUUUUUAACAUUCUGUCAUUCCCCCAGAUUGCAGAAGUAUUUUUGGCUUGGGGGGGCUGCAUGACUUUGAGGGGCCACCUAUCUGCUGUCGUCCUCCUGGCCCCCCUUUGCUGAUUUGGUCCAGAAAUAACUGGGUGUUUUAUAUCCCCUUAACGGGAGCUAAAUGUGUGCAAAGCGGCCUGCAGUCUCUCCCCCCAUCCCCCCCCCGCCAGCCCCAAGCCUCCCCCCCCCCUCCGCUCCAUUACCGUAUUGAUCGGGGAGAUAUUGCAGAAGACAGAAGAGCAAGAACUUCUGAUUGCUGGCACUUAGCUUGACAGCAAUCCAAUAGCCUUGAGAUCCUGAUGUACAGUCUAGAGCCGUCAUCAUUGGUAGUGGGCUGGGGGGGCUGGGAGGGGAGAGGAAGGCCAGGGGGCAGGUUAAGGAGCACAGCAAGGACCUCUCCCUGAGACGCAACUGAAAUCAGAGGCUCAAAAAGACAGCCACUUCCCUCCAGAUUCUUAGGACUGCAACCAAUUAAAUACUGCAAUUAAAUAUUUUUGUGCUGCUGUUUCACAAAGAGCUUUCCAAACUGUGUGUCACGACACGUUAGUGUGUUGGCUGCAGUCUGCAGAGGUGUCGCACGAACACUACUUGCACUCAUUCCGGGACUGGAAAGGGGGUAGUUUAACCCCUGCUUUGCUAGCAAAACUGAAUUUUACUGUGUCACGAAAUGAUGCAUGUCUAAAAAGCAUGUGACCAACAUGACAGGUUUGGAAAUCUUGGAAGCUUGGAAGGCAUAGAGCCUACAGUUAUCAUGGUUGUAUUUCUUCCUAUAGACAUAGAAGCAUAAGGCUAGCAUCACGCAGUCCCCACUGAAGGAUUUAUAGUGCCUUCUCAGAGUCUUGGGUUUGCACAGACAGGGCAGGGGAUGGGAACCCCAAGUUUGAAGGAGCUGUCAGAGGAAGUGGGAGGACUGUAAAGGGAAAGAGUUGGUAAGCAACACAAGCGGGGGUAGCCACCCCUAGCUUAAAAUAGUUAAAUAUUUAUUGGUUUAGCAAACCAUAAGUCGCCUUGAGAGCUUUGGGUAAUACAGUGCGGCCACAUCUUAUGGCCUUUUAGCUUGUGCAAUCUCAGCCUUGCGUUGUGUAAGGCUGGCCGGUUGAAAUUGUGCAAAUUAAAUGCAUGCGAAGUUUUCUCACCUCGAAAAGAGCUUUUAAGCUCUCUGGCAUGCCCUGCUGGGCAAGGUCCUCUGGGCGCACCAGUUCUGGAAGCCUGGGGGAGGCCCUGCGAGAUAUCGUGGGAACUCGAACAGACCCACGAGAUCUUGCAAGAGCAUCCCCAAGGCAGCACGCUGAGCCGAUCUAGAAAGCUUUUAAGCUCUUGGCCUUGUUUGCUGGGCAAGUCCUGCUCAGCACACCAGCUCUGGGAGGGUAAGGAUUUUCACACGGGGGUGGUGGUUCAAGUAUAUGCAUUUUUGCAUAUGUCUGGAAGCCUCGGAACAGAACUCACGCCUAAAUGCAAUCGUGCUGCAAAGUUAUAAGAAGGAGAGUUUGCAAGACCAAAAAAUAGAAAGAUGGCAGGUUCUGUCGGCCUUGCUUUCAUCACAGACACAUCCAUAUACGUCACACAUUAGAUUCUGCUUUGAAAGACGUUCAGCAGCAGUUGCUUAACCCAAGGUAGACUCUUAAAGUUUUCAAGGGAUCUAUUCAAAACCACCAUCAAACCAUAGGUCAUCUCUCUGUCCAGAGAUGCAUUCUGUGAUUUGUUGCCAGUUUUGUUGUCAUCCAAGAAAGAGAGUAAGAGAGAGAGAGAUUAACAAGGAGCAAUGUCUUGAAUCAUCAUAGAAUUGUAACAUUGGAAGGGAGUCCAAUGGUCUUCCUACACUUGAGUAGGACCCUGGCAGAGACACAUGCCCAACUGGCAUGUUCUUUCCCUCCAGGUUGAUCGUUCAGGAGCUUCAAAAGCCCGAACAUCACAGCGACCGAUGCCAAUAGACACCGGCAGACUUUGGGAUCUGCAGAGUCUUUGCAGUUGCAUAACAGAACCCCAGCAACUCAGCAUUUUGGCUAAUCUACUUUAUUUACAUAUAAACACACACGGAGCACUGCAACAUGGCUCCCUCUCUCUCUAGCAUCAGACAGCAAAGAGAAAAGAACAAAGGACAAUAGUCCCACUUCACGGAACACAGUAACACAAACAUCCUGUCUCCAUCCCACUCUGUGGAGUCAAAACAUACACCGUCAUGUGAUAGACAAAAAUCCCAUGACUGCAAUCAUGGAGUAGGAAUUCUAACAGUCCAACCCACUGCAGUGCAGGAAUUAUUUGCCCAAUGAAGAGCAAUCUGUAAUCCUUUUUUUUUUUACCUGCACAGUCUCCCAAUGUAAACUUUUUAUUUGUUAGUGGUUGGGGUCCCCCCAUGUCAAAUCAUGCAAAUUCUAAAUGAUACGGCUUUCACUCUGUAGAAAUGCAAAGAGUUUGUGUGGGUACGUGCAUGUGUUUUCUCUAUGUGUCUGGUGUGAUCCAGAGUGAUAGACUGAGACGGGCCUGAGUGUCCACAGCUCUGUGUCAGAAUUCCAGAUAUGCCCACAAGAUCCCAAAAGCUGGUGAUCCCUGCAAUGGGAUAUGCAAAUACGUUUUUGCAUGCAGCUGGUCUGCUCAGAGCUGUCAUGCGGGGAGUGUUUAAGGAGCCACCAAGAAAUAAGUUGCUAGCUUGGUGUGUGUGUGUGUGUGUGUGUGUGUGUGUGUGUGUGUGUGUGUUUGCCUGCAGAAGAUACAGAUGAUUGUGUGGAUGGUUGUCGCCUUCUAGUGGAAAUCCGCGGAGACAUGAAGGGCCCUGUGAUCCCAGCCACAGGUCAGUCGAGAAGAGCAUUAUGUGGUUGCAAUGUUCAAAGAGGCACAGGGAGGCAGGGCCAGUGCAAGGACUAAAUUUGUUUUCUCUUCUUUUAACAUUUUUAAAUUACGUAGAUUUUCACAUUUUUAUACAGCUUGUUGUUGUUUAGUCAGUUAGUCGUGUCCGACUCUUUGUGACCCCCUGGACCAGAGCACGCCAGGCACUCCUGUCUUCCACUGCCUCCCGCAGUUUCAUCAAAUUCAUGUUGGUCGCUUCUAUAACACUGUACAACCAUCUCGUCCUCUGUCGUCCCCUUCUCCUUGUGCCCUCCAUCUUUCCCAACAUCAGGGUCUUUUCCAGGGAGUCUUCUCUUCUCAUGAGGUGGCCAAAGUCUUGGAGCCUCAGCUUCAGGAUCCGUCCUUCCAGUGAGCACUCAGGGCUGAUUUCCUUCAGAAUGGAGAGGUUUGAUCUUCUUGCAGUUCAUGGGACUCUCAAAAGUCUCCUCCAGCACCAUAAUUCAAAAUUUAUAUACUUUAUCUCUAACCAAUUCAAACAUUAAAUUACAAGGUUCUCUGAACCUUCAGACUUUCUCUCCUCCAUUCCAUGGGUUCUUAUAUUAAAAAUUUAAGUAUUCUGCAUCUUUUACUUUAUCCAACUAUUGUUUAUCCCUAGUUAUCAUAAUCAAUUUCACAUUACAAAUGUCAUUACAAUGCUCCCAAGGAUUUUAACUGUUUACAGUGGUUUUUUAAGUAAACUACGAAUUUACUCCAGUCUCUUAACAAAUACUUGAUCCUCUUGGUUUCUGAUCUUCCCCAUCAGUUUCGCCAUUUCCACAUAUUCCAUCAAUUUCGUCUGCCAUUCUUCCUUCGUUGGUAAUUCUUCUUCUUUCCAUUUUUGGGCUAGUAACAUUCUCGCCACCACCGUUGGAUACAUAAAAAGUCUUUUGUCUUCUCUUGGUAGUUCUUCACCUAUUAAACCUGAUAGAAAGGCUUCUGGUUUCUUCACAAAUGUAUUUUUAAACAUUUUCUUUAAUUCAGUAUAAAUCAUUUCCCAGAAGUCUUUUACCUUAAAACAUGCCCACCACAUAUGAUAAAAUGUAGCUUCUCUCUCUUUACAUUUCCAAGAUACAUCUGAUUUCGUUUUAUUCAUUUUUGCAAUCUUUUGUGUUUUCUCAUGUGAGGCUUUGCUUUAAACCAGCUCCCAAAUUAUGAACCCUCAGAGCGCACAAACGUUCUCAGCAACAUCCAAAAAUAAUAAUAAAUGCCUUCCCAAUACUGUCAGUUUUUGGGCACUGCUAGUGAAAACACCAGGGGUUGGCAUAGUUGGGCAAGGCCCAUGUUUUAUGUGUAUGUACACCUGUAUCAGAUUGACUGUAAAUAGCACAUUUGCUUGAAAUGAUAAUAAUAAUGAACAAAUGAAUAAUCAUCGAAAGGUAUAACUCUUGCAGGGUGAUUGCAUUAAGGUUUGCUCUCCAAGAGGGCCUGCCAUCAGCCUCUGGUUUGUUUCCCUCCCCACAGGAAGUGCUACUCAAGAGAGCGGCUGACCUGGUGGAAGCGUUAUAUGGGAUGCCGCACAACAACCAGGUAGGGCUCAGACUCCUCUCAGAGUCAGAUCAAGCCAGACUUGUCGGAAGCAGCUGUGCAACACAGGACUCCUUAGUAAAGAAAAAGCAUUUUAUAUGUGUUGUAACACGGGGACACCAGAUGGCGCUGUGGAGUCCCGUCUUUCGCCAACGUGAUUUCCCAUUAUAAAGUUUACAACGCGUUUUCCUGAAAUGCUUUUUUGACGUCUCUCAGGGACGCGGGUGGCGCUGUAGGUUAAACCACAGAGCUUAGGGCUUGCUGAUCAGAAGGUUGGCAGUUCGAAUCCCCGCGACGGGGUGAGCUCCCGUUGCUCAGUCCCAGCUCCUGCCAACCUAGCAGUUUGAAAGCACAUCAAAGUGCAAGUAGAUAAAUAGGUAUCGCUCCGGUGGGAAGGUAAACGGCGUUUCCGUGCGCUGCUCUGGUUCGCCAGAAGCAGCUUGGUCAUACAUUUUCCCACAAUGCCCCAGGGUGCCCAGCAUAUCGUCACUCUGGCACAUUGUGGGACUUCUUCAAUGGCAGCCUUGCGCGGAGUCAAGCCAAUGGUCCAUUGAGCUCAGUCGUGGAAUCAAAGAAAGGUCGAAUUGGAAGGGGUCCUGAGGGUCAUCUGUUCCAACCCCCUGCAAUGCAGGAAUCUCAACUAAAGCACCAACUCUUUCUGCACUUAGGCAGGAAGGACCAACUGCACCAAUAUAAAAUGGGGAACACUUGGCUUGCCCGUAUGAUCAGGGGGUCUUAGUGGACCACAAGCUGAACACGAGCCAAUGGUGUGAUGCAGCAGCAAAAAAAGCUAAUGCUAUUCUAGGCUGCAUCCACAGAAGUCUAGUGUAGCGUUACCAGAUUUGCAAAUCUGUCCCCGGGAAACAUGGCAGUGGCAGCCUCAGCAGCCCGGAGCCAGCCUGGUAGUGCAGCUGGCUCUGGCUGGCUUCAGGAGCUACUCGCUGCCCGCUGCUUGCUGCCCGCUGCCAUGGUGCCCGCCAUUUUUCCUCACUGGAAGUCCCCAUAUGAUGUGUCUUGUGCGCAACACACAAUAAUCUUCAGAAGGGAAGGAAGGGGAAUAAAAUAUCAGGCACGAUUCCUGCAGUGCGUGGGGUUGGACUAGAUGACGUUCAGGGUCCAACUCACAGAACCAUAGAAUUCUAGAACUGGAGGGGACCACAAAGGGCAUCUAGUCCAACCCCAUGCAAUGCAGGAAAAAGCAUCCAUGACUCUACAAUUACGAUUCUGUAAGCCCUCGAGGCACCCAAAAGUGCUACAUAUAAAUGCGAACCCUUUACGACUUGCGCAUGUCGAUCCCGUCCCACAUGGGGGUCCCUGGCCAAGCCCUCAGCCACCAGUGAGGUCCACGCACGCCCCUCCCCUCCCAGGUGUGUCUACCACCUUUGCGGUGGUAGUUUCCUUCCUUGCGAUACUUGAGAGAUGUGUUUCCGGGAUCCCACCCCUCUCCUUGUCCCUGCUGGAAACCAUUUUCUUUUUAACAACUGUAUUUUUCUCUCUAAUUGCCGUAACCCGCCCUGGGACCUGUGGUGCAGGGUGGGAGAGCAAUCAAAAUAUUGUUGAUGGUGCAGAAGGAGCAGCACAUGUUUGUAUCUUGCGCAGGUCGGUGGAUUUGGCGGGGGAUGUUUUUUCAGAGCGGCGUUCCAGGGACCCCGGUCAUCCGGCCCGUUUUUACGUUCCUCUCUUGGUCCCGCUGCCAGUAAUUGCUUCCAUGUCCCGGACCUUGUUUGCUACCUCUCUCCCACACACACACACACACACACACACACGCACAACCUUGCAUCCAGCUAGCUGGGCCCCAUACGAGGGCCUGGCUCUCCAGCCCCACAUCUGUUCAUCAUUAGGAAUUCCAGGGCCGUUAAGUCACGGGCUCAAGGCGGCCCCAUCCUUCCCGCACCCCCGUAACUGGGCCCAGCCGGUGCUUUCAUGGCUCAGCAGCGGUUAGCACCACCUGCACGGAUAUUGCUUUGGGCUCGUGGAGGCGUGGGGUCAGGCCAUCGGCUGGGAGGCGUUCGACUCUGCGAUGGGGCCUUGUUUUCCUCCUCUAAGUCCCUCAUCGCUCUUCCCUUCCCAGGGCGUAAAUCUUCCCCUGCUCGCAAACAAAAUGGCGGGCCUCAGCUCUCAGCCUGCUCUCCCAGGGGAAACCUGGGCCGGGCUACAUGUUACUCUCGGAGCAGGAACAAAGAGAAAGUGGAUCCGAUCCUGAAGGAUGCUGAACGUCCCUCAGAAGCAGGCAGGGAAACCUGGGUGUUGCCCGGUAUAGAUCUCAGCCAGAAGGAGAAGGAGGAUGAGGGCGAAACUAGAAUGAAGAUGGCGGUCUCUCCUUCACUUUUUAAGCAGAGGUUGGACGGCCAUCUGCCAGGGAUUCUUCAGCCGUGAUUCCUGCAUUGCAGGGGGUUGAUCCUUGGGGUCAUUCUGCCUAGGUCAGACCCCACCUCAAGUCCUGUGUCCAGUUCUGGGCAGCACAGCUUAAAGAGGACAUUGACUAGCUUGCAGGUCUGCAGAGGAGAGCGACCAAGAUGGUCAAGGGUCUGGAAAUCAAACCUUAGGAAGAAGGCUUGAGGGAGUUGGGGAUUUUUAGCCUGGAGAAGAAGGGAUUGGGAUGUGACAUGGGGGCUUCAUAGAUCUUAAGGGCUGUCCCAAGAAAGAUGGACAAGCUUUUUUCCCAAACCAAUGCAUUCCAUGACAAGAAAUAAGAACUUUCUGACAGUUAGGGCUGAUAGACAGUGGAAAGGUUUCCCACAGGAAGUUGUGGGCUCUCUUUGCUUGGAGGUUUUUAAGUAAAGGUUUGGGGGGGGGCUUCUGUCAGUUAUUCUUCUGUUGACAAUCCUGCAUUGUAGGGGGUUGGUCUAGAUGACCCUCGGGGCCCCUUCCAACUCUAUGAUUCUAUGAGCUUUGGGGAUCCCUUCCAACUCUAUGAUUCUCUGAAAAUCAGUUGCCUCUGGCACCACCUACUGUUGGGCUCCCAGCUUUCUGCCGUACCUGCUCCCAAUGGGCGGCAGCGUUCAAACCAAGUGAAACUGAAACCACAACAGUGAUGAUGUUCAUAGAGGUAAAGGGACCCCUGACCAUUGGGUCCAGUCGUGGUCGACUCUGGAGUUGCGGCGCUCAUAUUGCUUUAUUGGCCGAGGGAGCCGGCGUACAGCUUCCGGGUCAUGUGACCAGUAUGACUGAGCCGCUUCUGGCGAACCAGAGCAGCGCACGGAAAUGCUGUUUACCUUCCUGCCGGAGCGGUACCUAUUUAUCUACUUGCACUUUGACGUGCUUUCGAACUGCUAGGUUGGCAGGAGCAGGGACCGAGCAACGGGAGCUCACCCCGUUGUGGGUAUUCAAACCGCCGACCUUCUGAUCGGCAAGUCCUAGACUCUGUGGUUUAACCCACAGCACCACCCACGUCCCGAUGAUGUUCAUACAUGGACUUAUUUGCAAUAUUAAUUAAUGGAAUUAUUCCAUCGGUCGGAUUGCGGAUGUCUGCAUUCUCUCCCUUCUCUCCCAGGACAUAAUUCUGAAGCGAGCGGCGGACAUCGCUGAGGCUUUGUACAGCGUUCCGCGCAACCCCAACCAGUUGACCUCGCUGACCGGGAACCAUGCCCACUCGGGCAUGAUGAAUGUCAACUCCUUUGGGAGCCAGCUGGCCGUCAACAUCAGCGAAUCCACCCAGGGCUCAGAGCAAGGUAGGCAGCCACUGGGCGUCUUCCCUGCGGCUUUCGCAUGACCACUCCUGGGAGCCAGCAUCAGAGGCCGUCCUUUGAGGACCUUCCACAAGAUAUGUCUCAGAGAGGGUGGCAACAAAGGGGUGGCCUUUGCAUGUUUUACUAUGUUUUUAGACAUAUGGCAGACACCCAGAGUGGCCAGGGCAACCCAGUCAGAUGGGCAGGGUACAAAUAAAAAAUGAUGAUGAUGAUGAUUGUCUGUUUUGGAAGCAGAAGGUCCCAGGUUCAAUCCCUGCCACUUCCAGGUAGUUGUUGUUGUUGCUGUUGCUGUUGUUGUUGUUGUUAGUGCCUACCACCCGCAGUCGCCCUAGCAAGGCUGUCAUUAUCAUCUCUUCAGCACCAGGUUAUGGCACUCCCAGGCUUUUGAUGGUGCGUGAUGGGAUGAUUAUCUAUAUCUAUAUCUAACUGCUAUGCAGGAAUCCCUGGCAGAUGCCCCCUCCAAGCUCUGUUGGUUUCAUACCUGAAUCUAAGAUUGUGAGUCAAGGAAGGAAGGGAGAGGGGAGAGAAAAGGAAGGAAGGAAGGAAGGAAGGAAAGGAGGAAGAGGAAGGGAGAGAAAGAGAGAGGGGGGAGAGAAAGAUAGGAAGGAAGGAAUGGAGAGAGAGGAGAGAAAGAUAGAAUGAAGGAAGGAGAGGGAGGAAGGAGAGGAAGGGAGAAAAGAGAGAGGAGAGAAAGAGAGAUAGAUGAUAUAGAUAGAUAGAUAGAUAGAUAGAUAGAUAGAUAGAUAGAUAGAUAUAGAUAUAGAUAGGAAUGAAGGGGGGGAGAGAGAGGAGAGAAAGAUAGGAGGGAGGGAGGAGAGGAAGGGAGAAAAAGAGAGAGAGGAGAGAGAGAAAGAUAGGAAUGAAGGAGAGGGAAGGAAGGAAGGAAGGAAGGAAGGAAGGAAGGGAGAGAAAGAGAGAGGAGGGGUGAAAAGGAAGGAGAGGAAGGAAGGAGAGGAAGGGAGAGAGAGAGAGAGAAGGGGGAGUGAAAGAUAGAUAGGAAGGAAUGAAGGGAGAAAGAGGAGAGAAAGAUAGAGGAAGGAGGGGGGGAGGAAGGAAGGAAAGCAAGACAUCUUAAGAUAUUUAGUAAACUGAGCAACUAUACAACUUCCUGCCCUGCCUUCCAGGGUACACACGCAACACGAGCAGUGUCUCACCACGAGGCUAUGUCCCCAGCUCCACCCCGCAGCAGAGCAACUACAACACCAUCACGUCCAGCAUGAACGGCUAUGCAGGGACUGCCAUGACCAGCCUGGGGGUCCCGGGGUCCCCCAGCUUCCUCAACGGCUCCACGGCCAACUCCCCCUACGCCAGUAAGUGUCUGUCGCCUUUGCGGAACGGCGAGUCAAGGGUGCCUGAGCAGACCUUCCCUUUCCUGAGAAUCGCAGCUCCGUUUUAAGAAGGCUAAGGGACUAGUCCUCAUGGUAAGGGAAGCUGCACUUGGGAAUGCAUAGGCCUGGGAACUCCCGGCUGAGGUCCGAGGAUAGACGAAUCCCUGUCUCUGAUUUCUCAGUUUCUCACUUUUCCAAUCCUGAAUCUAGUUCUCCACAUUUCUGCAGCAAUUUGUGAAAAUUCAUCAGACUUUGAGUUUCAUUUGCUAUCACUGUACUCUUCCCAGUGCCAGCUAAAAACAUUUUUGUUUAGACAAGCCUACCCAGAAAUCUAGAAGGGUGGUUUGUUUUUAGUUUAUUGCUGACUUUAAUUUCUGGAACAUUUUAAUGGUUCUUUCUUAAUAAUACUUUUCUUGCUUAUUCUUUUUUUUUAAUAAAGUGUUAUGAGGAUUAUUUUCUUUACAAUCAAGCAGUAUAUAAAUUUAUGAAGUAAAUAAAAAAAUAGAAAUUCACCAAACACACACAUUUUUGCAUGCAAUAUACACAUUUUUGUAUGCAAUUUCCUCCAAUAUAAUGCUUUUGGGCAUGUUAUUUUUGCUAAUAUAUGCUUUUCUUGGUCACACUGCCCUGUGACACACACAUUUUCCCACACAUUGCUUCAUUGGAGAACUGAGUUGCAAAAUUCAGAGAAGUGCCGAAUUUUGAACAGUAGCUAUGUUUCAGUUCCUGUGCGUUGGUUCGUAGAAUCAUAGAACUGUAGAAUUGGAAGGGACCAAGAGGGUCAUUUAGGCCACCCCUGCAAACUUAAUAAAUAAUAAUGAUAAUGUGCUGCGGGGAGGAUUUAUGGUUUGUUUUGUGCUCCUAGUUUUAAUAUGUACAGUCGUACCUGGGUAGUCAAAUGCCUUGGCACUUGUAUGUUUCGGUUCCUGAACGAUCAAAACCUGGAAGCGAGCGUUCCAGUUUCUGAACGUCUUUUUGGAAGCCAAACGUCCGAUGCAGCUUCUGCUAUUGCUUCUGGUGCGCCUGCACAAUCAGAAGCCAAUCGGAAGCCGCGUCUUGGUUUCCUAAUGUUUUGAAAGCGAGUGUUCCAGUUUCUGAACUUUUUUUGGAAGCCGAACGUCCAAUGCGGCUUCCGUUAUUGUUUCUGGUGCGCCUGCGCAAUCGGAAGCCAAUCGGAAGUUGCGUCUUGGUUUCUGAAUGUUUUGGGAGUUGGAUGGACUUCUGGAAUGCAUUCUGUUCGAAACCCGAGGUACGGCUGUAUUUUAGUGCUGUGGGUUCACCGUAUAAAAAACACAGAAUACAGUCCGAUGGGGGUCCACCUCCUCUUGCUCCGGCUCACUCCCGCUGCCGGCUAACCCCUGUCCUUCUUUCCAUGCCAGUCAUGCCCUCCAGCCCGCCCCUGGGGGCCUCGUCCAUCGCCAGCUCCUCGACCCCGGGAGGCGUCUUCUCCUUCUCUCCCGUCAACAUGAUCUCCGCCGUCAAGCAGAAAAGCGCCUUUGCCCCCGUGGUGCGGCCGCAAGCCUCUCCGCCCCCUACCUGCACCAGUGCCAACGGGAACACUCUGCAGGGUGAGCCGUCCAUCUCAUUCGGUGGCAGCUGGGACACAAAGGGGCACAAGUCAUGGGGACAGCCAGGGCCGUGGGAAAGGAGCAGGUGGGAUGUGGCAGGAAGGGCGAGGCGGCCACGCUUUGCCGUGUGACGGCGGCAGCAGCAACGAUGCGCCCUGCUCGCUCAUCUCCUCAGCGCAAGGAUUUGCACUUCUGCGACAGACUUCUCUCCCCUCUGAAUCUGUUCUGGGUUUUCCCCCAAUCCUCUGGAGGCGAUUUGGGAAGCGGGUAGGAGGCACGAGCGAAGGGAGAACGUAAGAAGGAGCUGCUGGAUCAGACCAGGGGCCCACCUAGUCCAGCUUCCUGUGCUCACAGUGGCCAACCAGAUGUGUGUGAAAGUACACAAGUAGGAUCUGUGGCUCCCAGCCACAGGGAUUUAGCAGCGUCGCUGCCUCUGAGCAUGGAAGCACAUCAGAGCCAUCCUGGUUAGAAGCCAUUGGUAGCCUUCACCUCUUCCAUGAAUUUGUCCCAUCCUCUUUUAAAGCCAUCCAAGUUGGUGGCCGACACCGCUUCCUGUGGGCAGGAGUUCCACAGGCUAACUUUCUCUUAUCUGUCCCUGAAUCUUCUUCCAACCUUCAGCUUCACUGGUUGUCCACAAGUUCUAAUGUUAACGAGAAAGGGAGAAACACUUUUCUCGAUCCACUUUCUCUGUGCCCUUCAAGAUUUUAUCAACUCCUAUCAUGUCUAGGGUGUCCCCACAAUGCCCCGGAGUUGAGUACAGGAGGCAUGUUGGGGGUAAAGUGGGGUUAGUUCUAUUGCACUGCCGUAAAUCCUUGCACUGACAGGACGACUUAGCUGGAUACUGCCCAAUAAUGAUGAGGUUGAUUGCAUUCAUAUUUCUUCCAAGGUGGGUUCCUCCUUGUCCCAUUUUAUUCUCACGCCGCCCUGUGAGGUGAGUUAGGCACUGUGAGUGGCCCAGGGUCACCCAGCGGGCUUCGUGGCAGAGUGAAGAUUUGAACCCUGGCCUCCUAGGCCUGGCCUCCAGGUUCAACGCUCUAACCACUACACUACGCAGCCUGGAUGAGCUGCAUCACCUCCUUUGGGUGGGUCAGUCCCACGGCUGCCCUCUUGACCAACAUCUUCCCUGGGGACUUGGGAGAGAUGCUAGCAAACGGUUCCCCUAGUUGCCUUCCUGACCCUGUACAGGAGGAAUCCUCACCCGGAGUAGAAACUGGGUGGCUGGGUGUUCCUGGGAUCAGGCCCCUUUUACCCAGCAGCAGUUGCUUAUGAGGUCAGCCUUGGCUGCAAACUUUCCUCUUCCUUAACCGCCUUUCCUUCUUUGCUUUCUUUCGUCCCACCCCCGCCAUUUCCCUUUCCUCGCUUGCUCUCGCUUCCGCCUCUCUGUCCUUUGCCCGCCCUGCGCCACUGCUUGCCGGGUCCUGCCAACCAGACCAAACCUUUGAGGAUUCGGCAGACAAGUUCCACACUCCGUCUCGGUCGCUGCAAGGACUGGCUUAUUCCUAAUCACACAGUAUGUCUCUUCUCUCGUUCUCGCGCCUUGCUCUGUCAGCCUUCCCCCUCUUUUCUGCUCCUCUUGCCGUGAACGAGUACGGCUCCUUAACAGCGACCUUGCGAGGUGGGCCUACCCCUUUUGCUCACCAGAGGGUAGUACCCACUAACGGGGGCCUCUGCCACCACACGCUUUCUGCUACAUUCUCCCCAAAAAACAGCUCAGAAAACAUUAAUUUCAUGUUGAAAGAGCCAAGUCCACUUAACCCUUACCACCUAUGGUUAUCAGACCAGCAGCCCAGGCAAGACCCCCGACCUGACUUUUAGGAGGUCUGCCUUCAAGUCAGAUUGCUGAGACUGCGGCAAGAAUUCUCCUCCGUAAGCAACUGCGUUGGCCUGAGGUGCAAUUUCCAGCGGGGCCUUUGAGGUGGUGGCUCCUAUGGUUUGACGCGGGGCACACGAGCUGUUGCACAUGCUCAGUAGAGUUCAGUAGAGUGGGAUCUCCCGUCCGCCUGGCUCGACAGGCGCAAAGGAAGAUCUCCUUCUCUCCUCUGACUGCCACCGUUCAAACCUGGGAGAUUGGAAAGUGGUAAGAUUCUCCUCCUUGCUUGGCAGGACGAUGCAGACAGCUGGCUUUGCCACCUGGUCAGAUGCAUGCCGUGGUAAGUUGCCCCUUGCUACAAGGCCGUCUGCCUUCAGACCGCGUCUCAGAUGCUGCCCAAACCCCAAAGGGUCUACAGCACCAGGUCUUCACCAACCUGGUGCCCUCUGGAUACUGUUGGACUACAACUCCCAUCAGGAGAGCACCAGGUUGGCACAAGCAAUUCCAGACAUGUAAAAAGGCUCUGCGUGCAUAGAGGUCCCAUCAGGGGUGAGGAACCUGCUGCCAUCACCGACACGGCAGGACUACAGCCCUCCUCAUGCUUGACCAUUGGCCAUAUUGACUGGGAAUGAUAGGAACUAGAGUACAACCUUUAUAUAUUAUUAUAUCCCACUGGGGCUACGUUCCGGGGAUUGUGCCACAAGCCAAAACCUCUCAUAGUCAAAACACACUGGGCGCAAGGGCAGUUGGGAAUGCCGAAAUCUUUUUUCCUCGAUGCCCGCCCUCUUCUUAUUUUAAUUUUGCCAAGCGUGCAUGCACAAAUACUUUUUGGUUUUUCCCUUCCCUGUUUUAUGCCCACAACAACCCUGUGGGGUAGGCUAGCAUGAGAGGCAGUGUUUGCCCCCCUAAAGUCACACCCAGUAAGCUUCAUGGCUGAGCUCACUGGUCUCCCAGUCCAACGCUCUGACCACUACACCGCACUGCCUGGAAGGGCUGCAGGUUCCUCGCCCUUUGUCUACAGCAUGGCUCAGCUGAUGACGUGGCCGCAGAACGUGACGCUUCUCUCUUUUGCUUUCCAGCGUUGUCGGGUCUCAUCGUUCCGCCCAUGUGA